AUUCUCUCCCUCUUUCAAAAUGUGAGCCCAAACUGGACGGACCCAGUCAACAAGCAGGUCAUUUAUUUACUUAAUUCUUUGUCUGUGGAAUGUAUUGUAUAACUGUGCUACGCGUAUAAUAUGACACCUUGCUUUGGUAUACCCUCUCAGAUAUCUAUUUAUGCGUGUUUGUGGUGAGGUUUGGGGAAGAAACAGAUCCUAUCAUAUCAGGGAGGGAGGGAGAGAGGGAGAGAGGAGAGAGGAGAGAGAGAGAGAGUGAGAUAGAGAUAGAGAAGAGAUCAGAUAUAGAGAGCGUAGCGAGAGAUAUAGAGAGAGCUGAUCAGGUAGAGAUAGUCGAUAGCGCUCGCUCGCCUCUCGAUCUCUCGAGCGCGUAGCUCCGCUCUCGCGAUUCUCUCUCUCUCGCCUCGCUAUCUGAGCGCUCGGGCACUGCUUGGGUACAUUGGUAUACUGUACCUACAUAGCUACUAUAUAGUAUAUUACUAGCAACUAUAUUACAUGGCUGCUGUUGCCACAGCUGAUUGAGAGUGAAAGUUAAGUACAGAGGGUCUGGUUUAACUGAAGGUCCUCAUCACUGACUCAGUGCCAUCAGAGCCUAGCAGUGUAUUUCUUUUCAUCAUGGAUGCUUUCUUGUGUAUAGUCAUUUCCUAUUAGGUUCUACAUGGAGUCUUGAAGGUUAAAAGGUUAAUGUAGUAUAGAAUUUUCACCCGUGACGUUCUUCAUGGCUAACUGGUCACAGACCUGCUUAUUUCUCAACAAGGUGACACGUACGCACGGUGCCACGCAGACACACACCCACACACACACACACACACACACACACACACACACACACGUGGUUGACAGGUCUGUCACCUGCAUGAUAACUGAAUGCCAUCACGGUCUCCAUGUUCUUUAUGUUUAAGAUUUAAAAACACACACAGUCCAAACUUCACACCUAGGCUCUGACUGACUGGUUACUGAUCGGUGGCAUAUUCUGUUUUCCAUAUUCUGUUAGGUGAAGUGAAAUAUUUAACACAUUUGUAACUACUAUGAUGAUCCUGUUAGAGGCUGCACAUUAAUUUGCAGGUGUUUCAGGUGCCAGGUUAAUUAUAUAGGGUUAAUAAUGAGUUUCAAUUAGGAUAUUUGCUGACUCUGCUCUCACUAAAGAUGGUCUGUGUUGGCUAAAGGGGAAAAUGGUUUAUGUGUGAAUUAUUCAAUAAAGUUGACCAAACAUUUUUCUAUCUGCUGAAAAUUCCUUUUGGAUAUUUUGAAUGCUACGUAGGUAGAAGAAGUAGGCUAUGUUAUGUCAUGAUUAUUUCUGCUUACCUUCUGCUGGUGGCAAAAUAUCUACCAUGUGCACUAGGUGUCAUGUUCUUUUGAACAAAUUAAAAUUAUCUUUGCAUAUUGAUAUGCUUGUAUCAGUCUAAUACAGUACAUCAGUAUGUCUUAAUUCAGGCAAGCAUUAUGACCAUUCUUUGCCUGUCUUUCUUAAUGAUAGCAAUGCAUUUUUUCUGGAAGAUCGUAGCAGAACAGAAAGUGUAAGAUUGUGUCUGAUUGAAGUGUAUAGGCUACACCUUACUAUAAUCUCCCAGCAGAACACAGAACUGUCUCUCCCUUAAUUGGAGCUUGCUGUUGAUCAGGAUCAGUAGGAGUGUGUGUGUCACGAUCGUUGGUUAGAGAUGAGGACCAAGGCGCAGCGUUGAAGGCGAACAUAUUUAUUUAUUGAAUGAUCACACGAUCAAAACAACAAAACGAUGACGUGACAGUCAAUGGUAAUACACAAACCAAAUACGAACAAGAAACCACAAUGAAUGAGUGCCAAACGGCUACCUAAGUAUGACUUCCCAAUCAGAGACAACGAGCUACAGCCGUCUCUGAUUGGGAGCCACCCUGGCCAACAUAGAAUUACAAAACCAGAAAGUGAAACCUAGAACACACAUAGACUAUACACACCCUGGCUCAAUAUAUUAGAGUCCCCAGAGCCAGGGCAUGACAGUACCCCCCCCUAAAGGCGCGGACUCCGACCGCGCCCACCAAAUACCACAGGGGAGGGACCGGGUGGGCACUCCGCUUAGGCGGCGGAUCCGGCUCCGGGCCUGAUCCCCGCUCCAUCUCCAACCCCCCAAAGUACCCCUGGUCCGGUCUGGCCCCGCUGGCCGGAGCUGGACUGCACACUGGUGGAGCGGAUUGCUCUAGCUCCGGCGUGAAGCAUCUGACCGGUGCCGGACCAGCCACCGGUGGAACAGGCACGGGCCGUGCCGGACUGACGACGCACACCACUGGCUUGGUGUGGGGAGCAGGAGCGGGCCGAGCCGGGCUGUCGAAGCGCACCACUGACUUGGUGCGGGGAGCAGGCACGGGCCGAGCCGGGCUGACGAAGCGCACCACUGACUUGGUGCGGGGAGCAGGAACGGGCCGAGCCGGGCUGACGAAGCGCACCACUGACUUGGUGCGGGGAGCAGGAACGGGCCGAGCUGGGCUGACGAAGCGCACCACUGACUUGGUGCGGGGAGCAGGAACGGGCCGAGCCGGGCUGACGAAGCGCACCACUGACUUGGUGCGGGGAGCAGGAACGGGCCGAGCCGGGCUGACGAAGCGCACCACUGACUUGGUGCGGGGAGCAGGAACAGGUCGGACCGUACUGGGGACACACACCACUGGUCCUACGCAGGGAUCUGGAAUGGGCCGGACCGGACUGGUAACACACCCCAGUACCUCUCGCCGUGCCUCUACACCUUCCACCCCCUCUUCGACCAGUGGCCCCCGUAACCUGGCGGCCUCCUCUGCCAAUCCGCUGGGCCGCUCUGCCGCGGUCUCCUGCUGGCCCGUCGUCCACGGCGUUAGCCCCCCCCUAAAAAAUUUCUGGGCGUCUCUCCUGCCCGUGGACCAGGUCUCCAUGUCCCUCGCCAGCCUUUCGCCCUUCUGCCUCAAUGUCAAGCCCUUCUCUUCCUCACUCGGCUUGACCCAGUCGAGGAGGCGAAGGAGAUCUGCUAGAGAUCUCCCUGGCGAUGGCUCCUGGACACGCUGCUUGGUCAAGUCUUGGUGGUUUCUUCUGUCACGAUCGUUGGUUAGAGAUGAGGACCAAGGCGCAGCGUUGAAGGCGAACAUAUUUAUUUAUUGAAUGAUCACACGAUCAAAACAACAAAACGAUGACGUGACAGUCAAUGGUAAUACACAAACCAAAUACGAACAAGAAACCACAAUGAAUGAGUGCCAAACGGCUACCUAAGUAUGACUCCCAAUCAGAGACAACGAGCUACAGCCGUCUCUGAUUGGGAGCCACCCUGGCCAACAUAGAAUUACAAAACCAGAAAGUGAAACCUAGAACACACAUAGACUAUACACACCCUGGCUCAACAUAUUAGAGUCCCCAGAGCCAGGGCGUGACAGUGUGUGCCGGUAGCAGUUCUGCUCUGUUCUGUGUUCCUGUGGGAGAGAGGCACACAAAAGGUUCUGCUCUCCAUUGGAGGGCCUGUCUUUGGCUGCUGCCAAUCCUCUGCCUGUGCUGUCAGUAGAGAUCAGACCUGCUAUGGUGACAGGGCUGGGAUGGGAGGGCUGUGAUGGGAGAGCUGGGAUGGGAGGACUGGGCUGGGAGGGCUAGGAUAGGCCAUGCAUUAAAACAUGAGAGCACUCCUUUCAUGUCUGUUGAAAGCAGGAGGAGAGGAGAGGCACGCUCGCUCGCUCUCGCUCUCGCUCUCGCUCACACACUCACUCAGACUGUAUUACUGAGAUGAAUACGAUCGUACAGUAAGAAGUGAAUAGCAACAAUUGACAUUUACUCUGUGAUUCAUUCGCCCAUGGUGUAUUAUCAUUAAACGUACAUAAAGCCAAAUACAUCUCAGAUGGCGCAGCAGGACUUUAGGAUUCCCUAAAGUAAGAACAGAGACACGUCUCUGGCUGCCAUCUUUAUUCUGAGAGCAAUUCCAGGAAAUCCCUUUGAGGACCGUUAAGUCUCCUGUUUACACACAGAAUGAGUCCAGAGUGUGUUCACUGUUCACUGUUACACGGCAGGGAGCGAUGUACAGCAGAUGGAGAACCCUAUUUACAUAAAUGUCUGAUUUUAUACAGCAGCAGUACAGCUUGGUUCUCUGUUUGCAUCCCGCUAAACGUCCUGGACGACAGUUUGUCAAUAUCAUCGCACUCAGCAAAACAUGAUGCAAAAGCCGCAUAUAUCUUUUGCUUAAGCUUGCCCACAAUAUACAGUAUAUGUAAUUUAGAAAAUGAAAAGCUUUUGUAAUAUGGAAAAUAGCAUCUACAAAUAACAGAUUUUAAUGCUAUAUUACAUUAUAAUGCUAAUCCAGAAGAGUCUUUAAAUGCAGAACAAAUCACCAAAGGUUAUUAUGACUCCUAUUGAUAAAUAGCACAAUAGAAGUGUCACGCCCUGACCUAUAGAACUCUAGUUAGUUUGGUCAGGGUGUGCAUGUUUAGUUCUAGGUUGUUGUAUAUCUAUGUUUAGAUUCUAGUUGUUAUACUUCUAUGUUUGGCCGGGUAUGAUUCCCAAUCAGAGGCAGCUGUCGCUCGUUGUCUCUGAUUGGGGAUCAUACUUAAGUAGCCUGGUUGCAGUCCUUGUUUGUGGGAUCUUGUUCCGUGUAGGCUGGUGGUUGUAUAGCCCAUAGGACUGUCACGUCACGUCACGUCACGUCACGUCACGUCACGUCACGUCACGUCACGUCACGUCACGUCACGUCACGUCACGUCACGUCACGUCACGUGGUUUUGUUGUUUUUGUAUGUUUAUUCUAUAUAAUAAACAGGUACGCUUUUCACUCUGCACCUUGGUCCGACCCGUCUCUCAACGUUCGUGACAAGAAGACCCUUAGCAGAUUAUCAUCCCAUCCCAAUAGGUACCUUGGCAAUGUCUAUUGAGCUACAAGUGUCGUGACAUUAACAUGACCAGUGCAAUAUUGUACUGUAUAAUAAUUAUACAGUUGAAGUCGGAAGUUUACAUACACUUAGGUUGGAGUCAUUAAAACUCGUUUUUCAACCACUCCACACAUUUCUUGUUAACAAACUAUAGUUUUGGCAAGUCGGUUAGGACAUCUACUUUGUGCAUGACACAAGUAAUUUUUCCAACAAUUGUUUACAGAUAGAUUAUUUCACUUAUAAUUCACUGUAUCACAAUUCCAGUGGGUCAGAAGUUUACAUACACUAAGUUGACUGUGCCUUUAAACAGCUUGGAAAAUUCCAGAAAAUGAUGUCAUGACUUUAGAAGCUUCUGAUAGGCUAAUUGACAUAAUUUGAGUCAAUUGGAGGUGUACCUGUGGAUGUAUUUCAAGGCCUACCUUCAAACCCAGUGCCUCUUUGCUUGACAUCAUGGGAAAAUCAAAAGAAAUGAGCCAAGACCUCAGAAGAAAAAUUGUAGACCUCCACAAGUCUGGUUCAUCCUUGGGAGCAAUUUCCAAAUGCCUGAAGAUACCACGUUCAUCUGUACAAACAAUAGUACGCAAGUAUAAACACCAUGGGACCACGCAGCCGUCAUACCACUCAGGAAGGAGACGCGUUCUGUCUCCUAGAGAUGAACGUACUUUGGUGCAAAAAGUGCAAAUCAAUCCCAGAACAACAGCAAAGGACCUUGUGAAGAUGCUGGAGGAAACAGGUACAAAAGUAUCUAUAUCCACAGUAAAACAAGUCCUAUAUCGACAUAACCUGAAAGGCCGCUCAGCAAGGAAGAAGCCACUGCUCCAAAACCGCCAUAAAAAAGCCAGACUACGGUUUGCAACUGCACAUGGGGACAAAGAUCAUACUUUUUGGAGAAAUGUCCAAAAAACUAAAAUAGAACUGUUUGGCCAUAAUGACCAUCGUUAUGUUUGGAGGAAAAAGGGGGUUGCUUGCAAGCCGAAGAACACCAUCCCAACCGUGAAGCACGGGGGUGGCAGCAUCAUGCUGUGGGGGUGCUUUACUGCAGGAGGGACUGAUGGCAUCAUGAGGAAGGAAAAUUAUGUGGAUAUAUUGAAGCAACAUCUCAAGACAUCAGUCAGGAAGUUAAAGCUUGGUCGCAAAUGGGUCUUCCAAAUGGACAAUGACCCCAAGCAUACUUCCAAAGUUGUGGCAAAAUGGCUUAAGGACAACAAAGUCAAGGUAUUGGAGUGGCCAUCACAAAGCCCUGACCUCAAUCCUAUAGAAAAUGUGUGGGCAGAACUGAAAAAUUGUGUGCGAGCAAGGAGGCCUACAAACCUGACUCAGUUACACCAGCUCUGUCAGGAGGAAUGGGCCAAAAUUCACCCAAGUUAUUGUGGGAAGCUUGUGGAAGGCUACCCGAAACGUUUGACCCAAGUUAAACAAUUUAAAGGCAAUGCUACCAAAUACUAAUUGAGUGUAUGUAAACUUCUGACCCACUGGGAAUGUGGUGAAAUAAAUAAAAGCUGAAAUAAAUCAUUCUCUCUACUAUUAUUCUGACAUUUCACAUUCUUAAAAUAAAGUGGUGAUCCUAACUGACCUAAGAGAGGGAAUUUUUACUCUGAUUAAAUGUCAGGAAUUGUGAAAAACUGAGUUUAAAUGUAUUUGGCUAAGGUGUAUGUAAACUUCCGACUUCACAUUUACAUUUACAUUUUCGUCAUUUAGCAGACGCUCUUAUCCAGAGCGACUUACAAAUUGGUGCAUUCACCUUAUGAUAGCCAGUGGGACAACCACUUUACAAUAGUUUUUUUGUGUGUUUUUUUUUUUGGUGUGGGGGUGUGCUAAGGGGGUGUAGAAGGAUUACUUUAUCCUAUCCCAGGUAUUCCUUAAAGAGGUGGGGUUUCAAGUGUCUCCGGAAGGUGGUGAGUGACUCCGCUGUCCUGGCGUCGUGAGGGAGCUUGUUCCACCAUUGAGGUGCCAGAGCAGCGAACAGUUUUGACUGGGCUGAGCGGGAACUGUGCUUCCGCAGAGGUAGGGGGGCCAGCAGGCCAGAGGUGGAUGAACGCAAUGCCCUCGUUUGGGUGUAGGGACUGAUCAGAGCCUGAAGGUACGGAGGUGCCGUUCCCCUCACAGCUACGUAGGCAAGCACCAUUGUCUUGUAGCAGAUGCAAGCUUCAACUGGAAGCCAGUGGAGUGUGCGGAGGAGCGGGGUGACGUGAGAGAACUUGGGAAGGUUGAACACCAGACGGGCUGCAGCGUUCUGGAUGAGUUGUAGGGGUUUAAUGGCACAGGCAGGGAGCCCAGCCAACAGCGAGUUGCAGUAAUCCAGGCGGGAGAUGACAAGUGCCUGGAUUAGGACCUGUGCCGCUUCCUGUGUAAGGCAGGGUCGUACUCUGCGAAUGUUGUAGAGCAUGAACCUACAGGAUCGACUUCAACUGUAUAUAUCAAACUAUACUGUAUAUUGUCCUAUAUAAUUCUCCAUAUAUCCCUGAUAGGCCCUAGCUGUCAGCAGUGUUCAUUCUCCAGGGAGGGCUGCAUGCUACAGACAGUGGUAGAGUGAUGUGGUGGUGGGGGAGGGAAGAGGGAAGUACAGUGGGGAAAAAAAGUAUUUAGUCAGCCACCAAUUGUGCAAGUUCUCCCACUUAAAAAGAUGAGAGAGGCCUGUAAUUUUCAUCAUAGGUACACGUCAACUAUGACAGGCAAAUUGAGAUUUUUUUUUCUCCAGAAAAUCACAUUGUAGGAUUUUUAAUGAAUUUAUUUGCAAAUUAUGGUGGAAAAUAAGUAUUUGGUCACCUACAAACAAGCAAGAUUUCUGGCUCUCACAGACCUGUAACAACUUCAUUAAGAGGCUCCUCUGUCCUCCACUCGUUACCUGUAUUAAUGGCACCUGUUUGAACUUGUUAUCAUUAUAAAAGACACCUGUCCACAACCUCAAACAGUCACACUCCAAACUCCACUAUGGCCAAGACCAAAGAGCUGUCAAAGGACACCAGAAACAAAAUUGUAGACCUGCACCAGGCUGGGAAGACUGAAUCUGCAAUAGGUAAGCAGCUUGGUUUGAAGAAAUCAACUGUGGGAGCAAUUAUUAGGAAAUGGAAGACAUACAAGACCACUGAUAAUCUCCCACGAUCUGGGGCUCCACGCAAGAUCUCACCCCGUGGGGUCAAAAUGAUCACAAGAACGGUGAGCAAAAAUCCCAGAACCACACGGGAGGACCUAGUGAAUGACCUGCAGAGAGCUGGGACCAAAGUAACAAAGCCUACCAUCAGUAACACACUACGCCGCCAGGGACUCAAAUUCUGCAGUGCCAGACGUGUCCCCCUGCUUAAGCCAGUACAUGUCCAGGCCCGUCUGAAGUUUGCUAGAGUGCAUUUGGAUGAUCCAGAAGAGGAUUGGAAGAAUGUCAUAUGGUCAGAUGAAACCAAAAUAGAACUUUUUGGUAAAAAAUCUACUCGUCGUGUUUGGAGGACAAAGAAUGCUGAGUUGCAUCCAAAGAACACCAUACCUACUGUGAAGCAUGGGGGUGGAAACAUCAUGCUUUGGGGCUGUUUUUUCUGCAAAGGGACCAGGACGACUGAUCCGUGUAAAGGACAGAAUGAAUGGGGCCAUGUAUCGUGAGAUUUUGAGUGAAAACCUCCUUCCAUCAGCAAGGGCAUUGAAGAUGAAACGUGGCUGGGUCUUUCAGCAUGACAAUGAUCCCAAACACACCGCCCGGGCAACGAAGGAGUGGCUUCGUAAGAAGCAUUUCAAGGUCCUGGAGUGGCCUAGCCAGUCUCCAGAUCUCAACCCCAUAGAAAAUCUUUGGAGGGAGUUGAAAGUCUGUGUUGCCCAGCGACAGCCCCAAAACAUCACUGCUCUAGAGGAGAUCUGCAUGGAGGAAUGGGCCAAAAUACCAGCAACAGUGUGUGAAAACCUUGUGAAGACUUACAGAAAACGUUUGACCUGUGUCAUUGCCAACAAAGGGUAUGUAACAAAGUAUUGAGAAACUUUUGUUAUUGACCAAAUACUUAUUUUCCACCAUAAUUUGCAAAUAAAUUCAUUAGAAAUCCUACAAUGUGAUUUUCUGGAUUUUUUUUUUCUCAUUUUGUCUGUCAUAGUUGACGUGUACCUAUGAUGAAAAUUACAGGCCUCUCUCAUCUUUUUAAGUGGGAGAACCUGCACAAUUGGUGGCUGACUAAAUACUUUUUUCCCCACUGUAGUGUUACACAGUAAUUGACUUAGUUCCACCCUCCGCCUGCAGGCCUGGUGGUCAUGUGCCCCAUAUGUCUAUGACAACACAGCUGAGGUCCUGCCUGGGCAUAGCAUGUGAGCUCACAACAGCAUUUUCAAUGAUAGAGUACAACUAUUCUGAACAGAAAAGCAUUUCCAUUACUAGUGCAAAGAUGAGACUCCAAGCUGUACCAUUAUAAGCCCAGCACCUCAUGAUGAUCCUGUUAGAGGCUACGCACUGCUCUCACCUUUACUCUCCCUUACUCCUCUGACUACAUGACCCAGCCCACCUGUCUCUAUGUCAUACACCACAGGGGUGCAACUGGCCCCACUCUGCCAUUCCCUACGCCCCUACACCCCCUGGCCCCUAACAGUAGGGGGCUGUGACAACCUGUAUGAUGCCUCGACCCUACCCCCCUGUCCCCCCCGUCUGCCUGUCGCCCUGUCCCUUGUCUCUCCUGCCUUCAGCACAAUACAACGGACCCAGUACCACAGCCCACCUAACAGUGGUCUUUAAUCCAUUACAACCAGUUCUAAUGCUAAUUGUUAAGUAAACAGGCCUCCACUCUCCUCCUCUCUCCCCCUCCUCGCCUCCUCUUCUGCUUCCAGGCUGCUGCCUGUGAGCAGUUGCUUGCUUGAAUCUCUCCCUUCUCACUCCUGUAGCUCAGUUGGUAGAGCAUGGUGCUUGCAACGCCAGGGUUGUGGGUUCGAUUCCCACGGGGGAUCAGUAUGAAAAAUGUAUGCACUCACUAACUGUAAGUCGCUCUGGAUAAGAGCGUCUGCUAAAUGACUAAAAUGUAAAAUGUUAAUUGCCUCUGUGUGUCUUCAUACGCCAGGGACAUGGAGGUAAUUCAGGAGCAGUAAUGAAAGCUGAAGUGUCUCCACCUCCCCCCAACUCCCCACCCCUCCCCUCCCUUAGUUCCUCCCUACCCUGGCCUCUCUCUCUCUGUGGAGCAGAGUAUAAUAGAAUAUCAAAUGAGCUCCAGAAACCACUUCCUUCUCUGGUUGAAACAGACCAAAGCAUGGGAGGCCGGCAGGAAUCAGGAUCUGUCAGACUGUUUGAGCCAACCCUAACCGCAGGCCCAGCCCUGUCCAUGGUUAUUAUUAUUCAGACAGAGAGAUCCAAUGGGAGGACGAAGCACACUGUGUGGUUCGAACAGGACGAAGGAUAGUUCUGAGUUUAAUCUGCAGAAUUAGAAUGUGAAUAAAAGCCCAUGUGGCAAAUAUUGAGAAAGACCCAGUCAGCGCCAGCUAGCAGAGUCUCUUUCCAGCAUUUAGCUACAGCUAGAGCAGCGAAACUGCAAAUCAAAACUGACAGUGAAAGCACAAUCAUUUACUACCUUCUCAUGGAGCUAAUGGAUUUAGAAAGCUCACAUCCAUAUUACGGACAGCAUUAGGCAUCGCCUAACGUCAUAAAGAAAUAGGCAGCCUCGACGCAGCAUUCUAUUAACUAAUUGACCGCCUGGUGAUGUCACCAGACAUGCCAAAACUCCACCCCGCCUGAAAUUUCAGGCGGUCUUUUCAAACAGCUCUUACAAUAAAAUUGUAUUAUUAUAUCUUUUUACAUUUCACACUAUUAUUCCAACCUCGUAGUGUGGAAAUAUAUAUAAAACACACGAAAAUCUAGUUUUUGACUGCACUGAGCCUUUAAUAUGCCAAUAAUAUAUACAGUGGGGAGAACAAGUUGUCAAGGCUGAGGUGUAUGUGGUGUGGGAGUCAGGCGCAGGACACCGAAGCUUAGUCCAACAAAGUUUACUUGUGAAACCACAAGGCAAAGAUACAAUGAACGGCCUCAAAACAAAACAGAGGCGAGCAAUUACGCAACUAUGCGUAAAACAAUAAAACAACAAAACAGAGAAAAAACACGCAGCACUACGGACAGGCGAAAAACAACACACAACCUAACCAAUACAACACAGGCAACUUAUAGAACACGUAAUCAGACACAAACGGACACAGGUGUAAUAGACAGACAAAAGCAAUCAAACAUAGAAACAUUCAACGGUGGCAGCUAGUACUCCGGGGACGACGAACGCCGAAGCCUGCCCGAACUAGGAGGAGGAGCAGCCUCGGCAGAAUCCGUGACACAAGUAUUUGAUACACUGCCGAUUUUGCAGGUUUUCCUACUUACAAAGCAUGUAGAGGUCUGUCAUUUUUAUAAUAGAUACACUUCAACUGUGAGAGACGGAAUCUAAAACAAAAAUCCAGAAAAUCACAUUGUAUGAUUUCUAAGUAAUUAAUUUGCAUUUUAUUGCAUGACAUAAGUAUUUGAUCACCUACCAACCAGUAAGAAUUCCGUCUCUCACAGACCUGUUACUUUUUCUUUAAGAAGCCCUCCUGUUCUCCACUCAUUACCUGUAUUAACUGCACCUGUUUGAACUCGUUACCUGUAUAAAAGACACCUGUCCACACACUCAAUCAGACUCCAACCUCUCCACAAUGGCCAAGACCAGAGAGCUGUGUAAGGACAUCAGGGAUAAAAUUGUAGACCUGCACAAGGCUGGGAUGGGCUACAGGACAAUAGGCAAGCAGCUUGGUGAGAAGGCAACAACUGUUGGCGCAAUUAUUAGAAAAUGGAAGAAGUUCAAGAUGACGGUCAAUCACCCUCGGUCUGGGGCUCCAUGCAAGAUCUCACCUCGUGGGGCAUCAAUGAUCAUGAGGAAGGUGAGGGAUCAGCGCAGAACUACACGGCAGGACCUGGUCAAUGACCUGAAGAGAGCUGGGACCACAGUCUCAAAGAAAACCAUUAGUAACACACUACGCCGUCAUGGAUUAAAAUCCUGCAGCGCACGCAAGGUCCCCCUGCUCAAGCCAGCGCAUGUCCAGGCCCGUCUGAAGUUUGCCAAUGACCAUCUGGAUGAUCCAGAGGAGGAAUGGGAGAAGGUCAUGUGGUCUGAUGAGACAAAAAUAUAGCUUUUUGGUCUAAACUCCACUCGCCGUGUUUGGAGGAAGAAGAAGAAUGAGGACAACCCCAAGAACACCAUCCCAACCGUGAAGCAUGGAGGUGGAAACAUCAUUCUUUGGGGAUGCUUUUCUGCAAAGGGGACAGGACGACUGCACCGUAUUGAGGGGAGGAUGGAUGGGGCCAUGUAUCGCGAGAUCUUGGCCAACAACCUCCUUCCCUCAGUAAGAGCAUUGAAGAUGGGUCGUGGCUGGGUCUUCCAGCAUGACAAUGACCCAAAACACACAGCCAGGGCAACUAAGGAGUGGCUCCGUAAGAAGCAUCUCAAGGUCCUGGAGUGGCCUAGCCAGUCUCCAGACCUGAACCCAAUAGAAAAUCUUUGGAGGGAGCUGAAAGUCCGUAUUGCCCAGCGACAGCCCCGAAACCUGAAGGAUCUGGAGAAGGUCUGUAUGGAGGAGUGGGCCAAAAUCCCUGCUGCAGUGUGUGCAGACCUGGUCAAGACCUACAGGAAACGUAUGAUCUCUGUAAUUGCAAACAAAGGUUUCUGUACCAAAUAUUAAGUUCUGCUUUUCUGAUGUAUCAAAUACUUAUGUCAUGCAAUAAAAUGCAAAUUAAUUACUUAAAAAUCAUACAAUGUGAUUUUCUGGAUUUUUGUUUAAGAUUCCAUCUCUCACAGUUGUAGUGUACCUAUGAUAAAAAUGACAGACCUCUACAUGCUUUGUAAGUAGGAAAACCUGCAAAAUCGGCAGUGUAUCAAAUACUUGUUCUCCCCACUGUAAGUAAUCAAAUUACUUGCAAGAAACCGACAGUCUUUUCAGACAGAGACCACACAGGCCUUGCUGUGGUUCAAACGUCCAUUAUCACUGAUUGAGACAGUAGUCCUGGUCUGUUGAUGAAUUGAUGAAGACAAACACUGACUGGUCCCAGAUCAGACAGAGAGGCAGCAUGGUAGUGAUCCACCCUGCCGCUGAGCCUCUGCUCAUUUUCUAACUUUCUCUGUGUUAGCCUGGUUCAACCAGACUGAACACUGCAUUAUCCACUGUUUCAGUCUGGUUUCACCAGGCUAACCCUGGGUGUCAGGAAAGGCAACUCAUCAUCACACCUCGUUCCAGCCACAGCAACCUCAACCUGUGUAUUAUUAGUUUACCCAAAACACAUCCAUGUUACUAGGUUACCACUUCCUCUGGAUUAUAUUGUUACCUGUGGAUUUGAAUCUUUAGUGCAAUGUGGUUAGUAUGAAUGGAUUACUGUAGAUGAGUUAUUGUGGUGCGUUGCCAAAAGGAACAUUGUUCCAGGAAAGCUGGAUCUAGCUGAAGUUAAUGUACUGGGCUUGCAGUUGUUACAACAUAACACACCUUUCACAGUACUUUUUAAGAGAGAGAGAGAGAGAGAGAGAGAGAUAGAGAGAGAGAGAGAGAGAGAGAGAUAGCAGAUCGAGUAGCAGACGACGAGCGCGACAAGCAGACGAGAGAGCAGCGAGAGCGCGACUCUUCGAUAGUCUCGAUCGCUCUCCUCCGCUCUCUCGCACUCUGCUCUGCGCUCUCUUCCUCAUCUGCCUCUCUCUCUGCUCUCGCCCUCUUUCGAUCUCGCUCUCUCCUCUCAGAUCUAUCUCGAGAAGAUAUGCACUAUAAAGGGAAUAGCAUGCCAUUUGGGACACACAAUGUCUGGCGGUCAUUUCUGGGGUAUUUAGGCCACCUGUCCAGGCCUCUGCUGCUGUGUCCAUGGCCCCAAUGUCCCUCCCAGAGUCAGUCAGUUCACAGGCAGCAGCACUCAGCCUAGCCUGCCUAGAGAAUGAUGAAACACAGCCUGACGGCAGGCAGUGCCCUCAGGGGGGAGACGCACCCCCCCUCACACACACACACACAUGCAUGCACACACACACACACACACACCUCAGAGGACGGACUAGGGACGGGACACAACCUCAGAGAGAGCACUGCCAGUUCUGUUGCUAGAGAGCACUGAUGCAUGUGUGAGAGAGGUUCUAGUCCAUCACACUCACAUCAUCAGCCUCUGGAAGGGCCCUCCUCCCCCUCACCAACCAAUAGGACGGCAGAGAGAGCUCUCAUGGUCCAGAGAUGGGGUAGGGUGGAGAUGGUAGUGAUGCACUGACUAAUGUAAGGGGAGUUGGAUGGGGCUUGGCUGGUUCUAUUCCAAAGCUCUUAGCACAGGGGCCUGUUGACAUGCUCAUACAGAGCACUGGGCAGAACACAGCAGAUAGCAAGCACCAUCCUUCCUGAUUGAUGCCCUGGUCCAUGGAGCCAAAGCAAUUCCAGUCAGAGCCGUUCCUCUCUGCUGCUACCUGGCUUGUUUAUGAGCUGAAUGGUGUGAGAAGGGAAGAGACAUGGCCAUGCAGAUUCUCUCCGCAGGACUCUGUAAGUAGCUACCUUGUGGAAUGAUAUUCUCAUCCCUGAUGGUUGCAUGGCUAGUGAGGCUCUUUUCUUUCUUCACUAAACAAUGGCCUAUUUAUGGAGUCAGUCGGUGCUGAAUCAGGACAUUCUCAAAUAGCUAUUUAUUGCUGAUAUUUUAAUGUAUUUGUCUGGGGUUGCUGCCCUUGUACCAGUCAUGUUUACAACCAGUUGAUUAUGAACAUGCUCAUCAGAAUGGGAUUAGCUCAGUUAUCAUGAGGCUAAUAUGGUUGUGUCACUUUCCAGUAGGGAGAAACAUUUUCUAAACAGAGGGAAGCAGGGGAACGACUACCUGAACUUAUCCAAUAAGAAACACUUAUUUUAGUUUUCCAUUUCAAAACGUUUUGCUAUAGUAUGUCCUACUGAACAUGACCUAUGUCAUUUAGUUUGGAACAUGGCUUGGUCUGGUCAGUCUUCAUGUUCUCCUUGGGUGUUGGGAGUCUUUCAUCCUGACACUUGAUACUGUUUGUCCUCCACUGCUCUCCUCUCCUUUCAGAGAGUCCUGUAGAUAAUUGGUCCUUUCAUUUCAUCCUCUAGUGGCAAAUUAGGUCACCUAGCUGAGAACAAAGUGGGUGGUCAUAUGAUGAAUGACUAAGAAACUAUUUUCUAAACAUUUUCAAUUAAUUGCUGCAGACAUGAUGAGGGCAAAGGUGUUGUUUAUCGUCGUAGAUGUGUUUUUUUGUUAUGUUUUAUUUAUCUCACCGUGCUGUGAGGAUUUGGUGUGGUGUGACUUGUUUGUCCCUCUGGGGGAGCGAUAGCUGUAGACUGAGCCUGUCCAAAGGGCAGGACAACGUAACUGAACAGAAAGAGGAGGUCAUAAUCUCUGACUGUGUCGACUUGGACCUGCUCCACCACCAUGCCAUCACCAUUACCAUUAUCUUGGCUAAUGUAAUCCAAAGGCAUCCUGGCUGCUAGCUACGACACAAGGCUGUCAUCUGGUCUGGACACCACAACCCAUGAUGCAGAACUAGUCUGUAUAAAGGGGCUUGGAGGGAGUUUUUGGGGGGGGGAGGGGGGGUAGGGGGAGGGUAGAAGGAUUACUUUUAUCCUAUCCCAUGUAUUCCUUAAAGAGGUGGGGUUUCAAGUGUCUCCGGAAGGUGACUCCGCUGUCCUGGCGUCGUGAGGGAGCUUGUUCCACCAUUGGGGUGCCAGAGCAGCGAACAGUUUUGACUGGGCUGAGCGGGAACUGUGCUUCCGCAGAGGUAGAGGGGCCAGCAGGCCAGAGGUGGAUGAACGCAAUGCCCUCGUUUGGGUGUAGGGACUGAUCAGAGCCUGAAAGUACGGAGGUGCCGUUCCCCUCACAGCUCCGUAGGCAAGCACCAUGGUCUUGUAGCAGAUGCAGGCUUCAACUGGAAGCCAGUGGAGUGUGCGGAGGAGCGGGGUGACGUGAGAGAACUUGGGAAGGUUGAACACCAGACGGGCUGCAGCGUUCUGGAUGAGUUGUACGGGUUUAAUGGCACAGGCAGGGAGCCCAGCCAACAGCGAGUUGCAGUAAUCCAGACAGGAGAUGACAAGUGCCUGGAUUAGGACCUGUGCCGCUUCCUGUGUAAGGUACGGUCGUACUCUGCGAAUGUUGUAGAGCAUGAACCUACAGGAUCGGGUCACCGCUUUGAUGUUAGCGGAGAACGACAGGGUGUUGUCCAGGGUCACGCCAAGGUUCUUUGCACUCUGGGAGGAGGACACAACGGAGUUGUCAACCGUGAUGGCGAGAUCAUGGAGCGGGCAGUCCUUCCCUGGGAGGAAGAGCAGCUCCGUCUUGCCGAGGUUCAGCUUGAGGUGGUGAUCCGUCAUCCACACUGAUAUGUCUGCCAGACAUGCAGAGAUGCGAUUCGCCACCUGGUUAUCAGAAGGGGGAAAGGAGAAGAUUAAUUGUGUGUCGUCUGCGUAGCAAUGAUAGGAGAGACCAUGUGAGGAUAUGACAGAGCCAAGUGACUUGGUGUAUAGAGAGAAUAGGAGAGGGCCUAGAACUGAGCCCUGGGGGACACCAGUGGUGAGAGCACGUGGUGCGGAGACAGAUUCUCGCUACGCCACCUGGUAGGAGCGACCUGUGAGGUAGGAUGCAAUCCAAGAGUGAGCCGCGCCGGAGAUGCCCAACUCGGAGAGGGUGGAGAGGAGGAUCUGAUGGUUCACAGUAUCAAAGGCAGCAGAUAGGUCUAGAAGGAUGAGAGCAGAGGAGAGAGAGUUAGCUUUAGCAGUGCGGAGAGCCUCCGUGACACAGAGAAGAGCAGUCUCAGUUGAAUGACCAGUCUUGAAACCUGACUGGUUUGGAUCAAGAAGGUCAUUCUGAGAGAGAUAGCAAGAGAGUUGGCUAAAAAAGGCACGCUCAAUAGUUUUGGAGAGAAAAGAAAGAAGGGAUACUGGUCUGUAGUUGUUGACAUCAGAGGGAUCGAGUGUUGGUUUUUUGAGAAGGGGUGCAACUCUCGCUCUCUUGAAGACGGAAGGGACAUAGCCAGCGGUCAAGGAUGAGUUGAUGAGCGAGGUGAGGUAAGGGAGAAGGUCACCGGAGAUGGUCUGGAGAAGACAGGAGGGGAUAGGGUCAAGCGGGCAGGUUGUUGGGCGGCCGGCCGUCACAAGUCGCAAGAUUUUAUCUGGGGAGAGAGGGGAGAAAGAAGUCAAAGCAUAGGGUAGGGCAGUGUGAGCAGGACCAGCAGUGUCAUUUGACUUAACAAACGAGGAUCGGAUGUCGUCAACCUUCUUUUCAAAAUGGUUGACGAAGUCAUCCACAGAGAGGGAGGAGGGGGGGGGAGGAUUCAGCAGGGAGGAGAAGGUGGCAAAGAGCUUCCUAGGGUUAGAGGCAGAUGCUUGGAAUUUAGAGUGGUAGAAAGUGGCUUUAGCAGCAGAAACAGAUGAAGAAAAUGUAGAGAGGAGGGAGUGAAAAGAUGCCAGGUCCGCAGGGAGUCUAGUUUUCCUCCAUUUCCGCUUGGCUGCCCGGAGCCCUGUUCUGUGAGCUCGCAAUGAGUCGUCAAGCCACGGAGCAGGAGUGGAGGACCGAGCCGGGGGGGACAUAGAGAGUCAAAAGAUGCAGAAAGGGAGGAGAGGAGGGUUGAGGAGGCAGAAUCAGGAGAUUGGAGGGGGAAGGAUUGAGCAGAGGGAAGAGAUGAUAGGAUGGAAGAGGAGAGAGUAGCGGGAGAGAGCGAGCGAAGGUUGCGACGGCGCAUUACCAUCUGAGUAGGGGCAGAGUGAGUAGUGUUGGGGGAGAGCGAGAGAGAAAAGGAUACAAAGUAGUGGUCGGAGACUUGGAGGGGAGUUGCAGUGAGAUUAGUAGAAGAACAGCAUCUAGUAAAGAUGAGGUCAAGCGUAUUGCCUGCCUUGUGAGUAAGGGGAGACGGUGAGAGGGUGAGGUCAAAAGAGGAGAGGAGUGGAAAGAAGGAGGCAGAGAGAAAUGAGUCAAAGGUAGACGUAGGGAGGUUAAAGUCACCCAGAACUGUGAGGGGUGAGCCAUCCUCAGGAAAGGAACUUAUCAAGGCGUCAAGCUCAUUGAUGAACUCUCCAAGGGAACCUGGAGGGCGAUAAAUGAUAAGGAUGUUAAGCUUGAAUGGGCUAGUGACUGUGACAGCAUGGAAUUCAAAUGAGGAGAUAGACAGAUGGGUCAGGGGAGAAAGAGAGAAUGUCCACUUAGGAGAGAUGAGGAUUCCUGUACCACCGCCCCGCUGACCAGAUGCUCUCGGGGUAUGCGAGAACACAUGGUCAGACGAGGAGAGAGCAGUAGGAGUAGCAGUGUUUUCUGUGGUAAACAAUGUUUCCGUCAGUGCCAAGAAGUCGAGGGACUGGAGGGUAGCAUAGGCUGAGAUGAACUCUGCCUUGUUGGCCGCAGAACGGCAGUUCCAGAGGCUGCCGGAGACCUGGAACUCCACGUGGGUCGUGCGUGCAGGGACCACCAGGUUAGAGAGGCAGCAGCCACGCGGUGUGAGGCGUUUGUAUGGCCUGUGUGGAGAGGAGAGAACAGGGAUAGACAGACACAUAGUUGACAGGCUACAGAAAAGGCUACACUAAUGCAAAGGAGAUCGGAAUGAAAUUAACUAAACAUCUGGGGAAACGAGGCCUCCCUCACUAACCUUUCACUGAAACACUCAAAUACAACUCUUCCAACUUCCAUUUAGAAAUUAUAAUUGCUGUAAUCUACAGUAGUUCAAUGUUUCCAGGAAUAGACUAACUUAGUUUAUUCAGCUAGCUAACUUGGUACAGUAUUCUUCUGUGAAAACCGCCCAGGGCACCGUAUCCUAUGACGCCAUAGCUAACUAGCAUGCUAGCAUCCAAUAACACACGGUUUAGCACCAAUACUUGGUUACAACAAACUACCAAUGGAUCAUUCAUGUCCGUGUCUAGUUCCUUUCAUAACGCAGAAGUAAUUAAACGUUGGCUAGCUAGCACAAAGUCAGUCAUGCUAGCUACACAAGUGGACUACACAUCUCAGAUGUUCAGAAAGUGAAGCUUACAUUGCAAAAUUCUCAUUGACUAAAAUGAUACAGUACUGCUAGCUGGUAAUGUUGGCUAGCUAGCAGUGGCUGCGGUGUUGACUGUUUGAAAAUGUAGCUGGCUAGCUAACCUCGAUAGUUUCUCUAUACUACACCUUUGUCUUUGAUACCAAGACAACUAUGUAGCUAGCUAACUUUACACUAAUCAAAUUGUUCCGUUGAAAUGUAUUUAGUUGUUACAGUACUGCUAGCUGGUAUAGUUGGCCAGCUAGCAGUGGCUGCGGUGUAGCUACCCGCUAGCUAGCUAGCUUUAAUGGUCCAGGUAGUGGGUUAGCUAGCUAGCCUCGUGCUUCACCGGGCUCAGUCGAAUACACUACAAUACUUACCUACAAUAACUACCUACAAUAACUACCUGGAUAAAGUACCUACAAUACCUAACUACAAUACCUACCUACAAUCUAAAUGCAUGGUUUAAGCAGUGGCUGCGGUGUUGCUACCCGCUAGCUAGCUAGUUUUAAUGGUCCAGGUAGUGGGUUAGCUAACUAGCCUCGUGCUUCACCGGGCUCAGUCGAAUACACUACAAUACUUACCUACAACAACUACCUACAAUAACUACCUGGAUAAACUACCUACAAUACCUAACUACAAUACCUACCUACAAUCUAAAUGCAUGGUUUAAGCUUUACUCAACACAUAUAAAGAAGAAGCCAAGCUUACCUCCCCGCUUAGAGGAACACAACCUCACCCCAUCGCUCCUCAUAACAAAAAUGAUGAGGAGGCACAUUCUAUGUGAGGAGACUAAAAAGCAUGCUCAAUGUAGACUCCCCAUUUAAAUAGUUUUUUUGCCCUAUGAAUACCUUGCUCCUCUACGGUAAGCCUUGGGUUGGGUCAGCUCUCCGCUAGUCUCUCUAAACAGACAGAUUGGCAGGUGUUCCCUUUUCCCUGUCAGUUCCCUCAAGUUGCAUUAAGGCCCUAUUAGUGAGGAUGUGAAUGUGCCUUUCUGCUGUUGAUCUUCUAAUCUCUGUUAUAAAGAAAUGACAGUGUGUGGUUAGGUGUAGGUCUGAUGAAUAAACCCCCCUUUAAUCAAGCCAUGUGGAGAGCCAUGGUGGAGGUUUAAGCCAAAUAAGUCAGGAAGAGAAAACACCAGUAUAAUGAAUAUGAAUUUGAAUUGCAGACCAUCACCGUACCACUGAGUAUGUUGUAACAUUAGUUCACACGUUAUAAUAACAUUAAGAAUCAACGGAAGGUGACCUCUCGUCUAAGCUGUGCCCUAUUUUAUUUUCUCCCCCCUGGGGGCAGUGGAGACCGGAUGGAGGAUUUGGGGCUGGUUCCUUCACUGCCUGGUGUGUCUGUGCCCUCACUGUGACUGACUGGGAAGUGUGUACUGACACCUGCUGGACUGGGAGGGAGGGACCACGGACCGCAGGAACCAGGCACUGGGCUGCAUCUGAAAUGGCACCCUAUUCACUAUAUAGUGCGCUACUUUUGACCCGGUUUUAACACGGUUAUAAAAUGGUAAUGUGCACAGUGAUUCUUUCUGUCUCACAUAAACACAUUAUUCACAUGAUGUGUAUCCUUGAGAUCUCUUUGCCCUGGUUACCUGGAUGUUGGUGACAGGCAGCCAUAUUAAGGAGGACAGUUUGAAUUUGUUAGUAAACGCUGGGGAAAGGAGGCACGAUCUGCCCUUACACUGCAUUUAGCGUGUUUACAUGCUUGGCUGUCUAGCACUGUGACUGAGAAGGAGAGGCUUUUUCCACCCUAUGGUACUGUAGUCUUAUUUCCAUUCAAAGAUGGGGUGGAGUCAGAAUACACAUUCAGAUGUGGUUAUGCGCUGUGUUUGAAUGGAAACCUAACUCCAAAAGACCUACAAUUAGCCAAAUAAGAGUAGCAUAACAUCCAAAAUUAGGAACUACAGCCUCUUAACUCCUGCAUGGCCUGUUUUGCAAUGUAAAAGAUAGUGGAGAGCUCUCAGCUCGACCAAAAUAAACAGCUGGCAGAUUAAUCCUUGGGAUAGGAUCUGCAGCAGAACCAAGAAAGAAAAUCUAAUUGGCAAUGAUCUAAAUAGCUGUGCAAUCUUUUGCUAAUUUUGUGGUGCUUUAAAUAUGUCCACACUCUCAGUCAAGAGGAGGCUCACUGGUGCAUACAGAUUGCUAAUAGUGUGGCUCUAGCUGGCUGUUUUCCGUAUUUGAUGUUAUGCUGUGACCAUCUGAUAUUCCACCAGAUAAAGGCUGUUGUUGGAAGGCUGCUGUCUACAAAAGGAGUAUUUGACUUUCCAGCUCUACAACAACAGUGUUGGGACAUAGAUUGUGACCCUCCAUCCAGAGGAAAACACAUGAGAUGUACUCUGGUGUCCAGUCUGUGUAUUCAGAGGAGUGGCAGGUUUUUUGUCAGGAAGAAGUCUAGUGAAAACCUAUUCAGUGUUAGAGCUGGAGAGGGCAGGGGCUGUCUUUGCACUGCCUGGGGAUAUCAUGAGCUCAUAAACACUAAAGCUGGUCUAUGCACCACUGGAUGCGCAACACACGCAGGGACAUACAGUACACACACACACACACACACACACACACACACACACACACACACACACACAGUAACACAAGAUCCCAUAUCCAUCACUAUCUCACUGUGCUGAUUGGACAAGGAUAACAACAGCACUGAUUGCAUCUGUGAAAGAAAAUGCCUCUAUAACAAGACAGUUUCUGAAUGUACUGGUAAAUAACAAGAUUUGGCAGUAACAGGCGUCAUUGUUUUAUGCUAGAAGCUGCGUGUUUGUGUUUGUUUCUGUAUGUGUGUGUGUGUCAGGGUUUCCGUUAGCAAAAUGUGGCGCCGGACAUUUGACCGUCAGCAUUUUUAUUUUACUGCUAGACAAUGAAAGAAAGCUGAUUUGAAAACCAAUCGAACAUGAGAGAAAUAGGCUACUGGUUUCAAUGGCAUAAGUCUUUAUAAAAUAAUUGUCUCCAUACUUCUAUGGUCGGAUCUUACUUUGAAGCAAUGUAAGACAUGCCUCAUAAUAUGAAGUAAAACAUUCAGGUUUCAAACAUUUAAGUAUAUGUUUUCAAAAUGCACAGGCGACUGCCUCCAGCUCAUUGCAAAAUGGUGGGAUGCGCUGAAGUCUACCAACAGUUGCUUAUAUGUACUUGAAUGGCGAAUGGGAAGUGUGCUUCAAUUACCAGUUGAGAAAUACAAAUAGUAGCAUUUUUUUUUGUGGCCAUCAAAACUGUUUUUAACACGCAUUCUCAUUUAGAAUUGUUACGUAAUGAUUGGGCUUAUAAAAACACGUUUCACUCCAGCAGCAACUAAUGAGCAGUUUGAGAAGCUGUAGCAGCAGCUCUCACGCUGUCUGACAGAUUUCCGCUCAUAGGCUCUGUAUCUGCAUGCUGUGUGUGUGAUAAACAUAACAAGUAAUGAAAAUACACACCCGUAGGCUUGGGCGGUAUCCAGAUUGUCAUACCUUCAUACUGACCUUGUGCCAAACCGGGAUAUUUGGUAAUAGCGGCACAAGGGGCGCUAUUGUAAUCCGAAGGUUAGCAAUGCUAAAAAGUACAUGUACAAUCCCAUAGAGAAUGCUAACUAUAUGCUAACGAGCGCAUUGCAAAGAUUUUAUACAGUCUCUGACCUAAAGCAGGACAGACAUCCCAGCUCAUAAAGUUAUACAAGUAACUCAAAAAUGUUACUCACAGUUUGCUGCACGCACAAAUCAAAUAUUAUACAUUUACAUUUACAUUUUAGUCAUUUAGCAGACGCUCUUAUCCAGAGCGACUUACAGUUAGUGAGUGCAUACAUGCUCUACCAACUGAGCUACAUCCCUGCCGGCCAUUCCCUCCCCUACCCUGGACGACACUGGGCCAAUUGUGCACCGCCCCAUGGGUCUCCCGGUCGCGGCCAGCUAUGACAGAGCCUGGAUUCGAACCAGGAUCUCUAGUGGCACAGCUAGCACUGCGAUGCAGCGCAUUAGACCACUGGCUAACUAGCUACUAAAUUAUACAGCAAGGCUCUUGAUUCAGGAGGGGAUUCUCUGCUGUUACCAAGUGAAACAUGAUUUUGGAAGAAGCUAACCACUUAGCUAGAUGGCUAACUAGCUACUAAAUUAGCAAACGAAAUGCACAACUGUAGAGCAUUUAGCACAUUUUUUGACAGUUAACUUAAUAGUUUGACGAUGUCUAGCUGGCAAACAUUUAGUUGUGAAUUCCAUACUGUAACUAGAUCACCUAGAUCACCUGGCUGGCCAACAGUGAGUGACUCACAAGCCUCCAGUUGCUUGUUGUUGUGUGCUUGUAAACAAACACCACGUGACUGGGGACUAGUACCUGUAAGCUUCAUAAUGAAAAAUUAUGUGACAGGUGAAAUGAAGAACGCAAUCUCUUUAUCUCCUAACGCACUGCACAGGUUGACUGCAGGUAUUUACUUAAAUGUAGCCACAAAUAUUCACAUUUAUUUAAAAAAAACAUCAAUUAAAUAGUUUCAACGGUAUUGACGGUAUUGAAAAACCAUCCUGUGGCUAUUUCAAAAUUAUGCAAAUGAACCUAUAGACCGAUAAGCAUGACCGGUCGAAUGUAUUUACAUCGAAUGGUAUUUCCACCAAUGAAUAGGCAAAAAAGCAUUAUUCUGCAAUGGGAUUUUUUUUCAAUUGGCCGGCGGCAGUUUUAUUUUUCGGCUUAAAAAAAACAAAACUGGCUAUUACCGGCUAACGGAAACCCUGGUGUGUGUGUGCGUCUGUAUGUGUACAUGUCUGUAUGUAUAUCUGUGUGCAUACAAUGGGGAGAACAAGUAUUUGAUACACUGCCGAUUUUGCAGGUUUUCUUACUUACAAAGCAUGUAGAGGUCUGACAUUUUUAUCAUAGGUACACUUCAACUGUGAGAGACGGAAUCUAAAACAAAAAUCCAGAAAAUCACAUUGUAUGAUUUUUAAGUACUUAAUUUGCAUUUUAUUGCAUGACAUAAGUAUUUGAUCGCCUACCAACCAGUAAGAAUUCCGGCUCUCACAGACCUGUUAGUUUUUCUUUAAGAAGCCCUCCUGUUCGCCACUCAUUACCUAUAUUAACUGCACCUGUUUGAACUCGUUACCUGUAUAAAAAACACCUGUCCACACACUCAAUCAAACAGACUCCAACCUCUCCACAAUGGCCAAGACCAGAGAGCUGUGUAAGGACAUCAGGGAUAAAAUUGUAGACCUGCACAAGGCUGGGAUGGGCUACAGGACAAUAGGCAAGCAGCUUGGUGAGAAGGCAACAACUGUUGGCGCAAUUAUUAGAAAAUUGAAGAAGUUCAAGAUGACGGUCAAUCAUCCUCGGUCUGGGGCUCCAUGCAAGAUCUCACCUCGUGGGGCAUCAAUGAUCAUGAGGAAGGUGAGGGAUCAGCCCAGAACUACACGGCAGGACCUGGUCAAUGACCUGAAGAGAGCUGGGACCACAGUCUCAAAGAAAACCAUUAGUAACACACUACGCCGUCAUGGAUUAAAAUCCUGCAGCGCACGCAAGGUCCCCCUGCUCAAGCCAGCGCAUGUCCAGGCCCGUCUGAAGUUUGCCAAUGACCAUCUGGAUGAUCCAGAGGAGGAAUGGGAGAAGGUCAUGUGGUCUGAUGAGACAAAAAUAGAGCUUUUUGGUCUAAACUCCACUCGCCGUGUUUGGAGGAAGAAGAAGGAUGAGUACAACCCCAAGAACACCAUCCCAACUGUGAAGCAUGGAGGUGGAAACAUCAUUCUUUGGGGAUGCUUUUCUGCAAAGGGGUCAGGACGACUGCACCGUAUUGAGGGGAGGAUGGAUGGGGCCAUGUAUCGCGAGAUCUUGGCCAACAACCUCCUUCCCUCAGUAAGAGCUUUGAAAAUGGGUCGUGGCUGGGUCUUCCAGCAUGACAACGACCCGAAACACACAGCCAGGGCAACUAAGGAGUGGCUCCGUAAGAAGCAUCUCAAGGUCCUGGAGUGGCCUAGCCAGUCUCCAGACCUGAACCCAAUAGAACAUCUUUGGAGGGAGCUGAAAGUCCGUAUUGCCCAGCGACAGCCCCGAAACCUGAAGGAUCUGGAGAAGGUCUGUAUGGAGGAGUGGGCCAAAAUCCCUGCUGCAGUGUGUGCAAACCUGGUCAAGACCUACAGGAAACAUAUGAUCUCUGUAAUUGCAAACAAAGGUUUCUGUACCAAAUAUUAAGUUCUGCUUUUCUGAUGUAUCAAAUACUUAUGUCAUGCAAUAAAAUGCAAAUUAAUUACUUAAAAAUCAUACAAUGUGAUUUUCUGGAUUCCGUCUCUCACAGUUGAAGUGUACCUAUGAUAAAAAUUACAGACUUCUACAUGCUUUGUAAGUAGGAAAACCUGCAAAAUCGGCAGUGUAUCAAAUACUUGUUCUCCCCACUGUAUGUGUGUGCACGUUAAUGUGCGUGUAGCCUAUUUGUCUGUCUCGCUGUGUGUGUGUGUGUGUGUGUGUAGACUAGUAGACUAUUGAAAGCCCUCCAUGGUUGUUCCUGUGGGAGCUGGCUAUGACUCCAAAGCUUGUAAACAGGAACCAGCAGGGUUUUAACAGACUCACAGCCCUGCAGGUGUUUGGAUUGAACACACUCUCCUGCUAGCUAGCUGUCUUUCCUCUUCUUCAUGGUUGCAUCCCAAAUGGCACCCUAUUACCUAUAUAGUGCACUACUUUUGACCAGGCCCAUAGGCCUAAACUAAUGCACUAUAUGGGCCCUGGUCAAAAGUAGUACACUAUAUAGGGAAAAGGUUACUAUUUGGGACACACCUCAUGUUGAGCACUUUAUUUACAUUACUUGGGCAGGAACUAGCAUGGAAGUUGACCCUGUUUAGCCCCGUGCACUUUAUCUGACAUGGAUUGUCAAGUCAAAGGAUUCUAUUGACAGAAAGAGACUGACAAAACUGUUAUCUGAUGGUUUUGAGAAUUGAUCAUUCCAUUGACAUUGUAAAGCUGUCUUGUUGACUUCUAGAACACAGGACAUUCUAAUAACCUAGUUCAGGCUGUUCCUCUGGUAUGCUAGCUAGCUGCUAUCCCAGGUCAUCUGCUUGGUUUGCAGCUGAUAAGAGAGACAGGAUGCAUCCCAAAUGGCGCCUUAUUCCUGCAGGUGUUUGGUUUGAACAAACACUCUCCUGCUAGCUAGCUGUCUUUCCUCUUCUUCAUGGCUGCAUCCCAAAUGGCACCCUAUUACCUAUAUAGUGCACUACUUUUGACCAGGGCCCAUAGGGCUAAACUAAUGCACUAUAUGGGCUCUGGUCAAAAAUAGUGCACUAUAAAGAAAAAACCCUCCUAUUUGGGACGCAUCUGGGGUCUUCUUCUUGUAUGUGUGGUGGUCUGUGAAUGCCUUGACAGGCCUUGUUAGGUCGACUCAGGCCUGCUCUUUAGCCUAGUGUUCUACCGAGCCUGACAUGAGUUUGCCCAAGGGAGAGACAUAACCCUGCUGUAAACAUUGUCUGGGACAGGGUUACCUUUAGGGGUCUAUUACCUGCUGUAUAUCUCCUGAGUGGCGCAGUGGUCUAAGGCACUGCAUCGCAGUGCUAACUGUGCCACUAGAGAUCCUGGUUCGAAUCCAGGCUCUGUCGCAGCCGGCCGCGACCGGGAGACUCAUGGGCGGCGCACAAUUGGCCCAGCGUCGUCCAGGGUAGGGGAGGGAAUGGCCGGCAGGGAUGUAGCUCAGUUGAUAGAGCAUGGCGUUUGCAACGCCAGGGUUGUGGGUUCAUUUCCCACGGGGGGCCAGUAUAAAAAAAUAUGUAUUCACUAACUGUAAGUUGCUCUGGAUAAGAGCGUCUGCUAAAUGACUAAAAUGUAAAUGUAAUGUAAAUGGAUGGUCUGUCAUAUAUCAACUGUCCCUCUGUAGUAACACCUGCAGAGCUUGCUCAGUCAUUCCCCUCAGGUAGUAAGCCGACUUGGGUCCAAAUAUGAUUUGUUUUCUUUUAAAUACUUAAUUAAGCUUUUCUGACUCAAUGGAACCAAUUAAAUAGUCCCAAAAGGGCAAACCGCGCCCAUCUGGCACCCCAGGCAGAUACUCAGAGGGAUUUGAAAGAAAACAGAUACUAUUUGAACCCAGCUGGUCUGGUAAUAAGGUGGGUGAGGGGUGACUGGGCCCGUGUCAUAUAAUUCAAUGGAGACAUGAAUAUGUAAGAUGUGUCUGUGGGUGUUUCAUAGUAAUGAGCAGUGGGGUGCUGGGCCCGGUCUUUGAUCCUGCAUUAGAAUUGACAUCGCUUGCAUCCCAAAUGGCAUCCUAUUCCCUACAUAGUGCACUACUGUUGACCAGAGCUCUGGGAAUAGGGUGCUAUUUGAGACCCAGUGCUAGUCUCUGAUGGGAGUAUUGGCAGCAGCUUUGUUACAGUGAUACUAAAAGCUUGGCACACAUCCUCUCACGUUACCUUUUCAUUUCACUAUGUUUAAAUGGUGUCAGUAUUUUGCAGAUGCAGACUCAGAUUUUUAUUGUGAGGAUUAGAAGGUUUCUCUGAGUCAGAUAGUGUUUUAGCCAAGCAUCUCUACUGCAUUGGGAUUUCUCCUGGUCUGUGUCCACAUCAAGGAUACAUCCCAAAUGGCACACUAUUCCUUAUAUAGUGCAAUACCUUUGACCAGGCCCAUAGGGCUCUGGUCAAAACUAAUGCACUAUAUAGGGAAAAGGGUGCCAUUUGGGACGUGACCCAUGUUGAGCAGUUUCCAUUGCUCGGGCAGGAACUAGCACGGAAGUUGAUCCUGUUUAGCCCCAUGCACUUUAUCUGACAUGGAUUGUCUAGUCAAAGUGGAGUGCUGGGCCCGGUCUUUGAUCCUAAAUUAGAAUAGAUCUUGACUGCAUCCCAAUGGCACCCUAUUCCCUACAUAGCCCAUAGGACCCUUGUCAAAAGUUUAGCACUAUAUAAGGAAUAGGGUGCCAUUUGGGAUGUAUCCUUGAUGUGGACACAGACCAGGAGAAAUCUCAAUGUCGUGACUGAGGAGGAUUACAACAUUGACAGCGGUAGAGAUACUUGGCUAAAACACUAUCUGACUAACAGAGAAACCUUCCAGUCCUUUAUAAAAACGGCAGUCUGCAUCUGCAAAAACAUAGUGAAAUGAAAAUGUAACGUGAGAGGAUGUGAGCCAGGCUUUUAGUAUCAAUGUAACAAAGCUGCUGCCAAUACUCCCAUCAGAGACUAGCACCGCGUCCCAAAUGGCACCCUAUUCCCUAUAUAGUGCACCACUUUGACCAGAGCUCUGGUCUAACUAGCAACCUCCAUGUUUAAAUGAGCUCAUCUGUGCUGUCUUCUUGGCUGAGUAAUGUUACCUCCUUAAGCGCCCACCUACCACUCCCUCCUAUCAUCACCAAUGAUUGGAGGGUGCUAGAGAUCGUGGCCUACCUGAUUGGAUAACAAUACUGCAGCCAGCAGUUUAACCCAGGUCAGAUGAAUGCCUUCAGUCCUGAGAUGGCAACAAGGGCUAUCACUGCUCUGAAUGGCUGACUGUGUGUGUGUGUGUGUGUGUGUGUGUGUUUUCUGCCAUUGUAAUCCUUGGGCGGGCCGCCUAAAUGUUAAAUCGGGCCACAAGUCCGAAAAAGUGUAAAAAAUGAAAUAAAACGUUUGGCUGAAAAAAAGCAAUAGAAUAGAAUGAAUUUAGCAGUUUUGAUGUUUGAGCAUAAGAACACAGCAUUAGCCAUGGUAAUUAAAACUGCAACAAUUUUCUCUCAGCUCCAUGGAGAAAAUGUUAAAAUUGCAGGACAUUUUCUUAAAAAUUCUAAAAUGGCUCUACACUGCCAAGCUGGGGGGUGUAGAGAAAUUUGUCUGUACCCGUUUCCACGCCCCCUGCCACACACCCCUGCCACGCCCCCUGCCAUACCCAACACCUAAGCCCCUUUUUUGAUCCAGAAAAAACCCUGUGUGUCAGGCAGUCGCUCACUAAGACCAGUCAGUCCACAACAACUGUGUAUGCAUUCAUCUAUCUGCCCUCACAGCCAAUGUUUUAUUACACAAUGGCUGAUGUGGGUUGGGUUCUGGGAAUCCCAAGGGUUUUUUGUGGUUCAAUACAGACAUCAUUGAUCCCUGGGCCUUGGUCAAAAGUAGCCACUAUUUAGGGAAUAGGGUGUAAUUUGGGAUGCAUACGAAGGAGAGGUAGAAGAAUGUAGUGUGGGGUUAGGGGGAUGAUGUAAUGAGUCUCUCAUUGGAGGGGAGGGGUCACAGUGUAAGGACAUCUGUGUCCAGCAGGAAAUUACUCCUCUUACUUCUCCUUCUCCUCCUUUUCCUCCCUCUCCCUCCUCCUCUCUUCACUCUCUCUCCUCCUCUCCUCCCUCUACCUCCUCCUCCACUCUUCCUCCUCCCCCUCCUCCUCCUUAAGCUCACCUCAGGGAACACCACACAACACUUUAUUGGUUCCUCUCAAUGGCUGGUGCCUCAAAAGACAACAGGAUGGCUCACACCAAAAACAUGUAGCCUAGCAAGCAUAAAAAUAACAGGGAGCAGAUCAGAUGCAUACACUGCCCUGCAUAAGGGACCGCAGAUGAAUGUAGCUCAUUAGCUAACUGGCACUGUGCAAUGCUGUACCAACUAUCAACUCUCCCAGGUCUUCCUGCUGGAGACCACAACAGAAAUGCUGCAGUAGGCCAGCUGUGAAUGGCCUUACUUGUAGAAUGUGGUGAAGAAUAUAGUCUGGGUCCAUAGUGUGUGUGUAUGUGUGUGUGUGUGUGUGUGUGUGUGUGUGUGUGUGUGUGUGUGUGUGUGUGUGUGUGUGUGUGUGUGUGUGUGUGUGUGUGUACAGUUGCGACGUCUACCAUCUCUCCUCCCGUCUGUCUCUGGCCUUUCAACUGCUCAUUGCCUCAGAGCAGCUGAGCUGACAGGGAUGGUCACAACAACACAGACCGGCUCACACAUCAUUAGACAUUAGAUAGGCCACCAGAGCCACAACACAAGCUUCUACAACCCAUGCUGCCCACUCAGACACACACUAACAAGGCUAACUAUACAAUGCGCUAAGGUUAGGAUGUGACAUUACCGGGGUAUACAGGUAAUAUUGCUUACUGGAUAACCAUUCUUAAAAGCAUGCUUUCUCUCCUUUUGUAUCUACUACAUGGUGCACAUUGACUCUUAGAAAUAAGCUUUUGAAAUAGUCUGUUGGUGUGUAUUUGUUAGUGUAAUAGAUCAGAAAAGCACCAACGUCUGACCGUUAAAAAAGGCACAUUCACUAUUGACCACUGGAGCCAGAGUCAUUGCAUUUGUCUGGAAAGCAUCCACAAAAAAUCUCCUUUCUCUUCCUUGUGCUUGGUUGUCGAGUGUUAUUUAAUUUCGAUUGGUUUAUUGAAUUGGUUUUGUUACCACCUCACAAUCGGAGCUACAUUUCAUAGACUGUCCUAAUGAAUAGGCUUCUCAGAGCGCACUGAGUUCUGCACUUGUUCCAUUGUGUGACCUCCAUCGUUUGGCCUCAGCUGCUGUGCUGUGCUGCCCAGUCUGUAGAACUGUGGCUGUGUGAAGGCCUUAUACACCCUCUGUCUCUAUCCUCGUUUGUGUCUCUCUUUCUCUUUCUCUCCCUCGCUCUCCUUUCUCUCCCUCUCUCUCUCUCUCCUGGCUCUGUGUUCGGCAGUGACAGGAGCUGGGCAUGAUCUGGGUUGAAACUGGUUUGAUUCGCCUCAGUGGAAAAGUGCUGCCAAGCUAAAUCUCCCUGUGGUAUAAUAGGGGUUAUAAUUAAACAACAGAGGCUGUUUACACCCUGGUCACCUGACUAACUCAGGAUGGCAUGAGCGUCUGUGGAUACCGUAGAGGUGUGUUGGCAUGUGGGGGUUGGUGAAAUGGGUUGGUGGGUUAAGGAGGGGGGGGGGGGCACAGCUGCUGCUGCCAUGUCUUUGCAGCUGAGGGCAUUGACCUCACCACCCCAUCCCAUCUUUGUCGUGCCACCUCACACACCCCACCACUGCUGCCAGUAUUUGCUCCCUACCCCCUCUUUGUCUUUCUCUCUCUGUCCCUCUCCCCCCCCCCCCCCCCCCCUCUUUCUGACAGACAGCUGACUCCCCCUGACCCCCUCUUCAAGAGGACUGAUAAGCCUCCCCAGUUAUUUAUUCCUGAUGGCUCAGUGAGAUACGUGCCUGACCACAGACUGACCAACCGACCACCCUGGACAGGCCUCAGAGAAGAGCCUUGUUGUUCGAAAGUCGCCACUGAGGGGACUGGAGUUUACAAACUAGACUCACUGAGACGGCUGGAGUUUCUAGGCAGCCAGCUACUAGACUGGGAGCCAACUUUACUUGACUGGUUUUAGUCAUCUCCAGUUGGUAGAGAGAUCUCAAAUCUGAUCUGGUCAUGGCAGGACUCACAGUUCUCUUUCGUUUCCUCUACAUGGGCUUUCUGAGGGACAGGGGGAGACAGCAGGGGAGACCGCAGGGGAGACUGGCGCUAAUGGACCAAAGUCAAACUUCUGAAGAGAAUGGUAUGUCGAACCUAAUACCCUGAGCUUUCAUCUGCAUUGCUUGCUCUUUGGGGUUUUAGGCUGGGCUUCUGUAUAAGCACUUUGUGACAACUGCUGAUGUAAAAAGGGCUUUCUAAAUAAAUUUGAUUGAAUUUGAUUGAUUCACCUAUGUUAUAUGCUUUCUGUGUUAGCGCCAUGUUACGUCAUUCAGGUGGUCUGUCUUUGUGUGUUAUUGGCUGUAAGUAAAGACCUUUUACAGAUAAUUUGCCUUUUGAUCCAAGGCUAAAUAAACCACCUCCAAGUUACUUCUGCUUUCUCCCCUAUUAAGAGAAACAAAUGGUAAUUACCCCUCGACUUUCCUUUGAAAAGCUUUAAACCUAGCUACAUGAUAAUCUGCCUCCUGGACAGCCUCUCUCUGAAUGACUAAAGAUACUGGUUAUAAUAGGGGUAUCAAUGAGUUCUUGGUUCUGGUCAUUUCUUUGAAAAGCCAGUCAGGUAAAAUUGGCUUAAUUAAAGGGGCAGUGUUGUAUUUUGAGACAGGCUUGACUAUGCAAAUAAGCCAAUAGGCAGAGGGGUAGCCUACAUUGUCUAAUUCUCUGUAUGGGUAAUAAUAAUUACUUUGCAUAUUAUAUCAUACAACACAAUACAAUGCAAUGUCAUUUACAGUCAACUAUUUGUCCCAUGGUGUUCCUGAUCAAGUGAAAAAUCAUUAAUUAAUGUCAAGCCCUUCAUAAUGUAAAUACGUUUUUAAAAGUCUCAUGCAAUGUAGGCCUGCAUUGAACACCACAUAUAGGCUACUGUAGGCUAUAUAAUAGAAAUCAAAAGCUAUUUCCAUGUGACAAUGUUAUGGGAUUUGCGCCAUUGGUUUUGUUGGUAGGCCUACAUUAUUCUCAAAUAGCCACAAUAGCCUAUUGGCUACUAUCUAAAACUGUAAGGGUACAGCCUCAGUGUUCACUGCAAAUGCACGCCGGAAGUUGCACAAAAUUCUCACAACAUUCUGUCACGAUCGUCGUAGUAAUGAGUAGACCAAGGCGCAGCGUGAGAAACAAACAUGACUUUAAUUAGUUAAAGUUUCUAAACAAAACAAAACACGACUCGUGAAGUCCACGGUGACAAUGACCGAACACGGAACAAAAACCCACAAACCCAAAGUGAAACACAGACAGUUAAAUAUGGCUCCCAAUCAGAGACAACCAGCAAACAGCUGACACUCGUUGCCUCUGAUUGGGAGUCACUCAGUCAAACAUAGAAAAUGACGAACUAGAACACCCAACAUAGAAACAGAACACAUAGAAUGAACACACCCUGGCUCAACAUAAUGAGUCCCAGAGCCAGGGUGUGACAGUACCCCCCCCCCUAAAGGCGCGGACUGCGACCGCGCCUCAACUAAACAAAACAGGGGAGGGCUGGGCGGGCAUACCUCCUCGGCGGCGGUUCUGGCUCCGGCCUUGACCACCACCCUCCAAUACACCCCCCAUAGUGCCCCUGGUCCAGUCUGUCGACUUGCACCCCUGGCUUGGUGCGUGGAGGAGGAACGGGCCUUACCAGGCUGACUUCUCGCACCCCUGGCUUAGUGCGAGUGGCAGGAACAGGCCGGACCGGGCUGGCGACGCGCACCGUAGGUUUGGUGCGAGUGGCAGGAACAGGCCGGGUCGGGCUGGCGACGCGCACCGUAGACUUGGUGCGGGUGGCAGGAACAGGCCGGGUCGGGCUGGCGACGCGCACCGUAGACUUGGUGCGGGUGGCAGGAACAGGCCGGACCGGGCUGGCGACGCGCACCGUAGGUUUAGUGCGUGGAGCAGGGACAGGCCGGGCUGGGCUGUCGACGCACACCGUAGGCUUGGUGCGUGGAGCAGGGACAGGCCGGACUGGGCUGGCGACGCACACCGUAGGCUUGGUGCGUGGAGCAGGGACAGGCCGAACCGGGCUGUGGAGACGGAUAGGAGGCCUGGAGUGAAUAGCGGCCACCACCCGUCCUGGCUGAAUGCCUACCCUCACACACUCUGUGUGAGGCAUCCGCACAGGACGUACAGGGCGGUGUACCCCUGGCCUGGUGGCCUUCUGGAUCCGCCCCCUUUUCUCCUCCGUCAGCCCCGUCGUCCAUGCCGUGUGCCCCCCCCUAAAAAAAUUCUGGGGUUGCCUCACGACCGUCCGACGACGACCCUGAUCACGCCGUACCUCCUCUCUACGGCGCGCCUCCACCGUCUCACUCCAUGGCCGGCGAUCCAUCCCGGCCAGGAUUUCCUCCCAGGUCCAGGACCCCUGCCCGUCCAAGAUCUGCUCCCACGUCCAGGCUGCCUGCUCCUGGACACGCUGCUUGGUCUUGGUAUGGUGGGUUUUUCUGUCACGAUCGUCGUAUGAAGGAGUGGACCAAGGCGCAGCGUGAGAAACAAACAUGACUUUAAUUAGUUAAAGUUUCUAAACAAAACAAAACACGACUCGUGAAGUCCACGGUGACAAUGACCGAACACGGAACAAAAACCCACAAACCCAAAGUGAAACACAGACAGUUAAAUAUGGCUCCCAAUCAGAGACAACCAGCAAACAGCUGACACUCGUUGCCUCUGAUUGGGAGUCACUCAGUCAAACAUAGAAAAUGACGAACUAGAACACCCAACAUAGAAACAGAACACAUAGAAUGAACACACCCUGGCUCAACAUAAUGAGUCCCAGAGCCAGGGUGUGACACAUUCAAGUUUCCGCUCACAAGACCUCAAAUUUGCUCAGUGCCCCAAAUAAUUUGAGGGAACAUUGGUUGUAAUAUCAUAUGACAAUAUUUUUGACGGUAUGUUGGUAUUUGACGGUAUUUUAUGUUUUUUAAUAAUAAAAGUUAUAAUUAUGCUUUAUGAGUAGUUCAUGACCCUAGGGUGGAAACACAAAUUAUAAGUGAUUUCAAUGGAGCUUUCUCCAUUCUGAAUGUUUUGUACUGUUCAAUCCAACUUCACACCAAAAUAAUGAUCUGCAUUUUCAUAAAGUUCUGCAUUUCUAGGACUUUUGUUAUAAUUUCCAUACUGUGCCCCACAGAGCUGCAUAAUAUGGGAAAACAUAUUGGCCUAGUUAAUAGGUGAACUGUUUGAAUCAUUGUCACGAUCGUCGAACAGAGAUGAGGACCAAGGCGCAGCGUUGCAGGCAAACAUACUCUUUAUUAGAGACACGAUCAAAAACAACAAAACGAAAACGUGACAGUUCACGGUCUAACACAACCGACUAGAAACAAAAUCCCACAAACACGAAUGAAAAACAGACUGUAUAAAUAUGGCUCCCAAUCAGAGACAGCCAGCAACACCUGACACUCGUUGCCUCUGAUUGGGAGCCACUCUGGCCAACAUAGAAAUAGCACCCAUAGAAACAAAACACAUUAUCUACACACCCUGGCUCAACAUAACAGUGUCCCCAGAGCCAGGGCGUGACAGUACCCCCCCCUAAAGGCGCGGACUCCGACCGCGUCAACCAAAUACCACAGGGGAGGGACCGGGUGGGCACUCCGCCUAGGCGGCGGAUCCGGCUCCGGGCCUGAUCCCCGCUCCCUCUCCAACCCCCCAAAGUACCCCUGGUCCGGUCUGGCCCCGCUGGCCGGAGCUGGACUGCACACUGAUGGAGCGGAUUGCUCUAGCUCCGGCGUAAAACAUCUGACCAGUGCCGAACCAGGCACCAGUGGAACAGGCACGGGGCCGUGCCGGACUGACGACGCCCACCACUGGCUUGGUGUGGAGAACAGGCACGGGCCGUGCUGGACUGACAACGCACACCACUGGCUUGGUGUGAGGAGCAGGAGUGAGCCGAACCGGGCUGACGAAACGCACCACUGACUUGGUGCGGGGAGCAGGAACGGGCCGAGCCGGGCUGACGAAGCGCACCACUGACUUGGUGCGGGGAGCAGGAACGGGCCGAGCCGGGCUGACGAAGCGCACCACUGACUUGGUGCGGGGAGCAGGAACGGGCCGAGCCGGGCUGACGAAGCGCACCACUGACUUGGUGCGGGGAGCAGGAACGGGCCGAGCCGGGCUGACGAAGCGCACCACUGACUUGGUGCGGGGAGCAGGAACGGGCCGAGCCGGGCUGACGAAGCGCACCACUGACUUGGUGCGGGGAGCAGGAACGGGCCGAGCCGGGCUGACGAAGCGCACCACUGACUUGGUGCGGGGAGCAGGAACGGGCCGAGCCGGGCUGACGAAGCGCACCACUGACUUGGUGCGGGGAGCAGGAACAGACCGGACCGUACUGGGGACACACACCACUGGCCCUACACCGGGAUCUGGAACGGGCCGGACCGGACUGGUAACACACCCCAGUACCUCUCGCCGUGCCUCUACACCUUCCAUCCCCUCUUCUACCAGUGGCCCCCGUAACCUGGCGGCCUCCUCUGCCAACCCGCUGGACCGCUCUAUCGCGGCCUCCUGCUGCCCCGACGUCGUGAGCCCCCCCCUAAAAAUUUUCUGGGGGUCUCUCCUCCCCGUGGGCCAGGCCUCUAUAGUUCUCGCCCAACUCUCGCUCUUCUGCCUCCAACUCCCGCUAUUCAGCUCCUCAAUUGGCUUGACCCAGUCGAAGCUCUUCCUCCAUUGUUCCCAAGUCCACUCUCUCUGCUCUUCACUCGGCUUGACCCAGUCGAGGCUGCCACGGAGAUCUGCUAGGGAUUUCCCUGGCGAUGGCUCCUCGACUCGCUGCUUGGUCCAGUUGUGGUGGGAUUUUCUGUCACGAUCGUCGAACAGAGAUGAGGACCAAGGCGCAGCGUUGCAGGCAAACAUACUCUUUAUUAGAGACACGAUCAAAAACAACAAAACGAAAACGUGACAGUUCACGGUCUAACACAACCGACUAGAAACAAAAUCCCACAAACACGAAUGAAAAACAGACUGUAUAAAUAUGGCUCCCAAUCAGAGACAGCCAGCAACACCUGACACUCGUUGCCUCUGAUUGGGAGCCACUCUGGCCAACAUAGAAAUAGCACCCAUAGAAACAAAACACAUUAUCUACACACCCUGGCUCAACAUAACAGUGUCCCCAGAGCCAGGGCGUGACAAUCAUGGAAAUAGAAUGAUUCAUCUAAUUCUAUAGUUGUAAUAUAGUGGGCAGCACCUUGAAUACAUUCUUUGACAUGACAACGUAUGAAUAAGCCACAGAGGAAUUAUUGACAGGGUAGGAAACAAAGUGUUGGUCAGUGUUUCCAGAGGACCCUAAUUAGAUGUUACAUUACAUGUAGCUUGCUAGCUAACAUAUUCAUUCUUCGCCUAUUCCUCUCUGAUUUGGAAGAUAACGUUGCACAAACAACAUGCUUAUCUAGGCCUACAACAGCACUAGUACCAGGCUGUAUUAGCUACCUAAGUUUGCUCUGACUUAGUACAUUUAGAAAGCUAGGUAGCCAGCUAACUAACAAUUAGCAUUAGAGGCUAACACAAAUUAUUUUAGCUAGAACUUGCUAAGAAAAGACAAACUAGCAGACAGUAUGAUACACAAACUAAUAGUGUAAUUAUAGAACGCUUGUAGAAAGCAGCAUCGUUGUCACCAACAUCUUUCUGCAUCUGACCAUGCAUUCUGCAGAAUGAACGGCAAGAAAGUGCUCUCUCCUUGAGUGACGGGGCAUGUGGGAAGCAGCAUGCAGCAGGAGGAGCUGGAGCGAGAGAUGACUCAUGUAGCAAACUGAGUAAACCAUAAAAAAGGACAUUACAUGCACUGGAAUUGUAUAUCACAUUUAACAAAACAAACAUUGAUAUACCGUUGUAGAAGGUAAAUUAAAAAUCCAAACCGGUUCCUGCAUCAAUACCGGUAUAUAGUAAAAUAUGGUAUACCUUCCAGCCCUAGUUGUAAGUGGGAUGUAAAUGGCUGCAUUUUGCUGGGUAGUGGACAGGGUUCCAGGAAUUAGAGAGGGGAUUAAAAGCAAUCAUCAACAGAGCCUAUUCCACCGCAAAUCCAUGUACGACAACUGUUUGGUCCGGUUUAACUUUUUUCCAUGGAGUCGAGAGUGAGGCAGGCGGCCGGCGAGAACUGCUUAAUGCAAAGCAACACUCGUCGUCAGUAAAUCUUAUUUGGGGGGCGACGGGGGACAAGAGAGAAAAGCUGAAGUUGGUCAAAAGACCUGGAAUUGCCUUAUUAGUAAAGCUUGGUUCCCGGGAGGCCGAGAGGCAGGUUGUCCAAUGUCUUCCUGUCGUACGGUGGCCUGCCUACCCAGACAAACAGGAAUGAUCGGCUGCCGACCUAUGAUUUCUAUAUGACCUAGGAUUUCACUAGCUUCCUUUGUUAGACGGAGAAAGGUCAAAUCAGGAGUUAACGUGGUACUGUCAUGAUGGCGGUGUUGGAUAACCACAGCUGGCAAUAUGCGCAGGCAGGGACUACGCUCAUCCAACUGUCAGGUAACAUUACAGUGGUCAUCUCAGAUACAAAUAUUCACUCUGUUGUUGCUCUCUGUGUCUGCCUUGGUGCAUGAUUAGGAAAGCUAGUUGAUUCUCCUGUAUUGGUAAAUACAAUUACAUUUGUGUGAAUGGUUUGUGAUUGUCUAUUUCUGUACAUUACUGUUUUGCUAAGGUACAUUAGUCUCUAGUUGUGUGGUUUGCUGUUCAGUUUCCCUCUGCAGCAGCAGGUGCUAUCAGCUUUCAGAGAAGAGGGGAGGAGUGUAGAGUGUCCUUGACACUCUGUGGCUCCAGCCACCUAAUCCACCAGAGCCCCUAUGCUGUAGUUUCCUUAUGUAUUAGCUAUAGGCUAUGUUUGUGUACCAAAUGGCACCCUAUUCCCUAUAUAUUGAACUACUACCAUGCCGGGCCCAUAGGGCUCUGGUCAAAAGUAGUUCACUAUAUAGGGAAUAGGGUGCCAUUUGGGGCGCAGGCUAUCUAUCUGAAAACAGUGAAUUGAACAAUGACCAUCAAGGCUUCAAUGUGGACUCUGUCUAAGCAAGCGCAUGCACUGACUCUCUUUGUGAUCACAGAAGACACAGACCGGUGUGAGUAAAAACGGGGGGGAAUUGCUUGUUUUCUCAGAAAAAUCACAUUGUGGUUUAUUGUCCAGCCUGGAGACUAUGAUUGCAUCCCAAAUGGCACCCUAUUCCCUACAUAGUGCACUACCUUUGACCAGAGCCCUAUAUAGUGUACUGUAUAGGAAUAGGAGGUGCCAUUUGGGAUGCACCUGUGACUAGUGGUGAGGUAAAUGCAGAAGAGUAUGUGGAUCUCCUGGCUCCUCCCUCUGAGGGGACAGGAGGAAAUGAAGGCCAUUUGUCAUGAAGAGGGCUGAGAGAGAGCUACGGAAUGAGAUCAGGGUCUACUGUGAAUCUCCAUCAUCUCAACCUGUCACUUCUUCUUCCAGGGGCUUAUCAUUAGAGCCCUGGGCUGCAUCCCAAAUGGCACCCUAUUCCCUAUGGGCCCUGGUCAAAAGUAGUGUGUUAUAUAGGGAAUAGGGUGCCAUUUGGGACAGCGGCCUGGCCUCCUGUCUGUCCCAUAUCACCUUGGCCUGUCUCUAUCUCAUCAUAACACUCCUCUGAGACGGCUUGUUGUCAGGUGGAGGUGGGAGACUAGAGAAGAUGGGAGAACAGAUGUAAGGUAUAGUCUAGUAUUGCCCUUGCCCUGUAUAGAACGGAGAACGGACACAUGUAACAUUCUCCGUUCUGUACAGGUCAAGUGUUAGCCUGUAGACUAUAGCUUAGUGUUCACCAUUACACAUUGUCUUUGGGUUGCGAUUUGUGAACUAGGCUCAUAAAAAAGAUUUAGAGGGAUGGAUCAAAGGGUGAACACACAACACAGAGAGGGUUGCCCAUGGAGAGGCCAAUGGUAGAGUUAACAAUGCCACGGUCAAUAGAGGGAGAGGGAGAGGGUGCAGUAAAAUAAAGGAGGUGAGGACAGUAUUGGAAGUUGCUGGUGUGUAAGAGAGGGAUCAGUCGGCAGAUGGCCACAGCGCUACCUUUAAAAGCAGGAAGGGAGAAAAGGGUAAUUUCACUAGUUUAUAGGCUUUUUGGGGUGAUGCACGGAAAACCACAUUAACAUACUGAUUACAAUGAUGUUUUAUAUGGCAGAGUGGUGUUUUAAUAAAAAAUGGUGAGGAUACCACUGUGAAUAUCUACGUAGUACAACCCAGUAUUGAAGCAGCCUGGCCUAGUGUUUUUCAUUUAGUAAUUUUUUUUUAAAGAAGCUGCUACAGCACAAUAAAAGAGAUUGUGAAACUGUUGAACUGAAAAAGGCUGGGUCUCUUCCAAAUGACUGUGAAGGUCGUACAGCACUUUAGUUGUUUGUGGUCUCAUCGCUCCCCCUGGUACUAAUGGAACAUGAGACUGUUGUUAUUAUAGUGUAGGUUGUCUCACUGGAGAGAUGGAAACAACAUACCAACAGCAACACAUCAUUGGUCUUUAAUACUAUGACUGGUCCAACAAUAUUCAGAAAGCACAGCAUAGACACCUGGAUUUAAGAAUGUAUCAGUUUAUAUACCUCAGAUUUCACCAUAAAUCCAAACCCUGCCCAGUGCCCAUCCCGCAUGUCUGGUAAGCUCAAGGAAGUGCACCUAAAAUAUAAUAUAUAUAUAUAUUUUUUAAGAAGACGGCCUCCCGGGUGGCGCAGCGGUCUAAGGCACUGCAUCGCAGUGCUAGAGGCGUUACUACGGACCCGGGUUCAUUCCCGGGCUGUGCCUCAACCGGCCGUGGCCGGGAGUCCCAUAGGACGGCACACAAUUGGCCCAGCGUUGUCGGGGUUAGGGGAGGGUUUGGCAGGGGGGGGCUUUACUUGGCUCAUCGCGCUCUAGCGACCCCUUGUGGCAGGCCGGGUGCCUGCAGGCUGACCCCGGUCAAAAGUUGAACGACACAUUGGUGCGGCUGGCUUCCGGGUUAAACUGUCGGGUGUUAAGGAGCGCACACGGUUAGGUGGGUCAUGUUUCGGAGGAUGCAUGACUCCACCUUUCGCCUCUCCUGUGCCCGUUGGGGAGUUGCAGCAAUGAGACAAGAUCAAAAUUGGGGAGGGGAAAAAAAGGCUUUUUCAACCCAGGUCUGCUAUGUACUAACGACAGAACCUGAUCAGAAAACAGAGCAUUGACACAUUCUGUAGCGUUGAGAGACCUGGUCACUCAGGGCUGUGUCCUGUUUCUGUUCUGCCUUCUGCUAAUUUAGGGUCUCAAACUGGCAAAAGAAAGUGGCACAUCGUUACCUCAGAGGAAAUGCUAUAUUUAAAUCCUCAGAAAAAGGGUGUCAGUGCUGCGCAGAGCAGAGCCAGGCCAAAGCACACAGCACACAGGCAAAGGUUCACUACCCAUCCAAACGGGAUUAGAGUGGCUGAGGCCUCUGUGACUGGAGCUGCAGGGUGAAGAGAAACACCCUCACUUCCUCUGGAUUUUUUAUUUAUUUAUUGUUAUUUUAUUUAUUUAUUUCACCUUUAUUUAACCAAGUAAAUGAAGCGCUCCAGAGUCAAGCUGAGCUGAGCGCACGACACAGCUGUGAAGAAUGGGUCCCAUGACAGCCCCAGCCAUGGCUUUCUUUACACAAGGCCUGCAUCCCAAAUGGCACCCUAUUCCCUAUACAGUGCACUCGUUUUUUUUGCCCAUAGAGCUCUGGUCCAAAAUGUGCACUGUGUAGGGAAUAGGGUGCCAUUUGGGAAACAGACAAGCUCUACAUCCUGGUCUUGAGGCUGUGGCCAGGAACGCUGGGUCUGAUUCACCAAAUCAGAAAUAAGCCCCAUACAUUUGCACCAGGGCAGGAAAUCCAUUUAGGAUGAAUAAGGGAAGUGGUGAAUGCACCAUUUCAUGUUUGUUCACUGUUUGGGGGUUUAGCUACCGUAUAACGUCGGGGCUGGGGAAGUAGUAGACCUGCCUUAGCUGCUCCAUCUUUUUGUCCAGAAUGUCCUUGUUGAUUGGUUUUACCCUCCUCCUCUAGCCCAAAAUGAACUUACUUGUCCUGUGAUUGGCUUUUUCAAGCUACUUACUUACUUAAACCCUUUUGCUCCUUGUAGUAGCAUAGGUCAUCCACAAAGAUCGUCCACAAAACGUCCUAUUUGGGGCAGAGCACUAUGAUGAACAUGACUGACUGGGGAGAGUGAGGACUUGUUUACUAACACACUGGUGCGGAAGUCAGCCCUCUGAGAGGCUAAAAGUCUCCAGCCCAAAUGGCACCCUAUUCCCUAUAUAGUGGACUGCAUGGGCCCUGGUCAAAAGUAGUGCACUAUAAAGGAAAUAGGGUGCCAUUUGGGGCACAGACCAUGUGAAGCAGCUGGUCUUGCUGUCUGUCUGUGGUCCUUGUAAGUAAAGUGCUGUUAAACUGACUGAAGAGGGGAUUGACAUACUUUCCUUACACCGUGCCUGGUGCCUGGUGAGAGAGAGGUUACUGCGAGGCCCCAGACUUUAGACUAGAGAGAGCUGCUGUCCUGGCUCUAUGUUUGCUUCAGUAGAUCAGACCAGGUACAGCACAGGGGUGCCGUUUGGGACGCGGACAUGGACAACCUUAGUGUAGUAGCAUACACUGUGCUGUGGGUCCAAAACCUCUCUUUAAAUUCAUCUUCUAUUUAUGCAUGUUUUCUCAAAGAGCUGGAGUGGUGGAGUUUAUUUUCUGUUCAAUAUGCAUUUUUUCCAUUUGUCCAUACACCCGGUCAUACUAUUGGUGUGAGAGUUAUACUUUUUCAAUUUCUCCAAGAGCUCCCAAAGUGAUAAAUAUCCAUGUAAUAAAACAUAUACAGGAACUUGUAGACAGGAUGCCGAGGUAUUGGAGGAGUCUGUAUUCUGCACAAUGCUGUUUUCAUCAGAGUGUGUGGCCGUAAGGAUUUUUGUUUUAUUCAUUCAUUAAAUCUUUCGGCAGUGGCACACCUUCUGCUCCCUCAUCAUUUACUCUGUAAUUCCAUCUACGGGAGGGAGGGAGGGAGCACAGUUUUUUUUACAUGAUAAUGUAACCAAAAUCCAGUAGCAUAUUUUUCGGCUUGAGCAAUUCUUCCACUGCUACGAUGUGGGGGUGGGGAGAAUGAACCCUAGCUGAGACAAAGGAAGGAAUGUAUAUCCUUCAAACCAUGACUCAAGUCACGAUUUAUAAUAAUAAUAAUAAUAUGCCAUUUAGCAGACGCUUUUAUCCAAAGCGACUUACAGUCAUGCGUGCAUACAUUUUUGUGUAUGGGUGGUCCCGGGGAUCGAACCCACUACCUUGGCGUUACAAGCGCCGUGCUCUACCAGCUGAGCUACAGAGGACCUCACAUGACGUUUAGUGACUUGAGUACAACACUGUUAUUAGCUACAUCAAGUGAACAUUGUGUGUGCAUUGUGAAACAUCAUCUAUUAUAGGGCAACACAUCGACAGAUUCAAAUGCUGCACCGCCAGCCUAUCAUCACCAUCAUGGUUCUAUUGAGCCAUUAUUUUCCUACCAAUGAAUGGUUGAUGUCAAUAUGAUGCAGUAGCUGUCAUCUCCUGCAGUAGAUCAGGCUCCAUGAAUAAGUCAUAUGAUUAAGUUGUUCUUGCCAUUGUUUGAACAGAAUAUUUUUGAUCUGAUUGUAACACAAGUAGUGUUUCCUUAUCUUCUCUCCAGCGAGGCACAGCAGUAGGCCUAUAUUGUAUAAAGCCGUUUCUAUGCAGUUUGUUUUCAAAGGGCACACGACAGCACUCUGAGUGAGUAGAAUGGAUUGCCCUCAUUAUUAAUGCAUUCUCAAGGCAGAGUGAUUGACAACCUUCAUGUCAUGCUUGGCAGACUUGUAAAUGAAGGCUGCGUGGUGGUGCCUGGGUUAUAAUGAUUGUUCACCAAUUACUGUAUGGAGGGAUAUUACAGUGAAGGUGCUGGGAUAUUGGUGUUUGUACUCAUGUAAAGCAGGCUGAACGUGUAGGCCUAGCAGGUGAAAAUCCUAUAUGAGCUUAUAUGCUUGAAUUGCUUGGGCUAAAUUGAUGAUUCUACAUGUUCUGGUUCAAAAGUUACUUAUUGCGCCACACUGCGUGCAGAGCCCUGUGUGAGGUGUGCCAGCGAGGUAGGCUAUGAGUCUGAGGAGGUCCUCUGUUCAUAUUCACGGUUACUUCUGGCCACCUGGAUAACAUAGGAACCAGCAUGAGAAACAUACAACAACCGCUAAACAGGGUGUGUCUGGCCUGUCUUCUGGGCGGAGCAUUGUGUGAGACUGAAAACAUAGUGGAACUCUAUCUCUCCCUGCCGACCCUGAUCUGUACUUCUAGCAGUGUGUGUGUGUGGUUAUGUUGUGUUGACCCUUCUCCAAGCCUCUAGAAGUGCAGUGGAGAUCAGUGUUGGAUGUGGACCAUUAUCAGGCUGUUACAUAGAAACAGGCUGUUUCAUAAAAACACGAGAGAGAGAGAGAGAGAGAGAGAGAGAGAGAGAUAGAGAGAGAGAGAGGGGGAGAGAGAGAGGAGAGAGGAGAGAGAGAGGAGAGAGAUAGAGAGCGAUAGAGAGAUAUAGAUACUCUAUAGACUCCGAGAUAGAUCAACAUCUCCUAUCGCUCUAUCUCUCCUCUGCGCUCUUCUCGCUCUACUCUAGGUAGCUCUCUUACGCUAUAUCUUCGUAGCUUAGCCUAGGAAUAGAGAGAUGUACCACACAUGUCUACACUCCCACAUGCUGCUGCAGGAAUGUUUACACUGGGCUGCCAUGCGUCUGUCAGAUCAUGAAAGGGAGUUGGACGAUAAGGAGUGAUGGAGGGAGGCAGCUGAACAGACGUGGUGGUAUUGUUGUCAUGCUCACACCUCUCUUCCUUAGUUUCAUACGCUGCUCAUAUUCUGAACUUGACUGGAAUGAGACAUGGGGGUGAGGGGCGUACACACAUGCACACAGAUACACACAGACAUCCAGGGAUGCAUGCAGGCAUUCAUGUGCACGCACACACACAAAGCCCUGAACUUCACCCACCUAUGGUCUCUGCUCUUUGGGUGAGGGUACACACAGACACACUAAUACCAUACAACUAUUUUAGAAUUAUUUUACCACCCCUGUCCCUCUCCAACAGUCCCUGUCCCAGCUGGUUGCCUGAAGCAAUAUAUUAUCCUAUUUAGGGCCCAGCACUGCUCUGCAAUCUCCCUUAAUGACAUAAUGUGUUAUGAUGUCCAGUCAGGCCUGACUAGUGUUGACUGGGUCAGAUGUGGGAUAGAAUGAAAAUCGGAGUAGCCAUGUUGUAUCGGUUGGCCUCUCCUCUCCCAGAGCACGACUCACUCAGAACUCCCCCCUCGAUUUUAUGUGCAUCAGAUAUUAAGACGGACUGACAGGCUACUGGUGGAGUCAUCUUUAUCCUGUUACCUUGGUCUAAUCUACGCAGUUCGUCUGUGACAACAGUUUUUAACCUCUCUCCGAAUGAAAUCAUAUUUUUAUCAGCAGCAACAGACUGGUAGAAUCAUCGGUAACACUUUAUUUUAUUGAUGGUGAAAGCUGCAGGCUUACUUUCCUAGUAGUCUAUUUAUGAUAUUAUCUAAGAAAAUUCUGAUGACUAUGGAUACUUUCUGGUACUUACAGUAGGCCUGUGUUAGGAUAGAGGACCCGGCAGUCUGUUUAGUUGGUGUGGCGCAGCAACAGUUGCAACAGAGUCAGUAGAUCGGCGUUAUUGGUUGUAUACUCUUAGAAAAAAUGGUUCUUCAGAACCCUUUUUGGUUCUAGAUAGCACCUUUUUUUCUGAGAGUGUAGCCUAUGCCUACAGUGCAGGUGACGGAGAGGACUGGAUCCAGUGUUAUAUUGACAAAAUAUAAAACAGACAGAUGAGGAAAAUGGUGGCACUGGUUAGGGGAAAAUACGUAACUUCAUUAAAACAUAACACAUUUGACCAAUAGCAAUAGAUUAAAUCGACUCAUUAGCCCACAAAGGCAAACGCGCCUCAAACACAGGGCAAAACACCCAUAAACUAACGCAUCUGAGUAUAAACUGCAGUACUCAGUACUACAUGUUACCUCAAUAACAGAUCUUACAAUGCCUCACCUGGCAUUAACCAUUCAUGUUUAAACAGGUCCAUUUUCUCUCCAGCGAGGCACAGCAGGAGGCCUAUAUUGUAUAAAGCUGUUUCUAUGCAGUUUGUAGAAUGGAUUGCCCUCAUUAUUAAUGCAUUAUCAAGGCAGAGUGAUUGACAACCUUUAUUUCAUGCUCCUUUCUGUCCCUCUCUGGCAACUGUUUUAACCUCUUAUCUCAGAAUGAAAUAAUACUUUUUAAUCGACAAUCACACCUUUUUUGAUAAGAUGCUAUUAAUCAUAUCAUGCAAUGCCUUGUGAAAGUCGGAUUUUGUGUAACAGUCAAAUGAAUAAUCAAGUUUGGAUAAUUGCAACAACAAAAAAUCUGAGCUGUGACAAAGUGGGUUGGGGACAGGGGACUGCAGUUUGAGACCACGAUGAGUGGUUUGAUAUGGUAAUAUGACCAUGAAUGUGUCCGAAAUGGCACCCUAUCCUCUAUUUAUUGCACUACUUUUGGCCAGACCCCAUAUAGAAUAGGGUGCCAUUUGGGACACAAAUCAUCUCUCCCCAUGGGGAGGCACAGAGUGGGAACUAUAUUAUGUUGUAGCUUUGCAGGAGAUAAAGCCUAGCUACUGCCUAUUAGCAUGUCCAUAAAAUAUUCAGAGUGAGAGCAUUGGCCUCGGAGCUUCCUUUCCCUGCACUAUACGCUCACACACACACACACACACACACACACACACACACACACACACACACACACACACACACACAGCAUUAACUCUGAAACUUGGAAACCAGCUUGUUGACUCUCCUCCGUGUCACAUUCUAUUGGAGUCCAGCGUGAAUGAGGCAACCCUCCCCAGACUACCACCAGUGUUUCGCUGUGUGUUUUCAAAUUCGACUCCUCCCCAACCGUGAUUUCCCUCUCUGCUUUAUUUGAAAUAGACCCCCCCCCCCCCCGCCUCUCUCCCUCUCUCUCUCUCUCUGUCUCUCUCUCUCUCUCUGUCUCUCUCUCUCUCUGUCUCUCCCUCUCUCUCUCUAUUUCCGUCUCACUCGCUCUCUCUCUCGCUCUCUCUCUCUCCCUCUCUCUCUCUCUCUCUCUCUCUCUCUCUCUCUCUCUCUCUCUCUCUCUCACUCUCUCUCUGUCUCUCUCUCUCUCUGUCUCUCCCUCUCUCUCUCUCUCUCUAUUUCCGUCUCACUCGCUCGCUCUCUCUCGCUCUCUCUCUCUCCCCCUCUCCCUCUCUCUCUCUCUCUCAAUUCAAUUCAAUUUCAAUUUCAAUUCAAUUCAAUUUAAGGGCUUUAUUGGCAUGGGAAACGUAUGUUAACAUUGCCAAAGCAAGUGACAAUGUUCUCUCUCUCUCACUCUCACUCUCACUCUCACUCUCACUCUCACUCUCACUCUCACUCUCACUCUCACUCUCUGUCUCUGUCUCUGUCACCUCUCACCAGUUUAGUAGUUAAGUAAGUUGCUGCUCUACCAGGUCUAACACAGCAAGCUGCAGCUCUACCAGGUCUAACACAGUAAGCUGCUGCUCUACCAGGUCUAACACAGUAAGCUGCAGCUCUACCAGGUCUACACAGUAAGCUGCUGCUCUACCAGGUCUAACACAGUAAGCUGCUGCUCUACCAGGUCUAACACAGUAAGCUGCUGCUCUACCAGGUCUACACAGUAAGCUGCUGCUCUACCAGGUCUAACACCGUAAGCUGCUGCUCUACCAGGUCUAACACAGUAAGCUGCUGCUCUACCAGGUCUAACACAGUAAGCUGCUGCUCUACCAGGUCUAACACAGUAAGCUGCUGCUCUACCAGGUCUAACACAGUAAGCUGCUGCUCUACCAGUUCUAACACAGUAAGCUGCUUCUCUACCAGGUCUAACAGGUCUAACACAGUAAGCUGCUGCUCUACCAGGUCUAAUACAGUAAGCUGCAGCUCUACCAGGUCUACACAGUAAGCUGCUGCUCUACCAGGUCUAACACAGUAAGCUGCUGCUCUACCAGGUCUAACACAGUAAGCUGCUGCUCUAACAGGUCUAACACAGUAAGCUGCUGCUCUACCAGGUCUAACACAGUAAGCUGCUGCUCUACCAGGUCUAACACAGUAAGCUGCUGCUCUACCAGGUCUAAUACAGUAAGCUGCAGCUCUACCAGGUCUACACAGUAAGCUGCUGCUCUACCAGGUCUAACACAGUAAGCUGCUGCUCUACCAGGUCUAAUACAGUAAGCUGCUGCUCUACCAGGUCUAACACAGUAAGCUGCUGCUCUAACAGGUCUACACAGUAAGCUGCUGCUCUACCAGGUCUACACAGUAAGCUGCUGCUCUACCAGGUCUAACACAGUAAGCUGCUGCUCUACCAGGUCUAACACAGUAAGCUGCUGCUCUAACAGGUCUAACACAGUAAGCUGCUGCUCUACCAGGUCUAACACAGUAAGCUGCUGCUCUACCAGGUCUAACACAGUAAGCUGCUGCUCUAACAGCUCUAACACAGUAAGCUGCUGCUCUACCAGGUCUAACACAGUAAGCUGCUGCUCUACCAGGUCUAACACAGUAAGCUGCUGCUCUACCAGGUCUAACACAGUAAGCUGCUUCUCUACCAGGUCUAACAGGUCUAACACAGUAAGCUGCUGCUCUACCAGGUCUAACACAGUAGGCUGCUGCUCUACCAGGUCUAACACAGUAAGCUGCUGCUCUAACAGGUCUAACACAGUAAGCUGCUGCUCUACCAGGUCUAACACAGUAAGCUGCUGCUCUACCAGGUCUAACACAGUAAGCUGCUGCUCUACCAGGUCUAACACAGUAAGCUGCUGCUCUACCAGGUCUAACACAGUAAGCUGCUGCUCUAACAGGUCUAACACAGUAAGCUGCUGCUCUACCAGGUCUAACACAGUAAGCUGCUGCUCUACCAGGUCUAACACAGUAAGCUGCUGCUCUACCAGGUCUAACACAGUAAGCUGCUUCUCUACCAGGUCUAACAGGUCUAACACAGUAAGCUGCUGCUCUACCAGGUCUACACAGUAAGCUGCUGCUCUACCAGGUCUAACACAGUAAGCUGCUGCUCUACCAGGUCUAACACAGUAAGCUGCUGCUCUACCAGGUCUAACACAGUAAGCUGCUGCUCUACCAGGUCUAACACAGUAAGCUGCUGCUCUACCAGAUCUAACACAGUAAGCUGCUGCUCUACCAGAUCUAACACAGUAAGCUGCUGCUCUACCAGGUCUAACACAGUAAGCUGCUGCUCUACCAGGUCUACACAGUAAGCUGCUGCUCUACCAGGUCUAACACAGUAAGCUGCUGCUCUACCAGGUCUACACAGUAAGCUGCUGCUCUACCAGGUCUAACACAGUAAGCUGCUGCUCUACCAGGUCUAACACAGUAAGCUGCUGCUCUACCAGGUCUAACACAGUAAGCUGCUGCUCUAGUCAGUGCAGCAGACAUCAACUUACUACUACACUGAAUGGCUACAGGAUCUACUGUAUGGCUACAGGAUCUACUGUAGGAUCUACUGUAUGGCUACAGGAUCUACUGUAUGACUACAGGAUCUACUGUAUGACUACAGGAUCUACUGUAUGACUACAGGAUCUACUGUAUGACUACAGGAUCUACUGUAUGGCUACAGGAUCUACUGUAUGGCUACAGGAUCUACUGUAUGACUACAGGAUCUACUGUAUGACUACAGGAUCUACUGUAUGACUACAGGAUCUACUGUAUGGCUACAGGAUCUACUGUAUGGCUACAGGAUCUACUGUAUGACUACAGGAUCUACUGUAUGACUACAGGAUAUACUGUAUGACUACAGGAUCUACUCUGUCUUAUUUACAAGCUGCGCUAUGAUGCUAUGACACAAUGUAAAGGUGUGUGUGUGUGGUCGUACGUACACGUGUGGGUGUGUGUGUGUGGGUUGCUCUCUAUAUUGACUGUAAGCCAUCUGGUGAGUAGGCGAGGAUAUGAGUUAAGACCAGACUACAGAGCUAUAGCUAUGAUGCUAUCUAUCUACAGUCACUGCUUUGUCUCUUUGACUGCUUGGUUGUACGAUAAGGAUUGAACCACUUUGUUCAUGAUAGUACUCAUAACGUCUAUGGUCUAUUUUUGUUAUUAUUAGUAGUUGUCGCCAUUCUGAAUUCCUAUUAGGCCUUCUCAAGAGUUCAACUUGUCAUAUGGUUGUAAUGAGAAAGAGAUGGCUGGUUUAAUCUCACUUCAGGGUUCUGCUGCUGGAACUGGGUCAACUUCAGAGACUGAUUUUUAACAGACUGGUACACUCUGUGGCUCUGAACCUUUUCAGACCUAACCCAAAGCAGGUGGUGUGUUAGUAACGAUGAGAACAUGCCUGAUUGACUGUCGUCAUGUUAUCAAGUCAACUUCAAUCCAAAACUGAACCUCGAUGGUCUGAUUUGCUGUUCUGACUGACUGCAUUUCUCUGUUCGUUUCAGGGUUUCAUCGAAAUGAGGAGAUGAAGGCCAUAGACGUUCUGCCCAUCCUUAAAGAAAAGGUUGCCUUCGUAUCAGGUGAGAAACACAGUGUCCCUGAUCCAUGGUGUUUACCAUUCUACAUGGUCUUUAGUAUACAAGAAUGUCAUGUGAACUCCAGAACGAAUGCACGUAAACACACACACACACACACACACACACACACACAAACUGCCUCACUGAAGCUCUACAUUUACUACAGAGCACUGGGAAUAGGCAGCACAUUAUGGUGGGCACAACAUAACAGCCUAGCCUACAACACAACACAGGGAAACAUCAGGAAGGCAAGUUUCCUCUACAGGGAGAUGUAGCUACAGCUAAGCUGUGAGUGGAGCUCUCUGUGUGAACCGUGUCAUGACCCUGACCUGCUGUGACUUACUGUUGACAUGACUUAGUCAUGUCAAGACUCAUGACUUAGUCUUGCCUCUAACUAAAAGCUACAAAGUAUGCUGUAAAAAGCUAUAAAUAUGAUGAGGGAUUUUAACUCAAAGUACUCCUAUUAUUGUAAAAUAGUCAUGCAUUCUUCAGUUGCCGGUAUUACGAUAAGAGUCCAUUAUACUGUAAAAGGUGAGGAGAACUAGCAGGAUUUGUCAAACCCUUUUUAGUGGUUGUCCAUUGUUGUGUGUUUCUGAUGGUCCUGGUUCCUGUGUUCCCCAGGUGGCCGAGAUAGACGCGGGGGUCCCGUCCUUACCUUCCCAGCCAGGAGUAACCAUGACAGAAUACGAACAGAGGACCUCCGCAGACUCAUAGCCUACCUCGCUGGUAUCCCCAGGUAGUGUUUCUUAUACGUAAAUGAUAACUGAACACACUGUUGAACCCAGCCUGGCCUUGGAGCCUCCUUUCCCUGCACUACACACACACACACACAGUAUUAACUCGAAAACUUGGAUAAUGAAAACCAGCUUGUUGACUCUCCUCUGUGUCACAGCGUGAAUGAGGCAACCCUCCCCAGACUACCACCUGUGUAUCACUGUGUGUUUUCAAAUUCGACUCCUCCUCAACCGUGAUUUCCCUCUCUGCUUUAUUUGAAAUGGACUCAUUUUGAGCAGUCACCUCCCUAUGCAGCAUUAGAGAGAAUAUUAUACUCCAGCCCUCAGCCCGGUGCAGUACCGUUACCACUGACGGUUGAUAUAGUUUACUCAGUAUACAGUGUGUGUGUGUCCGUGUGUGUCUGUAUGCUUGUGCGUGUGUCUGUAUGCAUGUGUGCGUGUGUGUGUUUGUAGUGUAGUGCAGUGCAGGGCUGUAUGUAGGUUAGACUACCCCUGGGCCUCUCUCUGUAGGGGCUGAUGACGCCAGCCUGCCAGGCAGAGCAGAGGAGAGGAGAGCACAUCAGAGUGGGUGACUUACUAAUAACUAACUGCAGAUAGAUAUUCUCAGGCCAGAUCUCUCUCUCUCUCUCUCUCUCUCUCUCUCUCUCUCUCCUCUCUCUCUCUCCUCUCUCUCUCUCUCUCUCUCUCUCUCUCUCUCUCUCUCUCUGUGCUGUUUUGCUGCAGUCAAGCUUCCCCUCUCCUCUGUCUGUCUCAGUGUUAUUGGAUACUAGCCUAGAGGCUGACUAGUGGUUAGGAAAACAGUCUAGGGGAUCUGGUGCGGGCGGCGUCCGGAGGGAAGGGGCGUCGGUCUGGACUAGGACGUGGGUGGCGUGGGCAUUUGGCUAAUGGCGUUGCUAGUGGAACGUUACCUCGACUAGACUGUCUGUGCUGUCCACUCAGGGGGAGGGCAGUUUUACACCCUCUCUCUUUUAUACACACAAACAAACUCUCGCUCUCACUUUAUCUCUCACUCACUUUCUAUUUCGCUCUCUCUCUCCGGUUCACUCGUUCUCUUCCACUGUUGUUUUAUUUUUUCUCUCUGGGAGACGGUUGGGCUGGUCUUUUCAGAGAGUGAAGUCAUAGUGAUUUAGUUCAGAGCACAGGGCCUCCUUCUGUGCUGUGAGACACUCACGUUAAGCCUUAAACACUGGGGAUAUCCUUUUAUGGUACUUUUGCAGCAGGACACUUUUUGUAAGCGCAGUCAUUGAAGAUCUCAACAGUUGAAUUUUUUGUUUUUGUUUUUCUGAGGCACCUGGUGAGAGAUUUUCACCACCCAUUUCAUUUUCAUUUGAAUAUUAAGAAUCGUUUUUUUUAUUUUCUUAUUCUAACAUUUGUCAUGGAAGUACACCAAAUAUUUGAGUGGUUAUUUGUGAUUUUGGCUGCUUGUGGUUGUUGUCUUGGUUUAUCUCAGUGAGGAGGUGAGCAGACAUGGCUUCACGGUCAUCGUUGACAUGCGAGGCUCUAAGUGGGACAGCAUCAAGCCUCUGCUGAAGAUCCUGCAGGAGUCCUUCCCUUCCUGUAUCCAAGUCGCCCUCAUCAUCAAACCAGACAACUUCUGGCAGAAACAGAGGACCAAUUUCGGGAGCUCCAAGUUUGAAUUUGAGGUAGGUCCACCCUGCAUAGUCUCUUGUGAUGACAUUCAUACAGAAUAAUUUGAGCGAGCAAGCUAGCUACCUAGCGCGAGAUUGGUUUAUGGGUUCUGAGAAUUGUACUAUAGCAUUAUGACUCAACCGCUUUGAAUCGAUCAUCAGAUGUGGAUCUUUUCCCAAAAGUGUCUGAGGAGAUUGAAUGUCUUAAUCAUCUUUAGGCUAUACUGAGAAUAUGUUUGUAGUCUCUGGAGUUGUAAGGCAUGAGGAAAUUAGUUUGCAAUUUGAAUGUUUUUAUUAGUUUUUCUUCAAAUGAAUUGUUUGCCUUCAAAUGUAAUGAAAGUUGUGUAUAAGUGUUCCAAGAUGUGGUUAUGAGCCCUUGGAAGUGGUGUGUGGAAUUGGAAAGUGAUAUUAAAGCAGUGACAGAGAGAGUCCCGUGUGGGUAGGAAGCUGGAGCUGUUAAAUUGAGUUCUGACCUAUUUAGUGUGGAACAAGGAUAUAUGGGCCGCAGAGAGAGCAGUCUCAGUAAAGAGGGCAGUUUGAUUAGGGACAUCCAGAUUGGCGUUAGUCAGAGCCCAUUCACUGCUAAAGAAUACACAACAUACACAUGAAUGGGCUUUAAAGAGCUGUGGAUACUGCAUGUGUUGAUGUUAUCGCAUAGGGAUUUUAUCCAUGUGUUAUGACUGCUAACAUGGCUGCAGCUAAAGUUACUGGAAUGUUUUUGCCUACCUUUUCAAGUAAACAUUGGACGUAAUAGAUCUGUUGUUGACCACUCCUCAUAAUCCAUGUUUAAUUAUGUUGGUUAUAGAAUUUUGACUCACAGUGAUAACAGAAUCUAUUCUAUUGGUUUAGUAACAUGAUAGUCAUUAUAAUAAUGAUAUCUGCAUCUCGGGCGUCUCAUGCAUUAGGGUGUAAUUUGAUUGUGCCUCUCCCAUAGAAUAAGAAUGACGUCUAAGUGUCAUAAGAUGACAUUCUACUUCUCGGAUCUCCUUCCAUACCUUCCUCAUAGACUGCAGUUUAUAUUAGUGUCUGAACCCUCUUCCUCCAGACGGUCAUGGUGUCUCUCGAGGGCCUGACCAAGGUGGUGGACCCCUCCCAGCUGACGUCAGACUUCGAGGGCAGCCUGGAGUACGACCACGAUGAGUGGAUCGAGGUGCGCGUGGCCUUCGAGGACUUCGCGGGCGAUGCCGCCCGGGCUUUGGCACGGCUGGAGGAGCUGCAGGAGACCCUGGCGCAGCGUGACCUUCCGCGCGACCUGGAGGGGGCACGGCGCCUCAUGGAGGAACACGCCUCGCUCAAGAAGAGAGCCACCAAGGCCUCGGUGGAGGAGUUGGACACACAGGGACGCAGGCUGCUCCAGAGACUACAGCAGGGUAGUGUCACCCCUGGAGGCUACACUAACCGCGGCGGCGGGGGAACGGAUGCUAACGAUGGGCUCACAGGCCACCCAGAUGCCCACAACCUGGUGCCCAAAGUGAGUGCCCUGCUGGACAAGCUGCAUGGCACACGCCAGCACCUGCAGCAGCUGUGGCACAUGCGCAAGCUGAAACUGGACCAGUGCUUCCAGCUGCGGCUGUUUGAGCAGGAUGCAGAGAAGGUGGGUUAUGAACUAACUAUACACUACUUUCACUGUUGUGUUAAUAGAACAAGGCUUGUUUCUAAUCAAAUGACUCACAUUUUAGUCCAUAUCUUUCAUCCUAGCAUUCGUAACUAGAAAGAAAGCAGUCUGUAUUUGCACUAAGAAUAUUACUUCAUAGCAAAUAAAAAAUCUGCCGAACAGAAUGGGAUAAGUAGCUGCAGGAGUAAUGGUGCUUGUUUGCAGUAUACUGUAAUGGCCCAUAGCCUGUCAGUGUGCAUAGAUCCAGCUACAGUUAUAUGGAUGUCAUGCAGCUAUCAGCCAGAUGGUGAUGUGAUGCCUGCCUGCUGUGGAAACAGACAUGUUUGUCAGUUAGUCAGAGCAAAGCUUUAAUUACAUCUCCCCACCACCACCUCCUCUUCCUCAUCCUCUUCCUACACCACCACCUCAUCCUCUUCUUCCUCUUCCUCCUCUUCCUCCCCAAGCAUGUCAUUAUUGUCUCCGGUUAUCAAAGCAUGUCUCAGAGGUCAAGUUGAAAUGGUAGCCGUCACACUGAGGUUUCUUAUCAGCUAGAGGUCACUCCAGGGUGACACGAAUCUCGACCAGCUGUCUGGCGUUCCCAGUGACAACAUCACGAGUGUAGGCAGUAUGACAACAUGACACUAGGGUCAGGGUGACACACAGUUCAAUACAGUGGAGUGGAGUCAUUCCAUCUGCCUCCCUGAGAGUCCAAACAUCCAUGUCAUCAGCCUUUAGCCCAGCCCCCCCCCCCCCCCCUCUCUGUUGCUCUCUGUCUCUCUCUCUCUCUUCCCCAGAGCUGUAAGAUAUAGUACCUGCUAAUAGAGAUCUUCUUCUGUGUGCUUGUGCCUGCCUGCGUGCGUGUUUGUGUGCCCAUGGGUGUGUGUGUGUGUGUCGCGCCAUCCACAGAUGUUUGACUGGAUCAUGCACAACAAGGGCCUGUUCCUGACCAGCUACACAGAGAUAGGAGGGAACCACCAGCAUGCCGGGGAGCUGCAGACCCAGCACAACCACUUUGCCAUGAACUGUAUGGUAAGAAUACACUCUUCUACAUUACUGAUUGACUCAAUGGUGUAACCGAAUGACCAUAAACUACUGUACCCCUCAGCCUUGUGUUAUAAUAUGUUGAAGCUUCUUGAUAGUCAUCUAUAGCAUAUUUAUAAUAAUCUAUAUCUUAUUUCUUAAUUAUAGUCCCCCCCUUAAAGGGGCCACGUGUGUAUGUGUGUGCUGACUGCCCUGGCCCUCCCUGGCUGCCUGCAGGGUUUAAAGGCCCUAGCUGUGUUCUUUAGGGGAAGAUGAUAAAUCACUUGGUCUCCCUGCCCUCUCUCCCUCCCUCCAUUCCUCCUUGCCCUCUCCAGCCCUCCCCUGUGCCUUGCCCUGGUUGUCAGUAGUCAGUACAGGGCCCUAGCUCCGGCCCCCAUCUACUCUCUGCUGCUCAUGGGACCAACCAGGGAAAAAUGAGGGCAUGAAUUGAAGCCCUUGCUUUUUGUUGUACUGUAUUUUUGGGAUUCUCUAGAUCAGGGAUCAUCAACUAGAUUCAGCCGCGGGCCAAUUUUUUUCUUGAGCGGAUGGUCGGAGGGCCGGAACAUAAUUACAAAUAAUUUUUAGACUACAAAUUGACCGCAAGAAGCCCAAACAGAUAUAAUAUUUGACUAAAAAAUGUGUAUAUGAUCACGUCUAUCUAUUAUGCGUGGGAAUACUUAGGAACAGAUUUCCCAAAUAAAAAUCACUUGGAGCUGAUUUCCUGGUGUUUUUACAUUAUUUAUGUCUAACAAUGAAAAUUCAACCCCCAAAAAAAUAACAAUGAAACUUGUGGGGCCAAAUAAAACAAUUUGGCCCGCUGGCCGCCAGUUGGGGAACCAUGCUGUAGAUUGUAUGAUGGUCUAAUACUGUAAAGUACACUUACACUAAGUGGCAGUGCUCUUUCUGUAUGACAUUGUUUCCUUCCUUCCUUCCUUUCACACCCCUCUUGUUGAUGGAAAUAAUUUUGCAAGUUUAAAGCUUAUUUGCUGCAAUUCUACACAUUUUGUCAUGGGGUGCAAAGAAAAUGUUGCGGUUUUAAAGCACAUUUUCUUGCAAUUCUAUACAUUUUGCCAUGUCUAAUGUGUAUUCAUGUGAUAUUUGAGUAACAAAUAAAGUACAACAAUAUCUAUGGGCUAAAAAAACUAAAUAAAAAAACGUUAGCUAACAUGGGCUAAUUGAUCUGGACAUUUCUGACAAGUUAUAAAUAGCUCUCUAAGGUAUGCAAUGACUAACAGGACAAGAUAAACUGAUGAUGCACAACCCAAUUUCGAAAUGUCACCUUGUGCAUUCUACUAUUACAACUUUCAAGAGUAAGUUUAAAUCCGGACUGAGUUCCUUAAAAUACAUUACAGUAUUUUAUUUUAUUAUUAUUAUUUGAUUUUUCUGCUGACCCCUCGCCACACAGUUUGGGAACCACUGCUCUAUACAAUUAAAUGUUAUCCUCUUAUCAUUUAGUAUGAUCUUGCUUGUAGAGGUUUAUCAAGUUAUUUUGUGCUGAGCCAGCCUAGCUUGUUUUGAGAAGCUGACAGACAAACAGGCCCCAGUGAGGCAGGGGGAUCAUCCAGACCUAGACCCAGCCCUGGUCACAGGCACACAGGCAUUAUUGUGCAUGACUUAGCCAUCAGUGUGCAGUGUCAACAAUAGGCAGGGGGACUCUGGAAAAGAGGGACUGACGCCCCCUCUUCCCCAGGAUGCCAAGCUUCCUGUUGACUAGAAAGACUGUGUGACUGUCAGGAUCAUAUUUGGGAGGUAGAGCUAGUUGCUGAUGAUGAAACUGUGAGGGUAAAAUGGUAAGGUGGUAUUUGUGUGCGUGCGUUUGAAAGGGCAGAUAUCACAAUGAAAGCAUAAUGGACAGCAGCAGUUGUAAUCACAAUGUGUUAAUGUGUUCACUGUUGUGAUAAAUCUGCUUCUUGCCACCUUGAGUAAAUAUCCCAAUAGCCCCGAUUCCCCAGCUAGACUAGAGUUCAGCGAUGCCAUUUAGGCUGGGGCUGAUGCUAGAGAAAAAUGCAAAAUGAUGAUUAUCUAUGAUUUUGUAAUUUGUAAUAUGCUAAUGCAAAGUAUAGAGAUGUGAUGGUAGUCUGCCACCUAUGGGGGUGUUCUAACAUUACACUCUAUGGUUCCACUUUGGGGAAGAACAUGCCCUUGACUAUUGACAGAAAUUCAAUACCAGUUCAAUAGAAAAGCAGUUGGCCAUCCGAUAGCGACACAACGGAAGCCUGUUUGAAACACAUAAUGGAAAUGGUUAUGCUAGAAUGGACAUAUGAUGUCAUUUUCGCCUAGUCUCCUAGUGUCUCUUCUCUGUGUGAAUAUUAAACAAGGUAAAUAUGAAAUAAAAAUAGCCUUUCUGUCGUGUUCCUCAUUUUGGAGAAUCCAGACAGUAACCCCAGGUGCUUCCUGUUUAAGACAUUCUCCCCCCUCCACCCUCACCCUCUUAGAGUCUCUGAGCCUAGGGCUAUGUCCCAAAUGGCACCCUAUUCCCUACAUAGUGCACUACUUUUGACUAGAGCCAUAUGGGCCCUGGUCAAAAGUAGUGCACUAUAUAGGGAAUAGGGUGCCAUUUGGGAUGCACACUUGGAUUAUGGGCGUAUGCCAAGUCCUCCAUUACAGUGUCAGUCUCAUUGAUUAGUUCUUCCUGUUCCAUCCUGAUCCUAUCUCCUAUCUGUAACGUUGCCUGUUUGUUUACACCGAAAACACGAUGGAAACACUAUCACUAUCAUGUUCACUAUACACCCGAUGUCGGACCAGUCCCUUUGGCGUAGACAAAUAACUCUUGAUUGCAUUUGUUUUGAAUUCCCCAAGUCUGGGAUGUGGAGAUGGAAAGCAGCCACAGUUCAUAUCUUUGCCAUGCAAAAAUGGGCUUUGUGACAGUAGUAGAAGUGCCAGUAUUUUCCUCUGUGGAGUGGACCCUCCCUGCUCUAAGUGCUCAGUAUGUGUGAUGCUUGAGAGACAUAGGAAUGUUUUGUGGUAUACUGUUGUGUGGAUAAGCCUUGGUGUUGUAUGUCAUGUGAUCAGUCAAUGGAUACUAUGCAGAGGCCUGACCCAGUGUUUUCUUUCCCUUAAACCCACAUCCUCCAGGAGUUUUAGAUUAGACCUGUCCUCCGGCUAAGAUACCAUGCUGUCUGUCCUUUUACAUCCAGGAAUGAAGCCAUGUAGUGGAGAGAGACUGUUAUUUAGCCUCACAUUUUAAUGCUCCACAGAUGUCAACCGGAGUCAGAGGCGUUUGUCGUUUUUCAGGAGGGCAGAUGUCUUUAUCUAGCCCAGCCCUGUGUGUGUCCGUCCGUAUGUCUGUCUGUUUGUCCGCGUGCAGUUUUCAGCUCUCAUCAGUUUAAACAGUGUUUGCAGACAGAGAUGUUGAACAUUGGUCCAUUGCUGCUCCCCUGCUAUGGAUUAGUAUAAUGAGGAUUCACCAACCUCUGUUUCAGAGCACACUGCUGUUUUGUGUAAUUCAUUAAAGCCUCUCAUUUAGAUUAAAACCAGGCUACAAAGACCUGUAAUUGUUUCAGCCAGGGGUAAUUGAAUGCUAACAGUCCUGCAUGUAAAAUUGAAUAAUUAAUUUGUGUUUGCUGAUCUAUGUCUAUCUUGCCACAACAGCUUUGAGUACUAAAAUGAAAGGGACAUUGUUUUGUUUUGUUUUGUUAUGUUUUUAGUGUGUGAGUAGUAGAAUGACGCUGACAGCGUCAGGGAGGGUAUCGAUCCCUAACCGACAGAGGCUUGUGGGUUGUGUAAUUUCCCAGCAUGCCGUAGAUCUCUACAGAAGGCAGUGAGAGCUCAUCAACUGUGUGUGUGUGUGUGUGUGUGGGUGUGUGUGUCUCUACAGCAGGCAGUGAGAGCUCGUCUCCCAUAAACACCUCAUUAAACUAUUGGGAUAACAUUGUAGCUCUGACCACAUGAAAGAGGAAGCCUACUAAAAGUAAUGACCACUGUUUUUGUACAACACAGCCUGUGUGUGACUGUACCUUAGACUAGAUCCCCCUAUUCACUUUUCCUUGAAUUGGAAGUUGUACUAUUACAUUCAAACCCAUCCAAAGUGUUCCGUUUCGAGCAGCAGGCAGGCAGUGAGCAGUGUAGCCUUAAGCCCUGUGAUUACCACUGUGAUAUGGGUGAUAAAGGAGAGGGAGAAACUCAUGACCCGUGACUGAACCUCCUUUCUGUCUGGGUGGAUCUCCUGCUAUGCCCUCCCUUAUCCUCACCUCCCCUCCCCUUCUCUCUCCCCACCCAGCCACACACAGUGCUGUGGGCGUCCAUCGGGGCUGGCUGGGGCUGGCUGAGUGGAAGCAUGUGGACAUGUGGUCAGACUAGAGGGACUUCCUCCGCUCCCAUGUGUGUAGCCCCUCCACUCCGCUCGUCUCGCUACGCUUCACAGGAUAACUAACAUCAGCUGCCAGCUGCACACCCACCGUCACUUCCUUAAGCUUUUGAUUGGCUGCGUUUGUUGGUUCAGCAGUUGGGUGACCAUUUUGAAAUGUUGUAACAUGUCAUUUACCAUGAAUCUCAAGUUGUUUUUUACCUUCACUGAUAUUCUCAAUUCUGGACACAUUUUUGACUUGAACAUUCUAAGUAUUUUCUCAACAGGAUGCAGCUUGGUUUUGGUUUCACAAUACAGGCACUUAGCACAGUGCUAGUAGCCGUCUUAUUUGCUGUUUCCAGUUGACAGUGUACCUCCCCUCUGUUCACUGUAACAUAAGAGAGUAGAGGCCAAGGAUAGCUGGUGUUUUUGUUUGGACUGAAGUGGUUAUUUUCUCUUCUCAGUGAGUAAUAGUCUCUCUGGGUGUUUGUGUAUGAUUUGGACUGGGUUGUGUGUGUGUGUGUGUGUAGGUUGUGUGUGUGUCUCCUGUGUUAACCUCCCAGGCCCUUACUAUUGACGUAGGCCCUCCUGUGGCCGGGGCUGUAGCCAUGGCCCACCCUGUGCUGAUCUAUGUCUUUCUAACCCUCCCUCUCUGUCUGUCUGUCUCCCUCUCUGUCUGCCGGUCUGUCUUUCUGUUUCCCUCUCUCUCUGUCCCUCUCUGUCUCCCUCCUUCCCUUCCUGCCCGUCUCUGUCUCCUUCCCUCCUUCCUGCCCCUCUCUGUCUCCCUCCCUCCCUGUCUCAGUCUGUCACCCUGUCUGUCUGUCUCCCUCUCAGUCUGUCACCCUGUCUGUCUGUCUCCCUCCUUCCCUGUCUCAGUCUGUCACCCUGUCUGUCUGUCUCCCUCUCUGUCUCAGUCUGUCACCCUGUCUGUCUGUCUCCCUCUCUGUCUCAGUCUGUCACCCUGUCUGUCUGUCUCCCUCCUUCCCUGUCUCAGUCUGUCACCCUGUCUGUCUGUCUCCCUCUCUGUCUCAGUCUGUCACCCUGUCUGUCUGUCUCCCUCUCUGUCUCAGUCUGUCACCCUGUCUGUCUGUCUCCCUCUCUGUCUCAGUCUGUCACCCUGUCUGUCUGUCACCCUGUCUGUCUGUCUCCCUCUUGUCUCAGUCUGUCACCCUGUCUGUCUGUCUCCCUCCCUCUCUGUCUGUCUGUCACCCUGUCUGUCUCCCUCCCUCCCUGUCUCAGUCUGUCACCCUGUCUGUCUGUCUCCCUCCCUCUCUGUCUCAGUCUGUCACCCUGUCUGUCUCCCUCCCUCUCUGUCUCCCUCCCGCUCUGUCUCCCUCCCUCUCUGUCUGUCUACCCUGUCUGUCUGUCUCCCUCCCUCUCUCCCUCUGUCUAUGUAAAUAUUGGUUACACUUUACUUAAAGCCUUCUCCCCUCUCCUUACAGAAUGUCUAUCAUGUCCCCUCCCUCUCCUUACAGAAUAUCUAUGUAACUAUUAACCUUGUCAUGUCUUCUCCCCUCUUACAUGAUAUCUAAUAUGUCUCCUCCACUCUCCUUCCAGAAUGUCUAUGUAAAUAUCAACCGCAUCAUGUCUGUGGGGAACCGGCUGUUGGAGUCUGGCCACUACGCGUCGCAGCAGAUCCAGCAGAUCUCAGGUCAGUUGGAGCAGGAGUGGAAGGCCUUCGCUGCUGCCCUGGACGAACGCUCUACCCUGCUGGAGAUGUCUGCUGCCUUCCACCUGAAGGUAGACCAGGUGAGGAGGAAGCACACACAUACACACACACAACGACACUCGCACACACAGUGGGCCACUCUUGUGAUUUUCUUCUCUUUUCUUCUCUCUGCCUCGGUUUUCUCCCCUUCCUCUCUCUGUCUUUCAUCACUUAAGCUUUUUCUUCCCGUCUGUCUUCCUUUCUCCUCCUCCCUCUCUCCGUAACCUCUCUGCCUUCUUCUCUCUUCACCUCUAUUGUAGUGCAUGAGGUCAGGUUGAAACUAGAUGUCCAGAGUAGCAGGGUGGGCGGUAUUAUUAUAGACUACAGGUUUGUGUACCCUACUAUCCCCAAGGAUUUGAAGCUACUCCAUGGACUGAAUCUUACCCUGCUUUGAUAGAGGCUGGAUUGUAAGCCCAUUUUAUAUAUGGACUUAGUUGUUGUCAUAUGUUUUCCAACAAACUGAUUCAAGUGGAGGUGUCGUAUCUGCUGUUUGGUUGUUUGCGGUUGGCAUGUGAAGCUACGUUUCAGUGCUGUGUGUGUGUCUGUGUUUGUUUACCAUGGUUAUAGUGAAGCUGUGGUAAACUGAGACCUCUCUGUCAGUCUGGGAACGAGCGGGGGAUGGUUGAGAAGAAACACAGAGAGAGAGAGAGAGAGAGAGAGAGAGAGAGAGAGAGAGAGAGACUGAAAAAAUGAAAUGAGAUGAUGCCUCUGCCUUUUAUCUCCCCGCCCUCCUCAUCCUCCAUUUCUAGAAUAAUCACUUGUUUUGUGUCGUUAUUCUCCUGAAGUGCCUCUACUUUCUGUCCUACUUUCCUCUCCUCCUCUCCCUGGCCAGCUCCCACAGGAACAGAUGAGAAUAGUUCCUAUGUCUUAAUGGUAUUGUAGUACGCUGCUGGGACGAUGCAGCGCUAAUAAUAAUGCUAGCUAGGGCUGCCUGAAAGGCAAUAUGUUGCUUUCGUCCCCUGCCAUGAAUGUGUAAUUGACUGAUAUACUAAACAGACAGACAGACAGGCAGACAGAGAGGGAGGGUUAGAAAGACAUAGACAGACAUGAGGACAAGUAUAAGUAUUUUUCAUUGCCUGUUUUUGCCCUGUACACGUUUUUGUAUUUUAGAUCAAGAGUGUUUUUGUGUGCACUAGUUACUGUGGUUGGAUGAUUGCACAUACAAAUGCUGUGGUACAUUUAGGUAGUCAUGACGCUAUUCCAUCCUUCUAAAAUAGAAAAGUGUUCAAGUAGUGGAACUAAUGUGCCGUUUAGAAUUAGCAUAAUAUACCUUUAACCUGCUAUUGGUUUUGAUCUCCCUUCUUUCUGUAACACACACCACCAUGUACACACACCCUUUUGUGAUGACCAUUAUAAUGUCUGAUCAUGUGUGUGUCCUCCAGUACAUGAGUAAUGUGGAGCCGUGGUGUAAGGCGUGUGGAGAGGGAGACCUGCCCUCUGAGCUACAGGACUUGGAGGACACCAUCCACCAUCACACAGGACUCUAUGAACACAUCACCACUGCCUACUCUGAGGUACUAUGGGGGCUGCAGUCACUACACAUUCUAGUGCCCAAUGCUCAUGCACUGAAGUGAUUAGUGGGUGAUUAGCACUUUUUGUGCCGUCUUGUUUUAAAGGAAAAUAAAUAGCAUCUGCAACGUGCACUAAAGUAAUCCUGCAUCAUUCCGAUUCAGAUGUGUUUUCAAAGUUCAUUGUCAACCUUUUCCCCACCUCACCUGGGAUUUCUCUUCUCCUAUCUUCUCCUUUCCUCUCCAGGUGAGCCAAGACGGGAAGUCCCUAUUGGACAAGCUGCAGCGGCCCCUGACCCCGGGCAGUGCUGAUUCGCUGAUGGCCUCGGCCAACUACUCCAAGGCGGUGCACCACGUGCUGGACAUCAUCCACGAGGUGCUACACCACCAAAGACAACUGGAGAACAUCUGGCAACACCGCAAGGUCCGGCUGCACCAGCGCCUGCAGCUCUGUGUCUUCCAACAGGACGUCCAGCAGGUACAUACACACAGGCACACACACGCUUAGGCAGACGCAGGCACACACACACACAAACAAACACACAACACAUAAUACACACACACUGUACCAUCAUUGUCAGAGACCGCUAUACUUAUUGUACAGUGCUUUAUCCAUCUAAAACCUGAUUUUCAUGCAUGUUCAAAACCAAAGAGAACCGUGUUGUAAUUUUGCGGAGUACAUUUAGCCCUCUCCACUUUCUUCAAAGUGUUUUCAGUGACUCCUGGGGUCUCUUUGUGAAAACGUAUCUGCGUGAGUGGCUGACAGGCCCUUGUGAUUAGGACUGAGCUGGUUUCUACUUCUCUGUGCCCUGUGGACAUGCUCGCUAUUCUCUCUUUCUCUCUCUCUCUCUCUCUCACUCUCUCCUGCUCUCUCUCUCUCCCGCUCUCUCUCUCUGUUUCUUUCUCUCUCCUGAUAUGUACUAGUUGCCAUGGUAAUCCAAUUUACUGCCACAUAAUGUGUUGCGUGUUCCAUAUGUCCCAUAGAAUGAUGCGCUCUAAGAGGAGAGACCUUGAAAACCCACAAUCAAAAUCACGUUUAUUCUUCUAUUCAGCAAUAAUACUGAGAUGAGGCAACUGGCCACCCAUCUGUUCAAUAAAUAAUAAGGCAAUUAUUAACUAAGAUGUAUUAUCACAGUCUAUAGAAAUGCUGACACGUUGGUCUGUAGUGGAUUAUGGAUUUCUUCAUCCAUGUUUCCUUAUUAAAAGUGCCAGCCUGCGUCCCAAAUGACACCCUAUUCCCUAUAUAGUGCACUACUUUUGACCAGAGCCUUAUGGACUAGGAAUAGGGGGCCAUUUGCGACGCAGCCCAAGACUUGGCACAGUGAUGCAGAGCAGAGGGUAGAGGGUGGGUCUGACUGGGAAGGCAUUAUGUUAUGGCAGUAGCCUUGGACAGAACAGGGCCUCAAUAGAGCUUUCCCAGACACAGUCCGUCAAUCUAAAGGUCCCGAAGCUCCCCCUUGUGGCACAGCACAUCAGAUCAGCCUAUACAUACAAGUAACAUCCCUGUUCAUAGGCUAGUUGUCACCACACCUGGGUUCAAAUAGUAUCCGUUUUCUUGCAAAUGCUUCACGCAUUUAAUUGAGCCUGCAUGGAGUGCUAGGUUUAGGACUAGCCUAUUUAAUUGGUUCCAUUGUAGCUAGGCAGGCUCAAUCAAACGCUCAACGUAUCUGAUUCCAAGUAGCGACUCUCCUAAGGUAUAUCACUGUACACAGAUGAUGUGAUCCAGCAUGUGCUACAUCACUCUAGUGCCUUUAUUAGACAGGGCUCUGGCAAACCCUCUCUGUACCAGUGUAUUUCAGUCUCUCCCUCUCUCGCCCCUGUGUGUGUGUGUGUGCAGGUGCUGGACUGGAUAGAGAACCAUGGUGAAGCCUUCCUCAGUAAGCAUACAGGAGUGGGGAAGUCCCUACACAGAGCUCGGGCCCUGCAGAAGAGACACGAGGACUUUGAGGAGGUGGCCCAGGUGAGCUGGGAUACACACACACACACACACACACACACACACAGACACACACACACACACACACACACACACACACACACACACACACACACACACACACACACACACACACACACACACACAGAGAGAGAGAAAAAAAAAUAGUGUUUUUUUGUAGUCCCGUGUAGCUCAGUUGGUAGAGCAUGGCGCUUGCAACGCCAGGGUUGUGGCUUCGUUUCCCACGGGGGGCCAGUAUGAAAAAAAAAAAUGUAUGCACUCACUAACUGUAAGUCGCUCUGGAUAAGAGCGUCUGCUAAAUGACAAAAAAUUUAAAUGUAAAAUUUUUUUAAACUUAUUCAUUUAUAUAUUAUUAGCCUGUGAUGGGUGAUUUGAAGGAGUCAGGCGCAGGAGGGUAAAUCACAGAAUAACAGGAUUUAUUCCGGAAUACAGAGUUACGCAGUAAUGCGUAAAAACAGCCCAGUGCACAAAACAGGCGCACUGGAACCAACAAGGCACACAGGAAAAAUAACCCGCCGAUACAAAAUACAAGGAGCUCAACCGAGCUUCACUAUCCUCACAAUAAACAAUCACACACAAAGACAAGGGGGCAGAGGGAACACUUAUACAGGUACUGAUGAGGGGAUAUGAACCAGGUGUGUGUAAUAAACAAGACAAAACAAAUGGAAUGAUGAGAUGAGGAGCGGCAGUGGCUAGAAGGCCGGUGACGACGACCGCCGAAGCCUGCCCGAACAAGGAGAGGAGGCCGCUUCGAAGGAAGUUGUGACAUAGCCCAUAUGUUCAUAUAAUUACCUGUAAUGUGGCAGUCCGCAUAAUGUCUCCUCUAAUGUCCCCCUGUCCAGAACACCUAUACUAACGCUGACAAGCUGCUGGAGGCAGCAGAGCAGUUGGCCCAGACAGGAGAGUGUGAUCCAGAGGAGAUUUACCAGGCAGCCCACCAGCUAGAGGACCGCAUCCAGGACUUUGUACGUCGCGUGGAGCAACGCAAGGUCCUCCUGGACAUGUCUGUGGCCUUCCACACUCACGUCAAAGAGGUACGAGCCUGGGUCAUUAUAAUUACUGCAGCUCCCCUUACAAAACUGUACUAAUGAAAGUUAUUGUUGUAUUCGAUCUACAGUGUGUCUCUAGUCAGGGCUAUGGCUCAGAGUCUACUAAAUUGCAUGAAUCUGAGUGUGAAACGACUUUUAACCCAUUUAACUAUUAAAGAAAGUUGUAUGUAUUGAGACCUGCCAGCUAGCUGUUGUAAUAUUAAUACCCCUCUGGAGGUGGUAAUGACAUCUGGUGUAGAUGUUCCCAUGGUAGGGCUAUGAGAGGGUUCUCCACUGCUCACCCUGAGGAAAGUUUAAGUUCUGCCUUUAAAGGUGUUCAACCUCCCCCUCGCCCCAGCCCAGUUAGUGUUGUGAUAGAGAUGACAGCCAGCCAGGGUAAUAAGAGGUUUGAUACAGGAGUUUAGUGGCAUGAAGAAUGUAUUACAUCAGUACUGCCACACAACACACAGCCCACACACUGAAGAGUAGGAGUGUGAGUGUGUGUGCAUGCGUUAUAUUGUAUUUAUACAACGGGUGGGUCUAAUCCUGAAUGCUGAUUGGUUAAAACCGCAUUCCAGCCAGUGUCUAUUCCACAACUAAAUCUAUGACGUUAAAAUGCCUAUUUACUCUGUUCCAUCUGACUGCGCAAUCCACUGUCUCAUCAGCCCAGCCAGGCAAUUUAUAAACUUGAUCUCCACUAUGACAAGCAUCUAGACAUUAUCUCAAAUUGCUUUUGGAUUAACGUUUAGUUUUCAACAGUGGAGAUUUGUAUAAACCUUGCUGUCUGUCUCCAACAUUUGCAACGUUGUUUCAAUAUUCAAAUUCGAUCUCCAGCUGUCACGUAGUAAUGAAUGUGUCGGGAGUCGGGAUAAGACAGGCAGGCAGGCAGCUUUUCUCAGCCAGUCGAAAUCAUGAAUCAGCAUCAUUUUUAUGGAUAUAUACAAAGAAAUUUCAAUAGAAAACAGGUCAAACAAAGUGCAGCUAGAUUGCAGUCUUUCCAGCUUCAGUUUGAAGUGAUUGUGUUAGCUGUGUUGUUGGCUAGCUCCUCUGAACAACAGUGUCCUGAUGAGAGAGCACAUUUUCUAUGCCAGGUGAAAUCGCUGUCACGAUCGUCGAAAGGAUGAGACCAAAGCGCAGCGUGUUGAGCGAACAUCGUAGACUUUAUUUAAUUAAAGAAACCACGAUCAAAAACAACAAACCAAAAAUGACGAAAGUGAAGUCCAAAUACUGAUAUACACUAAACAGGAUCAAGGAAACAAAAACCCACCAACCCCACAGGAAAACAUACAGAAUAAAUAUGGCUCCCAAUCAGAGAUAACGAGCCGAACAGCUGACACUCGUUACCUCCGAUUGGGAGUCAUUGAACAAACCUAGAAAAACAACAACCUAGACACCCAACCUAGAACAUAAACACAUAGACUGCACACACCCUGGAUAAACAAUAAUGAGUCCCAGCACCAGGGUGUGACAGUACCCCCCCCUAAAGGCGCAGACUGCGACCGCGCCUCAAAACCCCCAAACAGGGGAGGGCUGGGCGGGCAUACCUCCUCGGUGGCGGUUCUGGCUCCGGCCUAGACCACCACCCCACCAUAGUCACUUCCCGCUUAUGUAGCCUCCUCCAAAUGACCCCCACCGGUUUAAGGGGCAGCACCUGACUAAGGGGCAGUACCGGACUAAGGGGCAGUACCGGACUAAGGGGCAGUACCAGGCUGAAUGGCGAAUCCUGGCUGGACGGCUCUGGCGGAUCCCGGCUGGACGGCUCUGGCGGAUCCCGGCUGGACGGCUCUGGCGGAUCCCGGCUGGACGGCUCUGGCGGAUCCCGGCUGGACGGCUCUGGCGGAUCCCGGCUGGACGGCUCUGGCGGAUCCUGUCUGGCGGAAGGCUCUGGCUGAUCCUGUCUGGCGGAAGGCUCUGGCUGAUCCUGUCUGGCGGAAGGCUCUGGCUGCUCCUGUCUGGCGGAGAGCUCUAGCGGCUCCGGUCUGGCGGACGGCUCUGUAGGCUCAUGGCAGACGGGCGGCUUUGCAGGCUCAUGGCAGACGGGCAGCUCCUGCGGCGCUUGGCAGACGGACAGUUCAGACGGCGUUGGGCAGACGGGCAGUUCAGGCGCCGUUGGGCAGACGGGCAGUUCAGACGGCGUUGGGCAGACGGGCAGUUCAGACGGCGUUGGGCAGACGGACAGUUCAGGCCCCGUUGGGCAGACGGCAGACUCUGGCCGUCUGAGGCGCAUCGUAGGCCUGGUGCGUGGUGCCGGAACAGGAGGUACCGGGCUGAGGAUACGCAUCUCAGGGCUAGUGCGGGGAGAAGCAACAGGGCAUGCAGGACCCUGGGGACGCACAUAAGUCCUAGUGCGUGGUGCCGGAACUGGUGGUCCCGGGCUGAGGACACGCAUCUCAGGGCUAGUGCGGGGAGCAGCAACAGGACGCACAGGACUCUGGGAACACACAGGAGGCUCGGUGCGUGGUGUAGGCACUGGUGGUACUGGGCUGGAGCGGGGAGGUGGCGCCGGAAAUACCGGACCGUGCAGGCGUACUGGCUCCCUUGAGCACUGAGCCUGCCCAACCCUACCUGGUUGUAUGCUCCCCGUCGCCCGACCAGUACGGGAAGGAGGAAUAACCCGCACCGGGCUAUGUGGGCGAACCGGGGAAACCAUACGUAGGGCUGGUGCCAUGUAAGCCGGCCCGAGGAGACGCAUUGGUGGCCUGCUGCGUGGGGCCGGCCUCAUGACAUCCGGCUCAACACUCAAUCUAGCCCGGCCGAUACGAGGAGCUGGAAUGUACCGCACCGGGCUAUGCCUGCGUACAGGAGACACCAUGCGCUCUACUGCGUAACAUGGUGUCUGCCCGUACUCCCGCUCUCCACGGUCAGUCCAGGGAGUAGGCGCAGGUCUCCUACCUGCCUUCGCCACACUCCCUUUUAGCCCCCCCCCAAGAAAUUUUUGGGGAGUAACCACGGGCUUCCAGCCUCGACUCCGCGCUGCCUCCUCAUACCACCUCCUCUCGGCUGCAGCUGCCUCCAGCUCUUCACGAGGGCGGUGGUACUCCUCUGGUUGUGCCCAAGGACCCUUUCCAGCCCGUAUCUCCUCCCAUGUCCAAAAGUCCUUAGGAGGCUCCCAUAAAUCCUGCGUAGGUAGGUCCUGUUGCCGCUUGUUACGCCGCUUGGUCCUCUUGUGGUGGGUUUUUCUGUCACGAUCGUCGAAAGGAUGAGACCAAAGCGCAGCGUGUUGAGCGAACAUCGUAGACUUUAUUUAAUUAAAGAAACCACGAUCAAAAACAACAAACCAAAAAUGACGAAAGUGAAGUCCAAAUACUGAUAUACACUAAACAGGAUCAAGGAGACAAAAACCCACCAACCCCACAGGAAAACAUACAGAAUAAAUAUGGCUCCCAAUCAGAGAUAACGAGCCGAACAGCUGACACUCGUUACCUCCGAUUGGGAGUCAUUGAACAAACCUAGAAAAACAACAACCUAGACACCCAACCUAGAACAUAAACACAUAGACUGCACACACCCUGGAUAAACAAUAAUGAGUCCCAGCACCAGGGUGUGACAAUCGCGCAUCAUUAGCUCAUUGUUAUGGAUGUAUCCAAAUAAAUGUCACUAGAAAACAGCAAAUGCAAAUGCAGCUACUUUGUUGUUAUUCUGGCUGCACUGUUUGACGUGACUGUAAGUUAGCCGUAGUUGGCUAGCUAGCAAGCAAGGGAUAAGAACGUUGCCAGCCAGUAUGGCAAUGGAACAUUUAGAGCGAACGACUGGGUCGCGUCCAUAGAUACAGAACAAAAAGACUUAGCGACUGGGUCGUGUCUCUGGCAACCGAACCGAUAGAACGAACGACCAGCCGGCAUGGGUAGCAACCCUAUAUUUGUGUCGGGACUAUAUCUUGUGGAAGGAUGAAUUAGAAUGAAUAAAUUAAUCAAAAUAACGUUUUAAAUUAAAAUAUGUAAAUCAUUAUUUGAAUAUGUUGGUAACCCGUUGUAUAAAAGUGAUAAUGCCCGAGAAGCCGGUGUUUGGAGGAUAUAUUGGCAUGAUUUGCCGGCCCGAGACGAACACCCGUGCCAAUAUAUCCUCCAAACACCAGCUUCUCAUGCACUAUCACUUAAUUAUGUGUAUGUGUCCUGUGACAGCGGAUGGGCUGCCCAAAGUGACUCUGAUACUGACACACAGGGGUAUUUUCCUGAGCGUAACACAUAUCUCCAACAGCCUAAACACAGUGCCUCCCUCCCCCUCCACUCACUACUCUCUUCUACUAGACUGGAGCCACUAGCUAUUGCCAAAACUCAGGAAGCUGUUCUGUUUCUGAAAUGCCUCAUAUUCAAAGCUGUAAUUUGUCAUGUCUUUAUUUGUGGUGAAGAUUACUUGUGUGCUGUGUUUGAAAGGUUUCCCUUGUAAGAAGGCAGACCUUGUGAAUUAGUGUUUCUUCCCAUUGUUCAAUGUUCUGGCUGAGCGAGAGGUGACAGGUUUACCUUUAGAGGUGGUGCUUCACUAUAGUGUCCUAAAAACAACGUUAAGCUUAUUGUAUUUUUCAAAACAAGGAUCUCAAGUGUUUGAUACAGUUGAAGUCGGAAAUUUACAUACACUUAGGUUGGUGUCAUUAAAACUAGUUUUUCAACCAGGAGGUGUACCUGUGGAUGUAUUUCAAGGCCUACCUUCAAACUCAGUGCCUCUGCUUGACAUCAUGGGAAAAUCAAAAGAAAUCAGCCAAGACCUCAGAAAGAAAAUUGGUUCAUCCUUGGGAGCAAUUUCCAAAUGCCUGAAGGUACCACGUUCAUCUGUAGAAACAAUAGUACGCAAGUAUAAACACCAUGGGACCACGCAGCCGUCAUACCACUCAGGAAGGAGAAGCGUUCUGUCUCCUAGAGAUGAACGUACUUUGGUGCGAAAAGUGCAAAUAAAUCCCAGAACAACAGCAAAGGACCCUGUGAAGAUGCUGGAGGAAUCAGGUACAAAAGUAUCAAUAUCCACAGUAAAAUGAGUCCUAUAUCGACAUAACCUGAAAGGCCGCUCAGCAAGGAAGAAGCCACUGCUCCAAAACCGCCAUAAAAAAGCCAGACUAUGGUUUGAAUCUGCACAUGGGGACAAAGAUAAUACUUUUUGGAGAAAUGUCCUCUGGUCUGAAGAAACAAAAAUAGAACUGUUUGGCCAUAAUGACCAUCGUUAUGUUUGGAGGAUAAAGGGGUAGGCUUGCAAGCCGAAGAACACCAUCCCAACCGUGAAGCACGGGGGUGGCAGCAUCAUGCUGUGGGGGUGCUUUGCUGCAGGAGGGACUGGUGCACUUCACAAAAUAGAUGGCAUCAUGAGGAAGGAAAAUGAUGUGGAUAUAUUGAAGCAACAUCUCAAGACAUCAGUCAGGAAGUUAAAGCUUGGUCGCAAAUGGGUCUUCCAAAUGGACAAUGACCCCAAGCAUACUUCCAAAGUUGUGGCAAAAUGGCUUAAGGACAACAAAGUCAAGGUAUUGGAGUGGCCAUCACAAAGCCCUAACCUCAAUCCUAUAGAAAAUGUGUGGGCAGAACUGAAAAAGCGUGUGUGAGCAAGGAGACCUACAAAUCUGAUUUAGUUACACCAGCUCUGUCAGGAGGAAUGGGCCAAAAUUCACCCAACUUAUUGUGGGAAGCUUGUGGAAGGCUACCCGAAACGUUUGACCCAAGUUAAACAAUUUAAAGGCAAUGCUACCAAAUACUAAUUGAGUGUAUGUAAACUUCUGACCCACUGGGAAUGUGAUGAAAGAAAUAAAAGCUGAAAUAAAUCAUUCUCUCUACUAUUAUUCUGACAUUUCACAUUCUUAAAAUAAAGUGGUGAUCCUAACUGACCUAAGACAGGGAAUUUUUCACUAGGAUUAAAUGUCAGGAAUUGUGAAAAACUGAGUUUAAAUGUAUUUGGCUAAGGUGUAUGUAAACUUCUGACUUCAACUGUAUAUGAGAAAGUUAACUUGCAAUCUGUGUUGUUUAAGUCAGUGUCAUUAGCUUAGGCAUUAUUGAACAGCAUGAACCUUUCUGUAAAGGUUCUGUGCCAGUGUGCUGUACUUUACUCCGUGUGCUGACAUUUAUAUUGUCUUACAGUACAUGGCCUGAUAUUCAUAUUAAUUCAUCAUUUAUUUUAUGCUACCAUAUGGUGUGAUAACACCCAUCUGUUGUAUAGAGGUGGUUGGAUUAGGCCAGGCCCGGUUCCAACUUUCCUCCUCUGUUCUUAGCCUGUGUUGUGUUUGCCUGUCUUUGUGUGUUAUUAUGGAAAAAUAGAGCUGUAUGAACUGGAACAAAACACAUUUUGGGUCCCAAAUGUCAUCCUAUUCCCUACAUAGGACACUUAUUUUGAAAAGGGCACUAUGGGAGCUGGUCAAAAGUAGUGCACUAUAUAGGGGAUAGGGUGCCAUUUGGGACACAAACAAAAAACGCGGCGGGUGGUAGAUUGGGCAGGGAGGGUCCUACCUGCUGGUACGGGUGCUUUGGUUUGAGCCACCAUGCUAAUAUAACCAGAUGGUUAAUCCUGCCACAAUGACUCAAUGCAGCUCCCUCCUUCACUCCUCUUUCUCUCCCUCUCUCCUCUGCUUUUAAUUUGUCCUUCUUUACCUCGCUGUUUCUGAUUGGCCGCCUGGGCUGUCUGUCACUGUGUGCCCACACAGCUGUGGACGUGGUUGGAGGAGCUGCAGAAGGAGCUGCUGGAUGAUGUGUAUGCUGAGUCUGUGGAGGCGGUGCAGGACCUGAUCAAACGCUUCGGGCAGCAGCAGCAGACCACCCUGCAAGCCACUGUCAACGUCAUCAAGGAGGGAGAGGACCUCAUCCAGCAGCUCAGGUAGCUCACAGCGCACGCAUCCUCUAUCAUAAAUCAAUCCCUUCUAGCCCCUACCCGCCAUAUAAAUAUGCUAAUUUACCAAGUAAUAAAGGUUGUUUUGUGUUUAUUUAGAACUGUGCAGCAUUGUAGAGCAGUAUUACUGUUUCCCUUUACCCUACCAUUAAGAGACCUUGAUAGCAGCACUGCACGCUACUAACUGGCAACAGAGGUGCAUUUUAAGCUUCUAAAAGCAUGCCGUCUAACACAUAAUUAAACUCUGCUAGCUGUUCCACCACCAAACAGUGUUACAUGUAAUUCAUGAUAUUGAAACGAGUGUAUUUAAUGUGUUUGUUGAUCUAUCUAACCUCUGACCCCGGCCUCCACACAGGGACUCUGCUAUCUCCAGUAACAAGACGCCCCACAACAGCUCCAUGGCCCACAUCCAGAGUGUCCUACAGCAGCUGGAUGAGGCCCAGGCUCAGAUGGAAGAGCUGUUUCAGGAGAGGAAGAUCAAACUGGAACUCUUCCUGCAGCUACGCAUCUUCGAGAGGGACGCCAUCGACGUAAGUGGCCCCCAUGUCAAUAAAGUUCAGAUCAAUCAAUCUAUCAAUCAACCAAUCUAUCAUGUCCUCUAUUGCCCGUAUCUGGCCUGUGUCUUUUCCAGAGAUUGAAUGUUUCACAGUCAGUGUUUCUGUAGCAGUUUUAUCUGGUAGUGUAAGGUCUUGAGUCCCUGCUGAGAGACUCAAAGGAGUCUUUCUGCUGCUGCUGUUAUUCUAAUCUCUCUCUUUCCUGUUACACCAUCAAAGGACUGGACCAGUAGUUGAUUAACGAUAUUGAUUCACAUCCCAUAAAUUAAGCAUUAGCUACAGCAGCCUUUGACAUUAUAAAGCCUGGAGUACUGAUAUUCCUGAUGUUAUCAUCCCCCUUUCUGGGAAGUUAUUGUACUGAGGUGAUGACUCAUUUAAGGGUGUGUGUGUGUGUGUGUGUGUGUGUGUGUGUGUGUGUGUGUGAGGGGAUACGAGGCACUCACAUACCUGAAGUGUUGGUGUUGCGAUAACAGGGUCAUUGAAUAGAGGAGGAGGACGUUUCGUUUUCGGCACAUUAAGUAGACUACAGUGCAGUUUGACAUUACAACAAAUCACAUUACAUUGUGUUCAUAUUGCUAUUCAUUUUCUCAUGAAGACGUCUCACAUGUCUCUCCCAAGUGGAAACCUACAGUCAGUGAAUGAAAUAUCGACCCGUGCUUGGCACACACUGCCCCUUGCCUGUCUGCACAUGCAGCCCAUCUCACACUGAGGUGGAAUGCCACUAUAGUAGUGCAGCAGUCACACUAGUCUGUGUGGUAAGAGACCACAGCCAGACUGAUACAGUAUUUUCUCCUCAGAGGUGCAGUACAGUACAGCCUUCACAUUAGCUCUGCACAUUAGCUGGGACCUGUGGGAGGGAGUGAGCGGCAUGCAUGUCAGUCAGUCAAUAUGACACAGGAGGGAGGGAGAGUUAGUUUUCCCUCCACUCCUCCUCUUCACACCCCUGGGAUGCUGUUCCUUCUUGGCUCCCACUGAGGGGUUAGGCAGCAACACGCAGGUUCAGGUUCGAGGUGAGGCAGAGGUACGGCACGCAGUGUCCCAGUCAGUCUCAGAGCAGGAUUCCUGUCCUCACGGAGCCAGUCUCCUCUAUGUGAGCCAGGAGGAGGAAAAGAUGAUGUGUCUGCUUAGACUCAGAGAGGGGUUUCUAGUCAGCUUUGUGAUAGCAGCCCAGCCCGGUAAGUGCCUCCUGGCGCCUGGGAAGGAGGGAACGGGAGAGAAGAGGAGAGUGGCAGGUGAAGAAAAGAUGUUAGAAGGACUAAAGGCUUGUGGUAUUUAUGCCUGGGAGCUUUACCUAGCUGUCAUUCAGCCUUAUGUAAUGUGCUUAUGAGUUAAGUGAAUAUGACUCCUACAGAACAGUCAGCAAGACAUUUUCAAGAGAGAUUUGUGAGUUAUUGGAUUUUUGGAGUUGUAGCACUCUAGACUGGAUCGUAGUGUUUUGAGAAGGGUUUUUGAUAGGGCUGGGAAUUGCCAGGGACCUCAUUAUACAAUAUAAUAAUAAUUUAGCAGACGCUUUUAUCCAAAGCGACUUACAGUCAUGUGUGCAUACAUUUUUACGUAUUAUCACGAUACGAUAUGUAUUGCGAUUCUCACGAUUCUAUAUGUAUUGCGAUUUGAUACUGUGAUUUUAUUGCUAUUCAAUGUUCCGAACAUAUUGCUCACCAUAUGUCUGCUGCAGAGGGACGAGAGAGAGCCAUGACAAAAUGAGUUUUGAUCAGUCAUGGAAAUAAAAGUGCUGAAAACAAAUUGGAUCCCUAUUUAAAAAGAAGAUGGAGAACAAGCUAUGCAGGAAAAAUGCUGGACAUUUAGUGCAGGUACAGCCAACUAGCACAAAAAUAAUAUUGCGAUAUUGUCAAAACGAUACGAUAUAUCGUAAAAAAUAAUAAUAGUCCGGGUAGCUAUGAUUAGCUGUUCAGGAGUCUUAUGGCUUGGGGGUAGAAGCUGUUAAGAAGCCUUUUGAACUAGACUUGGCGCUCCGGUACUGCUUGCCAUGUGGUAGCAGAGAGAACAGUCUAUGACUAGGGUGGCUGGAGUCUUUGACAAUUUUUAGGGCCUUCCUCUGACACCGCCUGGUAUAGAGGUCCUGGAUGGCAGGAAGCUUGGCCCCAGUGAUGUACUGGGCCGUACGUACAACCAUAUGUAGUGCCUUGCGGUCGGAGGCCGAGCAGUUGCCAUACCAGGCGGUGAUGCAACCAGUCAGGAUGCUCUCGAUGGUGCAGCUGUAGAACUUUUUGAGGAUCUGAGGACCCAUGCCAAAUCUUUUCAGUCUCCUGAGGGGGAAUAGGCUUUGUCGUGCCCUCCAGAUGUCUUUUGAUAUCGUAUGUACAUGUGUUUAGAUGGUUGUUAGUGCAUGCUUGCUGAAUACUUUGUGUCCACAGAGCAACUAUUACCUGUACAUUACACUGCUGACGUUACCUUGUCUGCUUUGCUGUUUUGUUAGACUCUUCUUUCUCAUAUCUUAAAGCAUUGUAUUACUGAGGAUUCAUCAGACCUUUCUGUUUUGACAGUUGUUGUUGGCUGUUUGCCUUGUGCAAAGAAUGGGCGGUUCUCAACCUCAGAAGUGCUGUAUAAAUAAUGGUGUUGUCUGUGGUAGCAGCCAUGACUCACUCAUAUUGUAACAACAAAAGAAGAACUGUUCUGUUAUUGACUGAGGUGGUGUAGAUCUCAGUAUUACAGCUUCUUGGAUUAUGAAGUUACAAAGACAUUUGGUUGAUCGACACGUAUGACCGUACAGGUCGCUUACUAUAGAGCUCUGUCGCAUUAUGUUUCAAUCAUAAUCGUUAUGUUUCAAUCACCUUCUCAAAGAUAGACAGAAAAAACUACUGCCAAGGAACUACUAUUGCAUGAUGAUAAUCAUGAGAAGCAACCAAUCCACAUCCUAUAUCUCCAUAGGUCUAUGUUUUGUUUAUGUGUUGAUCCAGUUAUCAAAUUGCUUAGCUUAGAUGAUCAAGGCUUGGUUUGCUGUUACAUUAUCUCCAGGUUAAGAUCUUAAACAGUGAUCAGCUAUGGAUUAGGAUAUGGAUCAUAGCUGAACGGAGUUUGUUGUUAAUUACUACCAUGUUUUAGGCUCUGACUUGUACAUAAACGUGUACACUACUAAGCCCCAUGUAGCCUGGGCCUUCCAUGAAGCAGCCAUACGCUCAGUGAGUUACAGCUAGCUAGCCCUAUAGCCCUUACCACAUGGAACCCUCCACAUCCUCACUCACAUGUUCUCCCCCAGAGGACAGUACAGUACAGGACAGGACAAUACAGUACAGUACAGCCGGAGCCUGAGGAGCACAGCAGAGGGUGCAGAGGGCCAUCCAGAGGAAAUUAAAUGGCACAGUGAAGAGAAUCAAUAAUUAUUUGGUUUGCAGUACUGCGGUUUGGAAUUUAAAAUUCUCCCAUUCCCAACUCGGAACCCUCUCUUUCUCCCAUUCCUUUUCUGAUUUCCUUUUCAUUGUCGGAUGCCUUGAGAUUUGAUUUCACUGCUCAUGUGAAUGGAAACAGGCAGCUGUGUAAGCCUCUCGUUUUCAGCCCUGUCAUUUCUUUUUUACUAGGUCUGCUGGAGAGCCAGCCACCGCUUUAGUUCAUGACUCGUAUUACUUUUCCAUAGUUUCCCCUCGACGACCAUCACUCUGGACGCCUUGAAUUUCCAUCGGACACAUUCUUUACAUUUAGCUCUUCAGUGUAUGGCUGAGCAGCAGCUGAAUGGGAUGGUGAUCCAUGUGUGGAAUGGAGACUAGUGCCAGCCUGUCUCUCUCUGAAGCAUCAGGAAAGCGAUUCUGAAAAACAGACAGUGGAUUUGUAUUAUAUAAAGACAAAUUGAAAUGGAAAGCCAGUCAUUGUGAGCAGCCAUGAUAUUUCGAAUAGGUUUGGCAACAAAAAUGAUCACCACCCGGCAUCCACCCUCUUGGUCCUGGUUCAUUACAUUGAUUAAUUGAUUUUUGACUUCAUUCCAAUGAAUAUGGAGGGCAACAGUGAAGCAGUGCUGUAGGUUAGGUAAGGUAAGCCCAGUCAGGCCCAGCCCACACUGGCAUCACAGACAAAAGACUGACAGAGUACCCAUCACUGUGCCAAGGUGGAUAUGUUAUGGGCGUCAUGAUUCACCCUCCUUCAGCCUUCAGCAAGUGUGCGUGGGUGAGUCCUUAAACAAGUGCUAACAUCACAGGCAGACGCUCCAUUUAGAGUACAGCUAGUCUGGGUAGAGCCAGCUAGUCUGGGUAGUCCCUUUAUAACCAAAGGAGAAUUGUAUCAUUCUAGGUAACACUAAACACUUAGCUACUGUCUCUAAGAUCAGCUUGGCUGGUGUUUUGAUAUCAUUACAAAUCAUUUCAUUCUGACGCCGAAGUAGUUUCCACCCCUCUCAGGUCAUAUUCCACCUAGAGGGUUGGGAAUGAUCAUCUGUUUGUGUGUGUUUGUACAUGUGUUUGUCCUGUACGUGUAAUGUCAUUUAGCAGUGACCUUUAUUUAAAACUAACUUACAGUGAUCCCUGUGAUCUGUGUGUUUCUGUCUAUUUGUACCCUUCCAUUGCAGUAGAUAGUUUGUUGUUGCAGUUGAUAGUUUGGGUAUCUAUAGAUCAUCUAUAGGGGACUAUCCAAAUGAAGUGUUGCCCCUUUUCGUUCCCCCACACACUUCCAGAUCAUCUCAGACCUGGAGUCGUGGAAUGAGGAGCUGUCCCAGCAGAUGGGUGAGUUUGAUACAGAGGACCUGACGUUGGCGGAGCAGAGACUCCAGCACCACGCUGACAAGGCCCUCACCAUGAACAACCUGACCUUCGACGUCAUCCACCAGGGACAGGAGCUGCUGCAGUACGUUACAGAGGUCCAGGCCAGUGGUGAGUAAUGGAGAAACACACACGGACGGAUACACACACACACACAUGCACCUUUUCUGUCGUACACUCACACACACACACACACAGACACACACGCACACACACACUGACACAUCAGAUGGCCCAAAGCCCUGCUGCUGCUGCCAGGGCAGAUGAGCUGUAAGCCAGGCCAGGUCAGCUCAGUGUUGUUGAGGAGGGGAGGAGAUAGGGAGAGGGGAGGAAGGAGGGGGGGGUAAACCCAGCUAUCGGGCGCUGGAGAGCUAAGCACAGUAGCGGCAGCAGGCCGAGGCCAGACGAGCAGAUUUCACAGUAAUCCUAUGGACUCAUGUCGCUGAGUAAAACCACUAGGCAGUGCUGCAGGACGACAGGCUGCAUUGGCACAUACACACACGUCAAUGACGACAUACACAGAGGAGAUUUUGCAUAAUCGGAAUGCAUCCCAGAGCAGUUCUCUCCUGGACACCAAAGAGACAGACACACAGAGUUUCUAUGACAGACAGGCUCUGUACUCCAGCAGCCCAAUGCAGGUCUGGAACACAGGAGUGAAAUGUAAGUAAUAUAAUGUUAAUGGCAGAUUUGUUCCUGUUUGUCUGACUGACUGGCCAUAUGGAGUUACUGAUGUAUGUCUGUAUGCUUACCUAACUGUCACUCUUUUACAGGUAGUCGAGACUGAUUGUCUUGUAUGAGGAGAGAGAGAGAGAGACCUUUCUUCUCUCUUUUCAUCUUUUUGUUAGGUUUGGGUUGCAUAAUGGCUCUUGUUCUUUGUGUUGUUUUCAGGAUUUGCUACAGUAGCUGAUGAGCUCUCUCUCUCUCUCCUUCCUUCUCGCUCUCCUUCUCUCUGUCUCUCUCUCUCUUUCACUCACUUGUUCUAUCGCUAUACCCCCCCACCUCUCUCUCGCUCUCCCACCUCUCUGUGUCUAGGUGUGGAGUUGCUGUGUGACAGGGAUGUGGACAUGGCUACACGUGUUCAGGACCUGCUGGAGUUCCUCCAUGAGAAGCAGCAGGAGCUGGACGUGGUGGCCGAGCAGCACAGGAGGCACCUGGAACAGUGUGUCCAACUACGCCACCUUCAGGCCGAGGUCAAACAGGUAAACAUGCACCAUUAUCUCUCUCUCUCUCUCUCUCUCUCUCUCUCUCUCUCGCUCUCUUCUACUUUUGUUCUCUCUCUCUUUACUUUUGACUUUUGCUCUCACUUGUGGUCUUUCUCUCUCGCUCUCUCACUCACUUUCUCGCUUUUUCUCUCUCUUUCAUUUGCACUCUCUCUCACUCACUCCCUUACUCACACACAGUCUUUCUGUCUCUUUCUCUUUCAUUCUCUUAAUUUUUCUCUCUCCAAGUACAGUACUGCAUGUGGGAUGACAACCAUGAGAUGCUGCUGUUGUGAAAGAAGUGAUUGUGUAGUAUUAUGUGGAGAGCACAUGAUUAUGAAUAGAUUGCUUUCUGUGCAUGUAAUAUUAAGAGUGAAAUGCUUUUUCAAGCAGAUGUAUUUAAUUAUAUGGGGUUGAUUCUAUUAGAUUGUACAACGGGACAUAUGAAACCAGUACAUAUGGCCAUGUCUUAUGACAUUGACCAUAUACAGUAUAUUAUAGAAUAUCUUCCCUGAGUCACUUUAAUUUCAGAGUCUGGUGUAGCGGUCUAAGAUCCCGACUCCAGACUGUCUCUGCUCUUAACCACUUUCUGUACCCCUCUCCAUAUCUAUCUCCCACUCUGUACUUACAUCUGUCCUGUCAAAAAAACUAUAAAAUACUUAAGGGGAUUGGAACCCCGAUCUUCUUAAAAUAAAAUACAAAUAGAAACUCUCAAAGGUCAAUAAAUAAAUCAGUUAGCGUCUCUUAUACGCAUUAAUAGCACACAACAUCUUUCCUCUAUUCUAUUAUUCUACACUGCAAUGUGUGCUGGGAAAGUAGAGCAGCCCUUUAGAGAUGACCACCGGCCCGAAAAUGAGGAAAAAGACAAACUAGGCCAGCAGGAGCAUCAUCUGUUAAUCUUAUUCUGUUUAUUAAUUUAUUUCAUUUUCCUCAUUCGUCAUCGUUGUAGAGCGAGAGAUUACCCAUGUCCUGGAAGGGAAGAGAGGCCUAUGUGUGUUUUUGUGGCUAUAAGCUGAGAGAGCAGGCCUGCUAGAAUGCAGGAAUAGUUGUUCUCUCUGUUACUCACUGAGCAGCAUGUAGCCUCUUCUCCCACACAGCCGCUAUGCUGAGCUAUGAGUUUGGCAGCAGUGAUAGUACAGAGCAUGAGUCAGAUACACACCAGGUGUGCAGUGCCCGGAGGAGGAGACGGUGUGGAAUUCUCCCUGGGGCCACUGGCAGGCCGUUCCUGUGUGUACAGAGAGGGGGAGAGGUUGGGAGGCGAAAGUGUCGGGGGUGACGUGUCACAGCUGACUUGGCCUUGCCCUGACCCUUAAUGUAUUCCUUUGUGUGUGUGUCAGGGUGGUGAAAACAUGGUGGGUUAGGCCUAUAUACUGUGCUUAUCUGGGAUGAUGAGUCUUUAUUACGAUGUCCAUUAUCAACAUGUGUCUAUGUGCCUGUGUGUGUGUGUGACUGUUUAUCUUAGUCUGACCCAUUACUGAUUCUCCCUUUGUGUGUGUGUGUGUGUGUGUGUGUGUGUGUGUGUGUGUGUGUGUGUGUGUGUGUGUGUGUGUGUGUGUGUGUGUGUGUGUGUGUGUGUGUGUGCGUUUCAGGUGCUGGGUUGGAUCCGUAAUGGAGAGUCCAUGCUGAAUGCAGGUAUGAUCACAGCCAGCUCUCUACAGGAGGCAGAACAGCUACAGAAGGAACACGAGCAAUUCCAACAUGCCAUAGAGGUAUCUCUCUGUUCCAUCUCUCUCAUUUAUGCCUCUUCUUCUCCAUCCCUCUCCACUCCUCCUCUCCAUCUCCUUUUCCUCCUCUCCGUGACCCUGGCCUUGACCCCACUCUCCGAGGAUUUCUCAGGGAGAGUGGGAAAUGCAAAAAAACACAUUUCCAAUAGGACAAAUAUAAGCACCCAGCUAAUUAUUAUUAUUAUUAUUAAUAUUAUUUUCCUCAUCUCCAUCUCCCUCCUACUCCUCUCCUCUCCUCCUUCUCUCUCAUGCUCCUCCUCCUCUUCCCUCCUUCUACCCUCCUCCUACACACCUCACUAAAAACCCUAACCUCCCCCACUCCUCUUUUCAUCCUCUAUUCCUCAUAAAUCAUCCGCCUCUCUCUCUUUCACCAGAAACAGGCCCCUGUUUUCAACCCAGACCAUUUUUCCUUUGAACUCUUCUGAGCAGGGCUCAUUUGAAAUGCAGUCGUACUGUAUAAAGGACUACAUUCUGCAGGGCUGAGGUUAUGCAGGCAGGCUUCUGGAGUCCUUCUACUCACUUUGGAAGGAGAGGAAAAAACCUUUUUGGAGAUUAUUAUUCUCAAUUACUCAAUCGAUUUGAUUAUGGGAUUGUAAUGAUAUUGUUUAAUGCUGUGGUGUGUUAACAGUCAUGGUAGCAGAAGCCAGGUAGAAGACUCACAUGGUGUAUAACGCUCAGACUCCUUUCCUGUAGCUAUAGCCUCCAAUCACAUUCCUCAGUUUUCUUGUGAAAAUGUUAAGAUGUUAAUGUGAACAAUAUUUAUAAAGUAGAACACUUUUAUUAAUCACCUCCCUCCCCCCCCCCUCUCUCUCCCUCUCCACAGAAAACCCACCAGAGUGCAUUGCAGGUGCAGCAGAAGGCUGAGGCCCUGCUCCAAGCCAACCACUACGACAUGGACAUGAUCCGGGACUGUGCGGAGAAGGUGGCCGACCACUGGCAGCAGCUCAUGCUCAAGAUGGAGGACCGGCUCAAACUGGUCAACGCCUCUGUAGCCUUCUACAAGACCUCCGAGCAGGUGGGUGGGACAUCUCUAACUGUUUCCAUGGCAACCUGUCAGAGGAGGCCCAUUGGCCCCUAGCCCAGUAACAUGGCCCAGAUUAGGGUCUAAUAACCACUCUAGAUAGGGUGGUAUUAUAUGGUAUUACACUGCAGUUUGCCAUGUAUUCGUGUUCAUGUACUUAGCUUUGGCUCUGUGGUGCAUUGUGGGUAGUGUAGUUUUGACCUGUGCUGUGUGCUAUUCUGUAGGUGUGCAGUGUGCUGGAGAGCCUGGAGCAGGAGUAUAAGCGUGAGGAGGACUGGUGUGGGGGAGCUGAUAAACUGGGCCCUAACAGUGAGUCAGACCAUGUCAUACCCAUGAUCAGCAAACACCUGGAGCAGAAAGAGGCCUUCCUCAAGGCUUGUACACUAGCAAGGCGAAACGCUGACGUCUUCCUGAAGUACCUGCACAGAAACAGUGUCAACAUGCCAGGGAUGCUAUCUCACGUUAAGGCACCUGAAACACAGGUCAAAAGUAAGCGUGCUCCUUUUUCCCCUCCCAAUCAAAUACACAUUUGAUCGUUAUUUCUUGUGGUAUUCCUUUCAGUUGCCCUCUUCUUUUAAACAGAUGGGAUGUGUCCCAAAUAGCACCCUAGUCCCUAUAUAGUGCACUACUUAAGUGCUUUAGUAGUAGACUAUAGGACUAGCUUGCCUUUUGUGACAUAGCCAUGGCUUAAAUGAUAAUGUGUCUCUUGUGUUUUGUCAGACAUCUUGAAUGAGCUGCUCCAGAGAGAGAACCGGGUGCUGCACUUCUGGACAAUGAGAAAGAGGAGACUGGACCAGUGUCAGCAGUAUGUGGUGUUUGAACGCAGCGCUAAGCAGGUCAGUACUGCUCCUCAAGGAGAACUAUACCAGAAUUCGAACAGUAACAUUCAUGACUACAACAACACGGUCAGAUAGACAGUCAACACAAGCUAUAAAAGUACACGUAAACAGACCAGGGUGUGACACGUAACAUAUAACAUAAUGGAAGGUCAUACUAUACCAUACCACCAUUUUGAACCCUGUGCAAACUGCUCAGCUAAGCACUGGUUGGACUAAUGUUUUGACCAGGGGCUGACCAAACUAAAGCCUCUAAAUCUGGUUCCGUUCCCAUUCAGUGUUAUACAAAGUGAUGUUUUUGGAGAGGAAUUGGAAAUGAGGUAGACUGGUAACAGAGGCCCAACACAACAGUAGUGUUACCACAGCUAUAAUUAUAUGCCCUACAUUUCAACACUGUAGUGUUACCACAGCUAUAAUUAUAUGCCCUACAUUUUAACACUAUAGUGUUACCACAGCUAUAAUUACAUGCCCUACAUUUUAACACUGUAGUGUUACCACAGCUAUAAUUACAUGCCCUACAUUUUAACACUGUAGUGUUACCACAGCUAUAAUUACAUGCCCUACAUUUUAACACUGUAGUGUGACCACAGCUAUAACUACAUGCCCUACAUUUUAACACUGUAGUGUUACCACAGCUAUAACUACAUGCCCUACAUUUUAACACUGUAGUGUGACCACAGCUAUAAUUAUAUGCCCUACAUUUUAACACUGUAGUGUUACCACAGCUAUAACUACAUGCCCUACAUUUCAACACUGGCUUAUUGUAGUGCAGUGUCUUUCCUCUCCUCAGUCUCUCCAAACCUUCUCCUCUCAUUUAGUCAGUGCUGAUUGAUGGACCAAAUGUGUGCAGCAGAGCAGACUAAAGUAUAUCUCAAUUGGAGAUUGUUUGCUCCCCCAUGUGGGCUGGUGUUAGCAUUACACUGGUCUGGAGAGGCAGCAGUGAGAGUGCACUCAUCUUCCUUCCCCCUCAUGGAUGUAAAAUUAAUAGAAUGGUGUAAGGAACCUACAAUAUAAGCUUGUUUUACUGCAGUGUUUGUAAACAACUUACUUCUAAACAAACACUGUAUAGCCUCAAAACAUGGUUAAAAUGAUGCAUUUGAUAUCAUGGAUGGUCAGUCCUUGCAUACAUAGCUCUGUCUAUGAAUUUGAGAGUGGUUAUAUUUCUCUAGCCCCAUCCCUUAGCUGUUUAGCAAUACAGGGAGUCCACUUUGAUAUUGUUUAAUUGAAGGAUUCUUGCUUUAUGUCCGUGAACAAGUGCACACUUCCUCAAAGGGAGAAGGCAAGGGAUUAGGAAUACAACAUUAGUGUGAUGACAAAUAAGUGAUCUGGACCUCUUCUCAUUGUGAUUGGUCCACAGGCUCUGGAGUGGAUCCACGACACGGGAGAAUUCUACCUGUCGACACACACCUCCACCGGUUCCAGUAUCCACCACACACAGGAGCUGCUGAAGGAGCAUGAAGACUUCCAGAUCACAGCCAAGGUGAAGGUCCCCUCCAGCAGUGUCCAACACUAUCAAACACCACCUCACACAAUCAAAUUGCGUCUACUGGAUGUAAUCCAUCCAUUUUCUAUAACAGACACUGACCUUUGUAGUUCUGAAUCAGACUGUAUGGGUUGUUUAGAUUGUGAUGCAUGUAAGAACCUUAGCCAGUGUGUUGAGCUGUACAUGGACUAAUGUCAGUCAACCUGUCCCAUACAUACACAGAGUAGGGCUGUCUAGGAUCUGUUUAGGUUGUGCAGGGUACUGUCCAUCUGCGUGGGCGUGUCCCAAAUGGCACCCUCUUCCUUAUAUACUACAUUUGACCAGAGCCCUAUGGGCCCUGGUUAAAAGUAAUGCACUAUAUUAGGGAGUAGGGUGCCAUUUGGGACUCUGCCCUGUUUGUGGCCCUGUGCUAGGUAUUAUGAUGCUGUAUCUAUGAGGCCCAGUCACAGGGCGGCCCAUUGUCCCUGAUAUUCUGGGCUCCUGGGUUAUUGUGUGGCAGAAAACUCUAUUGUAAUCAUGAACCCCUGGCACAGUGGGAUUGGCUCCCGUGGGUGACACGCACACACACACACACACACGCACACACACACACACACAGGCACACACACACAGGCACACACAGGCACACACACACACCCCACGGCCCUCGUCCAUUCUCUCUUUCAUUCUCUCUCUCUUUCUUUGUAUUGACAGCAAACCAAAGAGAGGGUGAAACUGUUGAUCCAGCUGGCGGAUGGCUUUUGUGACAAAGGGCACGCCCAUGCGCUGGAGAUAAAGAAAUGGGUCACCUCUGUGGACAAGCGCUACAGAGACUUCUCCCUCCGCAUGGACAAGUACCGGUCCUGUCUGGAGAAAGCACUGGGCAUUGUAUCCUCUGACUCCAACAAGGCCGUGAGUACUGGAGGAGAGGAUGGAGGAAUGCUGGAGUGGAGGGUUGAGAUGGAAGAUGGUGUAUGUGUGGGAGGGGGGAGGUUGUGUGUGUGUGUGUGUGUGUGUGUGUGUGUGAAACAGAUGAAAGGUGGUGAGUGUGUGUGUGUGAAUUUGCGUGCUCACGCUCAUGUGUGAGAGUGUGUGUCUCUGUGUCUGUGCAUGAGUCUGUAUCUGUGUGUGUCUGUGUCCGUGUCCCCUCGGCGGCGCCUCGUAAUGUCCCCUGUCUGUCCUACAGAGUAAAGGGCUGCAGCUGGACAUCAUCCCCGCCAGCGUUCCCAGGGUCAGAGGUCAAGCUGAGGGAUGCUGCCCACGAACUCAACGAGGAGAAGAGGAAGUCUGCCAGGAGGAAAGAGUAAGCAUUCACAUACACAGUGGUUACACAGUUUGGUCGAGAAGCAUAAUUGUAACUCAUUGAAAGCACUGGCUGUUGGGAAUACCAGACAGGAAGGUUUGCACAGGAUUACCUAAAUGUUUAACCUCUUCAUACUGCAGUAAUUCAUUGUAGUAUUUUUUUAACACUUACCAUUUAUUUAAUUGAAGAUAUGUUCAUUAAAUCUGAUAAUGAACAUUAAAAAUUUAUUUACAAAAAUAAUGACAUACUGUAUCUAACUUUAAAGGCAGAGCCACUGGAAGGUUAUUGAAAUAAUGAGGCCGUCGAAAAAGUCGGAGCCACUUUUAGUUUAGUAGCCCUUUCCUUUUGGGACUAUGUGAUGAUGUUGCUAUGUGUAAGAGUUAUACAUUUAGGCCAUGCAAAAUUGAAAUGAAAAUAAGGUCAUACUAUCACCAUGAAAAUAAGUCAUACUAUCACCAUGAAAAUAAGGUCAUACUAUCACCAUGAAAAUAAGGUCAUACUAUCACCAUGAAAAUAAGGUCAUACUAUCACCAUGAAAAUAAGGUCAUACUAUCACCAUGAAAAUAAGGUCAUACUAUCACCAUGAAAAUAAGGUCAUACUAUCACCAUGAAAAUAAGGGUCAUACUAUCACCAUGAAAAUAAGGUCAUACUAUCACCAUGAAAAUAAGGUCCUACUAUCACCAUGAAAAUAAGGUCAUACUAUCACCAUGAAAAUAAGGUCGUACUAUCACCAUGAAAAUAAGGUCAUACUAUCACCAUGAAAAUAAGGUCAUACUAUCACCAUGAAAAUAAGGUCAUACUAUCACCAUGAAAAUAAGGUCGUACUAUCACCAUGAAAAUAAGGUCAUACUAUCACCAUGAAAAUAAGGUCGUACUAUCACCAUGAAAAUAAGGUCGUACUAUCACCAUGAAAAUAAGGUCAUACUAUCACCAUGAAAAUAAGGUCGUACUAUCACCAUGAAAAUAAGGUCGUACUAUCACCAUGAAAAUAAGGUCAUACUAUCACCUCAAACUGCAUAGCAGCUAGAGCAUUUUCAUUCUAGUCCCUUUUCCCCUUUAUCACCUUUAAGGGCGGCAGGUAGCCUAGCGGUUAGAGCAUUGGGCCAGUAACCGAAAGGUUGCUGGUUUGAAUACCCGAACCGACAAGGUGAAAAGUUGAUGUGCCCUUGAGCAAGGCGGGGGCACCGUACUACUAUGACUGACUGUGUAAAACAACAAAUUUUACGGCACCUAUCUGGUGUAUGUGGCAAUAAAACAUAUUUAUUUUUGGGUGGUUUUACUGUAUGCUGCGCCCCAAAUGGCACCCCGUUUUCUAUAUAGUGCACUUCUUUUGACCAGAACAAUUUGGGACAUAGACUAUAUCAGUGGUUCCCAACCUUUUCCUUUCCCCCGAAAAGAUCACAGUUUGGGAACCACUGCUGUGUCACGUGACAUUUGUCUAUGUCCCUGACCCACACAAAACAGACCCAAACAAAAGCCAGUCUCUCUCUCUCUCUCUCUCUCUCUCUCUCUCUCUCUCUCUGCUGCAGUUCCCACACGUUGAAUGUUUUUUUUUCCAGGUUCAUAAUGGCAGAGCUCAUUCAGACAGAGAAGGCCUACGUCAGAGACCUGCGGGAGUGUACAGAUGUAAGUACUGAGAAACCGCCACUCCAUUCAACCUGUAACACAUUCACACUCUUUUUACUGACAGACUCUAUACAGUGACCCCCAAGGGAUCGAUUUUUUGAAAGGAAAACAUAAUGUAAGCCAAGGCCCAAGGGCAAUGCAAAAGGUAUGGUUGAUUGAUCUGGUUUAGUUUUAGUUUGUCAUCUGGUGGUUUUCUGGUUGUAGAAAUGUCAGAUGUCAGGAUUACAAGCAGGUAAAGACGUUGUGUUGUUCUCUGUGUGGUUUCCAGACCUACCUGUGGGAGAUGACCAGCGGUGUGGAGGAGAUCCCUCCAGGCAUCGUCAACAAAGAGCACAUCAUAUUUGGCAACAUGCUGGACCUCUACGAGUUCCACCACAAGUUAGUGUUCUGUACUGGAGUUACCCACAAGGGACUCCCAUUGCCUUCUAGAUGCACUGGAGUGGUUCAAUCAACCUAAGGCCCUUUAUGAAUAUCACUGGUCUAUAGUAACUCAACCUGGGUCCUAUUCAUUAGUACAAGCGUUUCUUAUUGGACAAGGUCAGGUAGUCCCUCCUUGUUUCGCCCCGUUUAGUUCUGUUCGGUUCCUAGUGAAUACGACCCUGAUUUGAGAUUUCCUCUGAAACUCUCUCCCUUUCUGUACAGCAUCUUCCUGAAGGAGUUGGAGAAAUACGAACAGCUACCUGAGGAUGUGGGUCAUUGCUUUGUCACCUGGGUGAGUGUCUCACGUCUGGACAAUCCAGCUUACAACACUGACAUAUUGUUACAACAAGGUUUGACAUGGCUGAGAUGUUGUGGGAAUAUUGUGUCUCUUGACAUUUGUGUGUCCAUUUUGCAGGCAGAUAAGUUCCAGAUGUAUGUGAACUACUGCAAGAACAAACCAGACUCUACCCAGCUCAUUCUGGAGCAUGCAGGGCCCUAUUUUGAUGUACGUGAAGAUAAGUACCAACUUAGGCAUGCUAUAAAUACUUAAUACAACGAAUGUUGAACCACUAAUCAAAUUCUGCAAGGUCUUAUUAUGUGGUCUUUUGAAUCAGAUCCUUUCAAGUACUGUUUAUGCAAAUAGUUUUGAAUAAAUGCAAGGAAGCAAUAUUAUGCUGAUAUACAGUGGGGGAACAAGUAUUUCAUACACUGCCGAUUUUGCAGGUUUUCCUACUUACAAAGCAAUAGAGGUCUUGUAAUUUUUAACAUAGGUACACUUACUGUGAGAGACGGAAUCUAAAACAAAAAUCCAGAAAAUCACAUUGUAUGAUUUUUAAGUAAAUAAUUUGCAUUUUAUUGCAUGACAUAAGUAUUUGAUACAUCAGAAAAGCAGAACUUAAUAUUUGGUACAGAAACCUUUGUUUGCAAUUACAGAGAUCAUACGUUUCCUGUAGGUCUUGACCAGGUUUGCACACACUGCAGCAGGGAUUUUGGCCCACUCCUCCAUACAGACCUUCUCCAGAUCCUUCAGGUUUCGGGGCUGGAGACUGGCUAGGCCACUCUAGGACCUUGAGAUGCUUCUUACGGAGCCACUCCUUAGUUGCCCUGGCUGUGUGUUUUGGGUCAUUGUCAUGCUGGAAGACCCAGCCACGACCCAUCUUCAAUGCUCUUACUGAGGGAAGGAGGUUGUUGGCCAAGAUCUCGCGAUACAUGGCCCCAUCCAUCCUCCCCUCAAUACAGUGCAGUCGUCCUGUCCCCUUUGCAGAAAAGCAUCCCCAAAGAAUGAUGUUUCCACCUCCAUGCUUCACGGUUGGGAUGGUGUUCUUGGGGUUGUACUCAUCCUUCUUCUUCCUCCAAACACGGCGAGUGGAGUUUAGACCAAAAAGCUAUAUUUUUGUCUCAUCAGACCACAUGACCUUGUCCCAUUCCUCCUCUGGAUCAUCCAGAUGGUCAUUGGCAAACUUCAGACGGGCCUGGACAUGCGCUGGCUUGAGCAGGGGGACCUUGCGUGCGCUGCAGGAUUUUAAUCCAUGACGGCGUAGUGUGUUACUAAUGGUUUUCUUCGAGACUGUGGUCCCAGCUCUCUUCAGGUCAUUGACCAGGUCCUGCCAUGUAGUUCUGGGCUGAUCCCUCACCUUCCUCAUGAUCAUUGAUGCUCCACGAGGUGAGAUCUUGCAUGGAGCCCCAGACCGAGGGUGAUUGACCAUCAUCUUGAACUUCUUCCAUUUUCUAAUAAUUGCGCCAACAGUUGUUGCCUUCUCACCAAGCUGCUUGCCUAUUGUCCUGUAGCCCAUCCCAGCCUUGUGCAGGUCUACAAUUUUAUCCCUGAUGUCCUUACACAGCUCUCUGGUCUUGGCCAUUGUGGAGAGGUUGGAGUCUGUUUGAUUGAGUGUGUGGACAGGUGUCUUUUAUACAGGUAACGAGUUCAAACAGGUGCAGUUAAUACAGGUAAUGAGUGGAGAACAGGAGGGCUUCUUAAAGAAAAACUAACAGGUCUGUGAGAGCCGGAAUUCUUACUGGUUGGUAGGUGAUCAAAUACUUAUGUCAUGCAAUAAAAUGCAAAUUAAUUACUUAAAAAUCAUACAAUGUGAUUUUCUGGAUUUUUGUUUUAGAUUCCAUCUCUCACAGUUGAAGUGUACCUAUGAUAAAAAUGACAGACCUCUACAUGCUUUGUAAGUAGGAAAACCUGCAAAAUCGGCAGUGUAUCAAAUACUUGUUCUCCCCACUGUAUCAGUUAUGACGGUAGCCUCCAAAUCUGGCUUAUCCGGGUGAUUCCUGGGUGUUUGGCAGUGACGCUGAUCUAAACAGGAGUUGUGGUGGUAGUACAGGAGGGAGGGAGGAAAAGGGGUAGAUGAUGCCUACUCACAGAACAUUGACCUUAGGUUGCUGUCAGUGACCUCCAGCUCUGAGGAGAGAGGUAUCUCCAUUCUCCAUCAGUGCUGUCUGUCUAGGUCUAGGAGCAGGAUUACACUGGCGACUGCUGCCUCGGCAUCUCUGUGCCCUUUAAGACGUCUGUGUCUUUUGGUUUCCAGGAAAUUCAACAGAGGCACCGGCUGGCCAACUCCAUAUCCUCAUACCUCAUCAAGCCUGUCCAGAGAAUAACCAAGUAUCAGCUGCUUCUCAAGGUACUGUACGCUGGCCAAAUAGAAACAGUCACUAGACGACUCUCUGUAAUAAGUAUGUAGCAUACAACACAAGACGUUCUGGUGCACCCUUUGUUCUCUCACCCUCUGUAGUCUAGCUUGUAUAAUGAUCUUCUCUAUUGUAGAACACAUCGCUAGUCGUCAACAAAGCUACAGCGUUGGAAGCUAAACUGCAUCCUGCGUGGAACACAAUCCAUUACAGCCUUUAUCUUUCGUUGGACUUUGAGGUUUGUGAAAUGCAACUGAAGUUUUGUGUUUGUUUCUCUCUCUCUCUGUGUGUGUGUGUGUGUGUGUGUGUGUGUGUGUGUGUGUGUGCGUUUCCUCUUCAGGAGCUGCUGACGUGCUGUGAGGAGGGGAAGGGGGAGAUCAAGGAUGGUCUGGAGGUGAUGCUCAGUGUCCCCAAGAGAGCCAACGACGCCAUGCACCUCAGCAUGAUGGACGGUAGGAGCAAAUAUACUUUGACCUAACUAAGGGUUUCCCCUUUUAUCUGUGGUAGGAGGACAAGGCCUUGACUUACUGGUCAUUCCAUUUUAGCUCCUAGUGGAGCAGGGCUAACUCAUAGGAAGCUUUCAAGGAAUAUAGGUUUAGAAAUUAUUAUUUGAAUCACGUAACUUUGACAGUCCCCUCUCUUCCUCCUCCUCUUCCCCCCUCCAGGGUUCGAUGGGAAUAUUGACUCCCAAGGAGAGCUGAUCCUGCAGGAGUCCUUCCAGGUGUGGGAUCCCAAGACUCUGAUCCGAAAGGGACGCGAGCGCCACCUCUUCCUAUUUGAGAUGUCCCUGGUCUUCAGCAAGGAGGUCAAGGACUCAAACGGACGCAACAAGUACCUCUACAAGAGCAAGCUCUUUGUAAGCACAACCUGUCCACUCUCUCAUCACAAUGGCUGGAACUCAGGCUUGAGAUCUGCACGCUUAACUUAAAUUAAAGUCUCCCAUUCACAUCAAUUAAUGAUUUACGCAAAAGAGUUGCCCAUGCGGAUCUCUAGUCAAUACUUUUUUAUCAACCAUGUAUACUCUCUUCCUCUCCUGUUCUUUCUCUAACUCUGUUUUCGUGUUGUCUCUGCACCUAAGACUUCAGAGCUGGGUGUCACAGAGCACGUGGAGGGGGAUCCGUGUAAGUUUGCUCUCUGGGUUGGGAGGACCCCCAGCUCAGACAACAAGAUCGUGCUGAAGGUAACUUAUACAUUAUGACUUAACAGUAACCCAGCAAACAAUCAAGCACAAUGACAAUUAAUAAUUAUGUAUUUACAGUACUCCCACUUUUGCCCAAAACGUAUUUCCUUAAGUGGGCGUUACUGUGUGUUUGAAAUAUUUAAGUUCAACCCACUAAGAUUUGAUGACCACUAAAUGUACUCCUACAAUUCCGUCCAAAACGUAUUUCUUUGAUUGGGCGUUACCAGGCCUACGUGUUCAAGUUUAAAGAUUUGCAUAACAGUUCAUGCACUUAGAGACAUAUCUGCGUGUUGAUGCGUUGUGAGUCACGGCACACACAAACACAUACAUGCUAUGGACAGUGCCUUCGGAAAGUAUUCAGACCCCUUGACUUUUUCCACAUUUUGUUACAUUACAGCCUUAUUCUAAAAUGGAUUAAAUAAUUUAAGCAAUCUCCACACAAUACCCCAUAAUGACAAAGUGAAAAAAAACAGGUUUUUAGACAUUUUUGCUAAUUUAUUAAAAAUAAAAAACAUAAAUACCUUAUUUACAUAAGUAUUCAGACCCUUUGCGCUAUGAGACUCGAAAUUGAGCUCAGGUGCAUCCUGUUUCCAUUGAUCAUCCUUGAGAUGUUUCUACAACUUGUUUGGAGUCCACCUGUGGUAAAUUCAAUUGAUUGGACAUGAUUUGGAAAGGCACACACCUGUCUAUAUAAGGUCCCACAGUUGACAGUGCAUGUCAGAGCAAAAACCAAGCCAUGAGGUUGAAGGAAUUGUCCGUAGAGCUCCGAGAGGAUUGUUUCGAGGCACAGAUCUGGGGAAGGGUACCAAAACAUUUCUACAGCAUUGAAGGUCCCCAAGAACACAGUGGCCUCCAUCAUUCAAAUGGAAGAUGUUUGGAACCACCAAGACUCUUCCUAGAGCUGGCCGCCCGGCCAAACUGAGCAAUCGGGGGAGAAGGGCCUUGGUCAGGGAGGUGACCAAGAACCUGAUGGUCACUCUGACAGAGCUCUAGAGUUCCUCUGUGGAGAUGGGAGAACCUUCCAGAAGGACAACCAUCUCUGCAGCACUCCACCAAUCAGGGCUUUUUUGGUAGAGUGGCCAGAUGGAAGCCACUCCUCAGUAAAAGGCACAUGGCAGCCCGCAUGGGGUUAGCCAAAAGGCCCCUAAAGUGUUUCAGACCAUGAGAAACAAGAUUCUCUGGUAUGGUGAAACCAAAAUUGAACUCUUUGGCCUGAAUGCCAAGCGCCACGUCUGGAGGAAACCUGGCACCAUCCUUACGGUGAAGCAUGGUGGUGGCAGCAUCAUGCUGUGGAUAUGUUUUUCAGCGGCAGGGACUGGGAGACUAGUCAGGAUCGAGGCAAAGAUGAACGGAGCAAAGUACAGAGAGAUCCUUGAUGAAAACCUGCUCCAGAGCGCUCAGGACCUCAGACUGGGGCGAAGGUUCACCUUCCAACAGGACAACGACCCUAAGCACACAGGCAAGACAACACAGGAGUGGCUUCGGGACAAGUCUCUGAAUGUCCUUGAGUGGCACAGCCAGAGCCCGGACUUGAUCCCGAUCGAACAUCUCUGGAGAGACCUGAAAAUAGCUGUGCAGCAACGCUCCCCAUCCAACCUGACAGAGCUUGAGAGGAUCUGCAGAGAAGAAUGGGAGAAACUCUCCAAAUACAGGUGUGCCAAGCAUGUAGCAUCAUACCCAAGAAGACUUGAUUCUGUAAUCGCUGCCAAAGGUGCUUCAACAAAGUACUGAGGAAAGGGUCUGAAUACUUAUGUAAAUGUGAUAUUUCAGUUUUUUAUUUUUUAUAAAUUAGCAAACAUUUCUAAAAACCUGUUUUUGCUUUGUCAUUAUAGGGUAUUGUGUGAAGAUUGAUCAGGGGGAAAAACUAUUAAAUACAUUUUAGAAUAAGGCUGUAAAGUAACAAAAUGUGGAAAAAGUCAAGGGGUCUGAAUACUUUCCGAAGGCACUGUAUAUAUUAUACACAUUAUAUAAUGGCAGACUGACCAUCUUAAUCUGUCCGUUAUGUAACAGCAGCAUACUCUUGAUUAUUGUUGCAAAGUUCCUAUGAAUACAUGAGUACAGUGUGAGUCAUAUGCUAAUAUGUGUCCACGCAUUCACAACAUUCACACAGCACUGAAGGGCCCUUUAAAUGUCUCCUCGGAAAUGACUGAAGUUAAGAUGCCAGCAUGAGAAUUCCUCAAUUGCGAAACAUACUGUAAUCGAUUGAAAUGGUCUUACUGAAUGACAGGAACAUGAUGAAAUGUCCUUUGUGUGUUCUGUCGAUGUACUCUGGUAAAAAUAGUAAGCAUUGGGAUAAUUGCUGUGACUCAGUGAACACAUCAAUUAAGGCAUCGGGGUUGGCUGUAUUGACUGAACAGCUCAGAGCGUAGAGUCAGUGUUGUAUCCUAGAUAGUGUAGAAAUAUUGGGAAUGUGUGGACUGAGAUCCUUCUGCCCGCCAGUCUGUCUUGACCGUCCAUCCAUCUGUCCCCUCAGGCGUCCAGCAUAGAGAACAAGCAGGAAUGGAUCAAACACAUCCGGGAGGUAAUCCAGGAGCGUACCAUCCACCUGAGAGGAGCCCUGAAGGAGCCCAUCCACAUCCCCAAGACCACCACAGUCAAACACAAGGGCAGAAGGUACAGUACAGUACUCCACCUUGGAUCAACCCCAUCACUUCUCUCAGCCUUUCUUACAGACCAUACAAGGCCGACUGCAUUGGCACAUUGGGUUUAUACAUUACAGUUAUUGUUCUGUCAAUACCGCAGCACAACCUAACGUUAAAGUGCCCCAACAUUAUAUGAUUGUGAGAGCUGCUCCGCCCUAUCUUGAUCGACAUGUCUUCUUCUUGUCCCUCUGUAGUCAUGGAGAGGACCUGGACAGCCAGGGUGAUGCCAGCAGUCAGCCAGACACCAUCUCUAUCGCCUCCCGUACCUCUCAGAACACACUGGACAGCGACAAGGUGAGUCAUCAUAUGCUGCCCAUUGCCUUCCUACAGCUACGUCAUUCAAACACGACACGUUGCCAACUCUGAUGUAAGACAAUGGUCUGCUGCUAAAAUCCCUGCAGUUUGGGGCUUCACCAACGAUGGCUGUUGGUCUCUGUUGUGGAACAGCGGAUGUCUUCACAGUAUCAUUUGACACGUUAGACUAGAGCAGUCUUUUCAACAGCAUUUCCAACUGUAUCCUCUAAAUCCAGCUCACACUGCUUUUUAGGAGAGGCAGCCACCAGACAAGUAAAUGGGAAAUUAGUAUUUCAAGACAUGAUUUUAAUUUGGACUGGCUUCCUGUGAACCUGUUGUCUGAAAAUUGACUGUUUGAAAACCAACCUUUCGUUAGACUUUUCCUUUCCAUCUCAGAGAUGAACAUGAAAAACAUGGCUCUUCUUCAGGAAGGAACAGAUAGUGUGAUUUUAUCAGGCAAUAACAGCACAGAAGGAUAUCACUCCUACUCACAGUCAGAGCUAUAUUCUCUCACACAAACACGCCACCUCUGUAGGGACCAUGCUUCCCUGCCAAAGCUGGACAUGCAGUUAUUCUGCUCUAUACAGCUAUGCUCCUAAUUGAAGAAAUUAGGUUCAAAUUGACUUAGCCACAUUGGUUGAGUACCAAAUGCUACCCUAUUCCCUUUAUAGUGCAGUCCUGGUAAAAAAGAAUGCCCUGCAAAAUGAAUAUGGUGUCAUUUGGAGCGCAUGCAUAGUAUGUCCCUUUCUGUAAGUGUCCUUCCUGACACAGUGUAGCUCUGGUUCUGUCAGGGUACACAAAACAACACAGAGAGGGUCAGUCAAGGUCACGGAGAGGUGAGGAGGGAGAGUCCUUGUGUCCUCUCAUGUACACUAAUGGGCCGUGGCUCCUUUAAUGCAGGGCACAAUCACUCACAGUCAACUCUCUCUCUCUCUCUCUUUCUCUCUCUCUCUCUUUCUCUCUCUCCCUCUCUUUCUCUGCCUCUCUCUCUUUGUCUUUCUUUCUCUCGCUCUCUGCCUCUUCGCCUCGUGUUGUGAGAGCUGUGAGAUGCAAUGACAGAGCGGAGUUGUGUGUCGGCGACGCGUCAACGAGUGUGUCAGCCUCCCACUAACUGUACCACUCUCUGUGUCAGUGUCAUAUCUCCAGCCUCUCCUUAGAGAAGGCACAGCUGGUACAGUAGACAAGGAAUGGAGUGCUUUGGCUCUGGUAUAUAGUACCUAGAUACCAUCGUAGGGCCGUCGGGCGGAGGGAUAUGAGAGUAGGUGGGACGUGCGUGUUACCUCAGGUCAGUGUGGUUCAGUGUUAAGUUAACCUUGUGUCGGGUGGAUGGAUUAGAUUCAGCGUCAGUAGCAUCAGAGUAUGAAGGAGAAGAGGACAGAGGACCGAAUCAUGGAAGAUAAUAAAAACUCAGGUCCGGUGGCUCAGCUCUUGAACUCGCUGGCUUUGCCUCACUACCAAUGGGUAUGUAUGGAUCUCUAGCACUUACUAACUAGCCGUGUGGGUUGGAUGUUGGUUGGAGUCUGUAAUUGGUUUGAUUUGAUAGACUUUUGAAGAAUAUGUUGUCAGUGUGGAACUGCCGAGGGUGAUCGUCAUCCUCCUGCAACUGAUUUAUAAUAAUAUAAUAUAAUAAUAAUAUGCCAUUUAGCAGACGCUUUUAUCCAAAGCGACUUACAGUCAUGUGUGCAUACAGUCAUGAUUUCCCUGUUUGAAACGUCACUGAUGUGCCCAUCAUCGUCAAUGUAUAUUUUAAUGGCAUAUAUGGCAGUUUAAUGGACAUUUUUCCCCCUGCAUCUACUGCUUUAGAAAGUCAGAGCGUUUCUUGAGUCAUAUUGAGGCAUCUGAAUGUGAGAUGAGUGACUCACCAGAAUGACACAAUACAGUGGAGCUACAGUAUGUGGUUGGUUUGGAGCCGGCACUGUGCUGAGCGACUGCUCUAAUGGCCAUCAGAAUAAGCUCUUACUCUGGCCUUGUGACUGAGACUGGGUCUGCGGAAACGGAAUGACUGACAAGUGGUAAAUCAGCAGUUCUCAGGGGGACUUGGGGACUUCCAAACCCAUAUAUGAACUCCGUUGUUGACAUGCUAAUAAUAGACUCGCUAUUGCUGAUUAGUACCUAAGAACCUCGCCAUUUAAUGACAUGUAGUUAUAAUUCACACGCUCAUUAUGGUACUGCUCCUAAACAUCAAUACAUUCAAGCUGUUUCUUCAUAACCUCAAACUAUUCCUUUAUGUAAUGUAAUGGGGCUAUUGUAUGUUUAUGUAAAACUGACAUACUCUCUCUCCCUUGAUCCCUCUCUCUCUCCCUCCCUCUGUUUCUCUCUCCCUCUCCGUCCCUCCCUCUCUCCAGCUCUCUGGUGGCUGUGAGCUGACCGUGGUCAUCCAUGACUUUGUUGCUGGUAAUGGCAGCAGCUCUGAGCUGACUGUACGGAGGGGUCAGACGGUGGAGGUCCUGGAGAGGCUCCAUGACAAGCCGGACUGGUGCCUGGUGAGGACCACAGACCGCUCCCCUGCCCAGGAGGGCAUAGUGCCCUGUGCCAUGCUCUGCAUCGCUCACUCCCGCUCCAGUAUGGAGAUGGAAGGACUGUUCAACCACCACCACAAAGGUAGGCCUUGAUGUUGGGACUGAGACACCUGGAAGGCUGGAACACACACACAGAUACACAGAAACACAUACAUAGACACACUGUCAGCCUUGCUGUUGUGAGACACAUGGAAUGCAUUACAGGAAAAGAUUACAUGCACACGUCAUAUGGUUCUAAGCAAGUGGUGGAGAUCAAAUGAUAUGUUCAGCAAAAGUUUAAAAGAUGUCUGGCGUCACUCUACCGUUAGGUCUGGAACACACACGGGACACACACACACACAGGCACCGUCUGCACCUUGGUCCCAGGGGGUUUCAAGGGGGCGAGUGUGUACUUGCAGCCAGGGAAGGAUUCCAGAUGCUCCCUGGUUUACAGUCUGUAGAGAGGUAUUGAUUACCACCUACAUUAUUCUGUGGGAAUUCAUGUAGACAUGACUAACUCUGUGGGAAUUCAUACAUGUAUACAUGGACUGUCUCUCAUGGUUCGUAUUCGUCAGGCACCAAACAGAAGAAAACUGACUGAAACAGGUAGAGACUACCUGAACUUGUCCAAUAUAAAACACACUCAUUUUCGUUUUCUGUUUUGCUACCGUGUGGCCUUCAAUAUGAUCCUGUCCUUUUGACUGGACAGUGGUUUUUCUUCUUCUUUCUUCAAAGGAGAAGUCGUUUCUGAGCUCCAUGACCUGACCCCAUUCCAGACCCCAGGGGAUGAGAUCAAAGAAACCUGGGUGGCACUGGGAGCUUCUGUUCUCAUAUCUGUCUUGACUGAGAGUCACUCAAUAAAGUUUUGUUCCUGUCAGACGGCCCGCCCUCCUCCUGACUUGAUCUGUAAUAAGAUAGAGGUGAUGUUUGUGUACUGUAUACUGGUGGUUUCC